UGGUGGUAUAUCACCAAUGUUCUUUCAUUCCCUGAGUGAGGUUUGGGCUGAACAUGGCUACUUUGUACUACAGGGGUGGGGGACCUAUUGAGAAGGCCCACUCUAACAGUCAUGGAAUUUGAUGGAUUCUGGAACGCUCCUGUUGAGGUUAGCGUCACACCAUGGAAUGAGAAUACUCUUAUAAUUACAUUUCCAUUUUACAAGCAAUGAGCAUUAGUCUAGCCAUUCUUUUAAAUACCACAGAAUAUUAAUGAAUAUUUGAUAUACCGUAUUUUUCGCUCUAUAGGACGCACUUUUUCCCCUUCAAAAAUGAAGGGGAAAUGUGUGUGCGUCCUAUGGAGCGAAGAUGCCAUAGCCCCGUGACCCUCUCCCGGCUGCAGAGCUGACGCGCGGCUAUAGAGGCUCCUGCCAUAGCCGCGCGUCACCUCUCCAGCCGGGAGAGCGCGCGCGGGGCUAAAGCAGCCCCCCGCAACCCUCUCCCAGCUGGAGAGGUGACGCGCGGCUCCUGCCAUAGCCGCGCGUCACCUCUCCAGCUGGGAGAGGGUCGCGGGGCUAUGGCUCUUUAGCCCGCGCGCGCUCUCCCGGCUGGAAAGGUGACGCGUGGCUAUGGCAGGAGCCUCCAUGGCCGCGCGUCACCUCCCCAGCCGGGAGGCGCGCGCGGGCUAAAGAAGCACCCGCGACCCUCUCCCGGCUGGAGAGGUGACGCACGGCCAUGGCAGGAGCCUCUCCGCUGCGCCUUUCCGCAGCUCCUGACCUGCUCUUUGGGGCUGGUGGUGGGCUUCCCCGCCAGCCCCAAAGAGCAGGUCGAGGACCUGAAGCCUGGAGAGCGAGAGGGGUCAGUGCACACCGACCCCUCUCGCUCUCCAGGCUUCCAAGGUAGCCGCCUGAACGCACCUUAAACGGCACCUUGUUUUAGAGCAGGAAAACAAGAGGGGGAAAGUUCUCCCCCUCUCUGUGCAGCGCCUCCUGCUGCUUCACUGAAGGGGCGCUGGGCAGAGAGGGGGAAAAAAAUUUUCUUGUUCACCCCCCCCCCCCCCUAAAACAAAGUGCGUCCUAUUGUCCGGUGCGUCCUAUGGUGCGAAAAAUACAGUAAAAUCAUUCUCUCUGUUUCCAGUUCAAAUCUUCAUUCAUUCAUUUAUUCUUACAUUCAUAUAACCAGCCUUUCUUGGAUCAUGGAAUCCCACACAGCAUCCAAGUGGGUCCUAGGCAGUCACCCCAUAUCCCAUAAUGACAGAGCUGCAACAAAAAUGGUACCACCAAAACGCAAGAAAGGAAAUAUCAGGUACCCCCCCCCAAAAAAGCCUAAGAACAAAGGAAAAAAUACUCAGGCAGUCCCAGAAAUACUCAGUGACAUUGAAUAUUGAGUGACUGAGGAGGGAGGCGAGAUGAAGAAUACAGUAUAGGUAGAAAAACAGUAGAAAGAAACAGUUAAUUGUCUAGAUAGGUUAUUUCCUGGCUCACACUGGGAAACUAUUUUAAAAUGUCACUAUAUGGAUGGUAGAAAUGACUGAUCAUAAAUAUUGGUGGAAAAGUCACAGAUUUUAAUGUAGCUGUGAGUCUGCGCGCGCGCGCACACACACACACACACACACACACACCAGCAAUCCAUAAUGGAGCGAAACCCCAAAAUGGGCAGGGGACUCAAAACAGGCCAGUAAGAACUGCACAUGCUCAGUGAGUGUGGAAUUCUGAUGGACUGCUGGAUGGGUGGGCAUGGAGUGAAGUCAGGGGAACCAUCAGUAGAAGGAUUCCACACUGUCCCAUUUUGCUUCAAGGCCCAACUUCUUACUCUUAACAUUUAGAUCAAGUGUAGACAUCUUCAGUGUAUUGAUUAAAUAUCACAGCAGAGGCCUGGAUCCUAACUUUUCAUUCUGUGAACAGAAGGUGCUUUCCUACACAAAUCCCCAACACCACACACACAUACAUAGAUGGGGGGGGGGCGGCUUUCUGCUGCUCACAGAAAGGUCCCCUAGGUGAACUUAAUUCUCCUUCCAGGAAUGAGCACACUGUCUGUGAAUGGAGCAAAACUUCCAGUCAAAGUCAUAGUUCCCAUAACAUACUAGAAAGAAUUAAAUUUAUCAAGACAUUGUUUUCUAGUAACACAAAUCCUGAAAAGGGGAAAAAACUUAGGUGGAAUCUACAUCUAUAUAAAAAAAACAUUCUGAAAAUGCUUCUUUUUAAAAAAGCGUUUUAAAAAAUACAUUGAAUUUUCCAUAAGGCUCACCAUCGUCAUCUAGUGUCACAUUGUAUAUUGCACUUUAAACACCCUUAAAAUGUUUUAUUUGCAGCCGUAUAGCUGAGUCCACAGUGUCUUUGGACAAAUGUUUCUGGACCUUCAAAAAUAAGUAUGCGUAAAGUCAGACACUUUUCCAUGAAAAAAGCCUUCCACUUUUCAUGUAUUUACUGCCUGAAACUUGUUUUUAACAUAGAAGCCACAUAUAAAGCAAUGCUUUUCAAUGUGUUCUGUUACCGAAGAAAAUAACAACAGGUCUUUUCUUUAUUCAUUUUAUAACCUCCCUAAAACAUUUAGAUAUAUUCAUAUCAAUAUUAAUUAUCAAUAUAUUGGUCGUUACAUUCUCCAAUGAACAAGCCAUAUUUCUACAAGCUGAGUUUGAAGUUUUUGGUGUUCAUAAGAAGAUAAGAAGUUUCUUAGGAGAAGGAAUAAUUCCAGGAUUAUUUAUGCAGAAAAAAAUGACUUAUUCCUUGAUUUAUUUGGCAGUGUUGCUUGAUAACAUAAUUUAAAUAUAAUGUAAUAUGUUAUAGUCAAGUAUUGUAGCUAUUCUGAGUUGUCAGCUGUGUUCAGUGGUACUCUGCUGAGUACCUUGAAAUCCACACUCUAGGUCCCAGUACAACUUGAGCAAGCAGUGAAUUGAAUUUGGGAAAAUUGUGCCUGACCAUGCUCUUUCUAAAGAUAAUGUCAAAUGUAUUUUUGACUCCACUGAGUAGAAGUUAAGGUGACCUUGGAUGUUCAGAUUAAUCUCCUAGGCCCUUCCUAUCUCCCGUCAGGAACUAUUGUAUGCUCUCAUCAACAUUAAUAAAAAUUACACAUUUGAACAAACAACAAAGAGGUCUAUUGUUGUCCAAUCUGCAUAAUAAAAAUAAAACAAAGAUGCACUGAUGUUUUCUUUUCUUUUCCUUUCUUUAGGAUUCUUUUCACCAUGGAAGACUCCAAAACCUGUAAGUUUUCUUCUCAAAGUCUUUGCAUUAUGACAUGUGAUUAUGUGCUAGUUAUUGCUUUUGAGUGCAUUCAGUUUCAGUGGGAGAGAAUUAACUGGGUGCUUCAAGUGGCAGUCCUAUAGCCCAAGUGCCAUUCCCUCAGUGAAGAGGGAGGUCCAUGAAUGGGAUGCCACCUGUGAUACCAGAGGCCCCCUCCCCCGGCUCUAAAACAGAGGAUUCCCAGGCUUGUGCUGCUGGGGGCAGCCAUGUUUAUUCAGGACCCAAAGCCUUGUUACUCUUCCCAACACAUCCACAAAAUUUCCCUGAAAAUUUCCCUCCCAUUAUAGCUACUGAGUGGGAACAUCAACUUAACAUCAGUUAAGAUUGAGAACAAUACUAUUUACUUUAGCUGGAUUGUGUAUUAUGUGGUUAUUUAUCAGAAUGCCUUUCUAACCAUAAACACCUGGAAAUAAACCCCAUAGGACUGGAUGGGGCUUCCUUUUGAAAGCAUAUGCUUAAGAUCACACAGCACAUCUUACCUCUUCAGGAUUUUAUACCGUCCUCAUUUCAAGCAAGUUUGCAGAGUGGUCACAACAUGGAAGUAAGCCUUUUUGAAUUUAGUGGGGAUUACCUACGGAACAGCAUUUUUAGGAUUAUAUUGUAACCUUUGUUCCUGUCUUUUGACCUGGAACCACCAUGCUUCCUGUGCUUCAAAACUCUCUGCAAAAACAGCUAGCUAAUUAGUAUUUCUUCCUAACAUCUAAUCCUCCUUGCUUCCACCAGUCUGUUCAGCAUAAUUCACAAAGCAUUUCUCAAUAGGAUUAGCCAAAGGUAAGUAGAUUAUAUUAGAUGCUGGCUGCCUUGUGGCCUGGCUGCAGGCAGGUAUUUGUUAUCUAAGCUAGGCAACAACAUUUCAGACCUGCGGGAAAACUCAAGCCAAGGAAGUUCAGGGCAGAAACCCCAUUUUCAGCCAAAGGGCCAUGUUCUCCUCUUGGGCAACCUUCUGAAGGCCAGGCAACAGACAUGGGCUAAGGCCAGCCAGAGGCCAAAUAGCAGCAAUGGCGGUGUCAGGAGGGGAGUUUGUGGCUCUGCCCCACCACACUGGCCACUCUUGGGGAAAGGGACGCAGAAUGAGAGAGAGAGAAUGAGAAAUAAGCCUAUCAACUGGCAGUGUUUUCAUCCCUGUCUUCAACUUGUUGACAAAGACCUUCAAGCAUUUCUGAUGUGUCAACUAAGCACAGGCCUCCUAUAGAAUAUUCAACAGUCAAUAGUCUAGCUACUUUUCACAUGGUGAAUGCAACAUAUUUCUGUUGUAUUUCUCUCGAAGGGAAUAACAGAAAUGGCAAAAGGAGUAAAAUUAUUUAUAUUCUUCACUGAGGAAUGUGGCCCUCAUGAUGGAAAAGCUUCCCCACUCGUGUUUUACAUAGUACUAGCUGCCAUGUACUCUGCAAAUACAUCAAAUCCUGUUUUUGGAGACUCUUGAUGGGGAGGGCAGGGAAAGAGAACCCAGCCUGCUUCAGCCAGGUACAGAUGAAAUUCCUCAGCAAAUCACCGCCCAAAUCCCCACUGAUGCAAAACACGCUUCUUUUUAAAAAGUGCUGAUGGCUGUGGUAUUGCUGACUGAGACCACAGGACAAAGAUAAACUACAAACCGUGCUUUACCUUGUAAUAAUCACAUCCAUUAUUGAUAAAAUGCUCAAGGCUGCAAACCUAUACAUAUGUACUUGAGCGUGAGCCCGUGAAACCCAAUGGGGCUGAUUUCUGAGUAGGUACAGAAUGCAAGCUAUGAACCGCGUGGGCAUUGUACAGUUUUGUAUAAACAAGACGUCGCCCUUGCCUGCAGGUGUUCAGUCUAAACCUUUGUUUUCUGCUGUCUGUUAUUUAUUAUAGAUGAUGGAACGAUGGGAGAAUCAAGGCAGUCCACAGACAAGUUUAUCUGCUCCAGCUAUCCCACAGAACAUCCCCUUUCCGCCUGCCCUUCACAGGAGUUCUUUUCCUGAUUCAACAGAGGCCUUUGACCCAAGGAAACCUGACCCAUAUGAGCUGUAUGAGAAAUCACGAGCUAUUUAUGAAAGUAGGCGUAAGUGACAAAUAUGGCCCCCCUCCGCAGAGCACUCGGAAACUUUAAACAUUGCCUUAUACACGUUCCAAAGCUGGCACAGUGGCACUGCUUGCCAUAACUCAAAACAAACCAAAUAAUGAAUCCAAUUAGUGUAGAUAUUACCAAAAAAAACCACUGCCAUGAGUGCCUUCAUACAUUUAUCCUAAAUUUGCCUCCAUUUGAGAGUGUCUUCUAUCUAUGUCUCUACUGAUUAAUUGCAAUAUAAAUAGACGGGAGCUCUGCAAAAGCCAUAACUGCUUUUGGUUGGUGCCUGUAAUCAUUUGCUUGCGUGUAAAUUGGCAUUUUGUUUAGGUUACCUGCUCUGACUCUCCCGCCCAACAAUGCAGAACAAUGAAUGUCAAGUUAUUUUUACAAUGCAACCUUUGUUAUAUUUCACAAUGAAAGCGCUUGAAAACGUACAUCUAUUUUCCCUGGUGUAUUUGCAGUCCUAUCAGAAUGCUGUAUUGAAAAUAAGACCUGCACGUUUUUAAUGGAUAUUAUAAAGUGUCUUCCGGCAUCUUACAGUAGGGUGUCAUAUUUAUAGCUUCUGGUCUCCCAGGACCAAAUUAGAUGAAACAAUGGCUGAGUCAGGAUGAAAGAAAUGAGCAAAUGAGGAAGUUCUUGUGGAUGGGGGAGCUUUGUGGGUGCGAAAGAGAGGCCCAUGCAUACAAAGAGCUUUCUGCUAGAAUGGGAAGUCAUAUUCUCACUCCUUUAUGUGUGUGUGUGAGAGAGAGAGAGACAGACAGACAGAGCAUUAUUUAGACAUAGUGCUAAACUGUGGCUUAGUGUUAUGCCUGAAUGUACUCAUAGUCUCGUUCAUACUUAAGGCUCCUGGCGUUUGCCUCCUAUGAGGAAGCGCGCAGCUUCCUCGGACACUGCAUUACACAACACUACACUACUGUACGGGACGCGGGUGGCGCGGUGGGUUAAACCACAGAGCCUAGGACUUGCCGAUCAGAAGGUCAUCAGUUCGAAUCCCCGCGACGGGGUGAGCUCCCAUUGCUCGGUCCCUGCUCCUGCCAACCUAGCAGUUCGAAAGCAUGUCAAAGUGCAAGUAGAUAAGUAGGUACCGCUCCAGCAGGAAGGUAAACAGUGUUUCCGUGUGCUGCUCUGGUUCGCCAGAAGCGGCUUAGUCAUGCUGGCCACAUGACCUUGAAGCUGUACGCCUGCUCCCUCAGCCAAUAAAGCGAGAUGAGCACCGCAACCCCAGAGUUGGUCAUGACUGGACCUAAUGGUCAGGGGUCCCUUUACCUUUACCUUUACACUACUGUACAAGAGAUUCCCCCAACAUUACAGUAAAUACAUUAGCUGUAAUCUUUGUGGGCUUCAGCCAUGGUGUUUCUCAGAAUUACCUUCAUUUGGGCCUGUAUACAAAUGUGGACCAAGAAACCUGGAAUGGAAUUAGUAAUGACCCUAUUCAAACCCAUUUUUGGAAAACAAGCUUGGAUUGAUUUUUGACUUGCCUUUUCCCCUUGGUACAUCUAUUGCUUUAGUGGCAGAAUGUGGAUGUGGUGCUGAAAGGUUAUUCCCCAGCGAACUCCCUUCUGGGAAUGGUUGUCAGAAGGAGUGACGGGAGGACCUGUAAUUAGCAAGCACUUUUUGAAACUCAGCAUCUUUGCUUAAAAGAUACUUGACUUGAUCUAACACUUUAAAGACAGGGCAGUCCUUUUCCCAAUAAUUGCUCCCCAUAUGGGAGUCGCUCAACAGUAAAUGAAAUAUUUUCACAGAGUCUUGCACUUGUUAUUCAGCAGGGAGGCUCUUGAAUAAAACUACUAUAGACAGAGUCGAAAAGUGCAGAGUAAAGAUUAACUUCUAUCUGGUUAAUUAAAAAAAAGCUUGAGAGAUAAAGAAGAAUUAAAGAAGGCAUAAAUCAGUAGAAGAGAUUAUAACAUGGGUAGGCAAACUAAGGCCCGGGGGCCAGAUCCGGCCCAAUCACCUUCUAAAUCUGGCCCGCGGACGGUCCGGGAAUCAGCGUGUCUUUACAUGAGUAGAAUGUGUCCUUUUAUUUAAAAUGUAUCUCUGAGUUAUUUGUGGUGCAUAGGAAUUCGUUCAUUCUGCCCCCAUCUCCCCCCAAAAAUAGUCCCGUCCCCCACAAGGUCUGAGGGACAGUGGAUAGCUGCUGAAAACGUUUGCUGACCCCUGGAUUAUAAUCUUCAGCCUGGGACAAAGAAUAUAUUUUCAGAGGAUUACCUAAUAUCAAGUAAUUUGUAAGGGUCAUAUUUAAUUCAUAUUUUGGCCUAAAUGUCAUUUCAAACCUUCAAGUUAAGCAAAAGUUAAUUAAGUUUUGAACCUUGUAGCCUAUAUUAAAAACUGUUACAGUGGAUCCCAAAUGUUCCUGUGUACCUGAAAGAACAUCUGCACCCCCAUCGUUCAGCCCAGACACUGAGGCCCAGUUCCGAGGGUCUUUUGGCUGUUUCCUCAUUGAGAGAAUUGAAAUGACAGGGAACCAGGCAGAGGACCUUCUCAGUAGUGGCCACUGCCCUGUGGAACGCCCUCCGAUCAGAUGUCAAACAGAUAAACAACUACACAAGUUUCCGAAGACAUCUGAAGGCAGCCUGGUAUCAGGAAGUUUUCAAUGUUUGAUGUUUGCUGUAUUUUUAUUAUGUUGGAAGCCAUACAUAGUGGCUGGGGCAAAUCAGUUUGACAUCUGAUAGCAGGGCUUUCCACUGGGUGGGCACCACUGGUUCCCUGUAAGUUCAGUUCUUGCAGUGAGGGAACUGCCAGAAGACUUUUGGAACUGGACCUCUGUGUCCAGGGAUGGAGAUGCUCCUUCAGGUCUACAGUACCAAAGCCAUUUAGGGCUUUAAAGGCCAGCAUCAACACUUUGGUGAGCUUACAGAGGCUGCUCACCAAUAUAAUUUUGCUUCAUCUGGAAAUGAAACAACCUUAACCUCUUACGUUAAAAUUUAUGCAAUUCACACACCUGACUUCUUGUCAGUCUGCUCAUAACACUAACGUGACUGUUUGGGUGGAUUGUGAUUCAUUUUAGGAAUGAGUAGCAAAUUAUCUCUGGAGACCAUUGACCCUCCUUAUAGCGUUGGACUCCAACUCCCAUCAGCCACAGCCAGCAUGGUCAGGGAUAGUGGGAGUUGUAGUCCAGCAACAUCUGGAGGGCCACAGAUUCCCCACUAUGGCCAUAGAUGGUUUUGAAGCAAACUGUUUAGCACAAAAAAAUCAAAAUGUUGUGUGUUAUUGUGCUCAUGUCCUGCUUACAGGCUCCCCAUAGGCAUCUAGUUAGCCCCUGAGAGAACAAAAUGCUGGACUAGAUGGACCGUGGAUCUGAUCAAGCAGGGCUUUAUGUUCUUGUAUAAUAAAGGAAGCAUUAAGAACAAACACAAACAUUGCAGAAAGCCUUAAUCAAGGGUUCCAUUGGCCAAGCAAGCCUUAAGACUACACCACCAUAUGCCCUUCUUCACAUUGCUACAAUGCAUUGUUUCGAUUUCUUGUGGCUGCGUUAUAUUGUCUUAAUAUAUUAACUAGAUUGCCUGUUUUAUUGGGUGUAAUUUGCUUCCUGAGCAAGACAAUACAGAAAAGUGCCCUGGGAACAUUCAACAUCAAUUUGAAACCCCAACCGGUUCGUGGUAUGCUGCAGCAAUUAGACUGGCAGGGGAUCUGCGGAAUAAUUAGCCCAAUAUGUUGCAUAACAUCUUACGCCAGCAAAAUUUCCACUUUGGAUGUGAGCACCCUUUUCUCAUGCAACUCUCUUAUGCAAAGUUUCAGAACAGCCUUCUGCUAGCAGAAAGGGCUUUGCACCAGCAGAAAGGCAACAUUGGGUGCAGUCUGAUUUUAGUGAUUCUCUUGAAAUGUGCACCUGAGCUCGAGUGAAUGCAAUGAGGCUUUUCCAUUCCUUUCCUCAACUUCAUUUUCCCUUUAGGGUGCAAUCCAAGGUGCUCUUUAUACUGAGGAGAUGGGAGGGUCAUUAUAAGCCUUGCUGCAUUAUUUCCUUGAAUGUUGGCCAAUGGAAGUUUCCUCUCACCCAUAUAGUCCUGUGGAAGAAUGUUAUAGCAGCCCAUGGUCAUCGUUGGCAUAUUUUUUUAUGCUGAUAGUGCUUAGAUUCCAAGAUUUUCCCCAGUGAGAGCAGAACAUGCAUCUUUCUAGUGAAAUGAGCUGUAUUGCUUGCUAAACUAAGGGAAAUUCUAGAGGUGAUAUUAAAUGAGCAAAAGAGGGUUUGGGGGAGAGUGGUUUUAUUUUUCAUUCGAUUUUGCAUAAAACGUGCUUGAGAUGCUAAACCCGUCCUCACUUUCCUCCCUCAGUUAUUUUUCUGCUUUGAAAAUUGGCUGCUGGAUUUAAAGUGAGAGUUUCCCUGAAGCUUUCUAUAUUAAGACAUCAAUCAUGCACCAAAGUAUAAAGUUGUCAGAAAUCCACAGAAAAUUCUAAAGUACACAAUGGUAUAUCCUUUGUGUUUUCCAUAACACAAAACCAUUAAGCAGCUUUGUAUUUCUGAGGUUACAAUGCUUGUGAGGUUACAAUUUGUGUUUAAUGUGUGUACAUACAAAUACAUAUACAGAAUCAGAAGCACUUCAAAUUGCAAUCCAAGGCUGAUGGGUGACAUGCAAGUGCCAUUAAACAGGAAAACAAGAUGCUGCUGAAACUUAAAAUGUGAACCAUGAGAUAUUCAGCUUUAACUAAACACACACACACACACACACACACACGCAAGAACUAAAAAAUGUCACUAACAGCAUAACCCUACAUAUGUCUACUCAGAAGUAAGUCCCACUGAGUUCAAUAGCAAUUACUCCUGGGUUAGUUGGUAUAGGUAUACAGCCUAAAAUGCUUAUUAUUGCAAAACCUUGUAAUGCUUGUUAGUGUGAUGAAAGAGGCUACAAAUAUUCCUGAACUUCUGGGUAUUAUAAAAACCCAGUCAGAGAGAGUUUCUUACUUUGUAGUGUUGAUUAGUAUAUACAAGGUUGCGAAAUAUGUAAGACUCAUUUCAAGUUUACUUGAAAGAGAUCUCCUAUACGCAGAUUUCCCUAGUACGAAAAAGGGCAGAAUUAAUAACCCUAAACAUUUACAGCCUGAGAUUUAUUAAUAGCUUUUUCUGUAAAUGACUUGCUCCUGCAUUUUAAUGCAUACUUCAUAUUUUCUGUCUUUGGAUAUAAAGCUGCAGGAGAUAAUUUGAGAAUUAGUUAAGUAUAUAUGCAAUCAGGCAAAUUGGCUGAAGAGCAUCUGUAGUAUAUCUCUUUGAAGGAGAGUGUUGAAUAAAGGAGAAUGUUAAGUCAUUACAGUGCUCCCUAAGCCCAUUCUAGCCAAAAGGAUGGGCAGGACAACUUAUGAGUUAGCAAGCAGAGUUAUUCUAUACACGUAAGCCCCACUGAGUUCAAUGAGACUAACUUCAAGGUAAGUGUGCAUAGAUUCCCCAUGCACAUUUACCUGUGCACUUCAUAGAAGCGUCAGCAUCUGUGGAGGGACAAGGUGGUGGCAGAAUUUACUGUGGCUGCCUAGCCUGUGGUUCAAAAGUCACCUGGCAUCCACUACACUCAUUAUUAGCUACAGUUGAAAUAUAAGAAGUGUGAAAUCCCUGCUUUGUCCCCUUUGUGGCAUUUCUAAGAACCUAGGACCAGUUCAGAACCUCUAGAGGAAUAUAUGGGGGGGUCGGUCUUCUUUGCCCUUAUUGUGGAAGCUACACUCUCCUUCCGAUCCCCAUGAAGGAAACAGCUACAUGGUUUCCCAUUGUAUUGUCUGCUACAUAACAAUCUAAUUAACACAUGUCCUAUGUAUUUUGUCCGGUAUGCUGUAGGCAAUUUGUGUGCAAUAUAAUUAACAAGUUGCCCUUUACAUAUAUCUCAAGGUGACUUACAAACGUACCAUUAAAAACAGCUAAAACAGUUUUUAAAAUGGUCCCAAACACAAUGAUUUGUUUUUACAAGAGGGUGAUGAGAAGAUACAAAGAAGUUAAAGGUAAAGGGACCCCUGACCAUUAAGUCCAGUCGCGGAUGACUCUGGGGUUUCUGCGCUCAUCUUGCUUUACUGACCGAGGGAGCUGGUGUUUGUCCGCAGACAGCUUCCGGGUCAUGUGGCCAGCAUGACUAAGCCGCUUCUGGCAUUACCAGAGCAGCGCACAGAAACACGGUUUACCUUCCCGCUGGAGUGGUACCUAUUUAUCUGCUUGCACUUUGACGUGUUUUCGAACUGCUAGAUUGGCAGGAGCAGGGACCAAGCAACGGGAGCUCACCCCAUUGCGGGGAUUCGAACCACCAACCUUCUGAUCCACAAGCCCUAGGCUCUGUGGUUUAGACCACAGCGCCACCUGCGUCCCUACAAAGAAGUUAGAGCUUUGAUUAAAAAUAAGGUUAAGAAUAUGUUCAGAAAAUGGGCAAUAAGUAAGCUUGCCAAAUUCAUCUCUCUUCCCCUCCUCAUCUCUGUAGCUGCAUUUUUACACACUGGUUUCAGCAAGCCCUACCGAAACCCUGCCAUGAAUGGCGAAGAAUGUUACUAUGGAAUAGUUUUCCCCCAUUGACAAGAGGGAGAAUCAGAACUCUGUUUCCAAAUUUAGUAUUUCACACAUUACUGUUUCCCGUGGACUAAAUAUAGGCUCUGGUACCUCAACUGCAUGUUAGAGUGACCACGAUCUCUUUCUUGGCUGUGAGUGUCAAGUAGAGCACACAUGUUAUGUAACAUUUCACUGGCAGAAUAACCAUUAUUUGCUUUGGGGGGCUCCUGUGAGCUACUAUGGCAACUUUGCAGUCUGUGCAUAUCCGCCUCCCACCCACCUCCCCAAAAUGACAUGCUAAAAACUAAUGUUUAGAACGGCCUUUUUUGUCAGCCAUUCAGUAAAAUUGCCUUCAUUCUGGGGGGAAAUGUAGCUAGAGCUUCUUCCUGCCCACUUUUUAAAAGCACAUUUAGAUGUUGGAUAAUACAAAACAUAUAUUUCUCAAACUAUUCUGAGGAAAUCAUAGGCUAGGGAACUUGUGGCCAUCAGUCCCAUCCUGGCAUGGCCAACAGUCAGGGACGGCGAGAGUUGUGAUCCAGAAACCGUCAGUCCCACAUCCCUGCCGUAAAGUAUCUUCAAGGAUCAUAAGCUAUUGGUCCCAUUUCCUGCACGCAUACACACAAAAUACAUAUUUACACUUCUUUCUCCAGAUCUAGGAGAUGUGAUAGUUCAUACAUUUUGUGAAUUUAAAAUAGGAAUUAACCCUCCUGGCAUCACAGGGAAUACACAUCAAAUGGAGAGGAAAAUGUAAGCAGCAAAGAUUAAACUUUUCCCUGUGCGGCUCAUCUUGGCAGAAAGAGUUACUCGUCAUGGCAAAAUGUUUUUGUUGGUUAUAGAAGCUGACAAUGUAUCCAAAAGCAUUUCCAGAUGAGAUUAUGAAAAUAUCAGCAUUAGAGAAAGUGCUGUGGAUGAGAAGUGGUUUUGAUUGCUGGCUGGCAAGGCGGCCCCAGAGGACUUACGCUAAUAGAAAGUGUCAGCUCUGCGACUGAUGGCUGUAUUAAAGACGUAGCAAUCAGCUUCUCUUCAGCCCGGCACACAUUUACAAAAAGUUGCACAAGUUACAUUUGCAGUUAGACAAUUAGAAGGCUUUUAUCUGAGAAGCGAUGCAAUGGGAAUUUCACCGUGUAACUGAAGGAAUGAAACAUAAACCAGCCAUCAUAAUUUAUUAUCUUCUAAAAGACCAGUCCUACAGCUGUAAGUCCCACUGUGUUCAAUGUAGCAUUCAUAGGAGUGAAUCCUCACGGUGUAUGUCUGUGUGGAAGUGUACCUAGGAUGACAGUAUCCUGUGGCAAAGAGUGGACUGAUACUAGAAAGAAGGGGAAGGCAUGAGAGUUGGCUUCUUCUUCCUAUGGAUCAGAAGAGGCUCACCCGAUAGGAGGGAGAGGAAGAAAGCAGCAGGGAAGUCAACACAGUGCAGGCUUAUCAGCAAUGUCACUGCCAGGGAACUAUAAUAAAUAAUAUAAAAAACUAGUGCUGUGUCUCCACCCCACUGGGAAGCUGCUUCUACUCUGGAUGUAGAAUCCAUUGAUUGCCUUCUCUAGUCUUGAUGUGUCAUCCCUCCGGUGCAUCAGCUCCAUUUCUGAAUGGUGGUUUGAACUUUCAUGUGAUCUGGCCUCUGAUAGUUUUCUCAUACCAGCAAUAGGAAGAUUUUUUUUCCAAAAAGUCUGAGCAAAAUAGACCGACUCUGUAACAACUAUUCAGUCAUUUUUUCUCCCAGAUUUCAUAUUCUGUUUGUUUACAAAAUAUGCAUAUUGGGCAAUAAUCAAUAUAAUAAGAAAUGUUUUUCUCGGGGGGGAAAUGGCAGCCAGAGAUUUCUAGUUUAAAUAGUAAUUAUUCAAGCAUUGCACUGUAGAACCACAACACUAGAUAUAUUCCUUUCCAUGGAAACAAAGCUGGAAUUAAUAAUUUUAUUGAAAUAUAUAUUGUCACACACAAGUAAUUAUUUGGAAUACCUAACAUGAUCUACUGGAUGAUUAUUAUUCACCAAACUAAUUGAUUUGGCGGGGGGGGGAUAGAAAAAAGGUAUAUGUAAUUCACUGAAGCUGGAACUGCAGAAAAUCCCCAGAUAUGUAGCCACUAAUUUCUCCAAAAUCUAUGAUAGUUUCCAGCAUAUAUGCUAUGCACCAAUUCAAGAUUGGGAACAAAUGAGUACACAAAUUGCAGACAACCUCACUUGGGGCAGGACAGGACAUCAUUAUGAUCAUGAAGCCAUAAAUUGCCGUUCAAUCAGCCUAAUCAAAUUAUGCCCAUCUAAUUUUGGACAAAUGUUAAAAGUUGCUUCCUUGGAAGAGGGAUCAACUGUAAAAUAACUCUGUAACUGUAGCUCUGUGAGCAGAAUAGGGGUAUAUAGUUCCCAGGAUUCUUUGGGGGAAGCCAUGGCUGUUUGAAGUGGUAUGAUACUGCUUUAAAUGUAGAGUGCAGAUGGAGCAUCAGUGAGUCUUCCCCCCACCCACUCACUCUACUGAUGGUUAAGAGCAGUUCUAGAAACAGGGUUGUGCUGUAUACAUACAUCAGUAUUCCAGCAGUUUGAGUACUAUAGCUUCCCCCAGAGCAUGCUGGGAAUUGUAGUAUGCUGAGGUUGCCAGGGGUUCUCUGUCUAAAAUCCCUGGCUUCCUGACAGAAGCACCAUGUCCAGGAUUCCUUGAUGAGAGUGAAGACCAGACUUGACCAGUUUAAGAGCCAAGCUGGAAGACAUCACUCAGUUUUUUAAAAAUAAAAAAUAGCUGGGGGAGGAGCAAUUUUUAUCAGGAGUACAGUACACAAAGGGAAGAUUUAAAUUUACCCUUCCCAGACUAAAUCCUUGAAAAUCGCCCCCAAAGCGAGUAAAGCAUUUUUUACAAGACUAAUAGAGGGGCAUUUCAGCCACUGAUGAAAGGGUUAAACUGUUCCUCUGUGCAUAGCAGUCCUGAUGAAAAUAUCCUUCCACUCCACAUGUCAAUAUCAUCAUCAUCAUCAUCAUUUUAUUUGUAUGCCAACAAUUAAAACAAUGCUCAAGGCGGCUUACAAUAUGUCUGCUAUUGUAAUAAUAAUAAUAAUAAUAAUAAUCCCUAAUGUUCUUCCAUUCAGCAUCAUGACUAGUUUUGCCCUGAAUCUGCAGUGUAAAUCCAGGCUUGGUCAAACUGAAAACCCAAGAGAAAUUGGUCUAUCUCUUCCGCACUAGGCUAGAUGUGGCCCCUCAGCAACAGCUGCUUGAGCAUUUGGAGAUUUGUCCAGACUUGAACUGAGGGCUGUCACAUAUGAGAUUCAGAAGCAUUAAAGUGUCUGUGUUCAUAUGAUUUGGUUGUGCUGUAACUGUGCUAGCCAGAGUGCCUCCAUUUCUGCACAUAGCUCUUGCUUGUUCCUGGUUUUUGUUCCUCUUAACCCAGACGAGAUCCCCACAUAUGUAUGGGCAACCACAGAGACUGUGUUUAUGUUCAGAAGGACAAGUCUAUACUUGCCUGUUCUAUUACUCAACCAUCCAGGGAUCAGGUUGUGCCCUGGGGCAGCUAAUAACCAAGUUUUCCUGUAAAUUUAUAGUCAGUUCUAUUUGUCAGGGUUUGGAGGGGUCUUUGGUGUUCAGUCUUCCAUCACAGCUGGAAAAAAUGAAAUCCAUGCUGUGCAUCUCUGCAGAAGAGGUAGAAAAGAGCAUGAAUUUCUAAUUCCUGCCAUCUGCUUUUGUGACCAAACAAGCUAUAAACUGCCUGCACAUUGUGAAACCUAAUGAACAUAGACACAACUUUGUACUUUUUAUUUGCCUGACUAAAAUAAAAUGAGUAGAUGUGUAUAGGGUUGCAUUGUAAAUCUUAUCAAUGUCCCAAAAAACCCUUUAACAUAUACACUGAGCAGGGCAAGCUUGUUUCAUUUGAAGUAUUUAACUUAAUGCUGAAGGCUGUCAUUUGAAAAGAAAGUGUGGUAUUUUUUUUUUAUUUACCAACUGCAUGUUGAUAACAAGCAACUGAUAUAUCAUUGAAUUGAAGUUACUUCUUAAUUUGCUCUGUUUUCAAAGAAUGUAUCUAUACAAAUAUGCUUCAGCUAAACCAGACAAAAUAACGUGAGAAAAGUCUGUUCAAAGAUUAAAUAAAUAAAAAGAGUUUGCUAUUUCAUACUGAAGCAGAAAAAAGCAAGAACUGCAUAUUUACAUGUCUAGACAAAUUUAUUUCACCUUUAAUUCCACAUUUUCCUAUUCAGAGCAAGUGCCACCCAGGACUGGUUUUCGAAUGGAUUCCUCUGGCAAGUAUUUCUCUGCCUUCAUUGUGCUAACAUAACUAUUGUCCAUUGCAUGUCCUUGUGACUGUGCUUCUUUUAAUCAUGGCUCCGGAGUCGGGUAAAUCAUGAGUGCCUAAUCACCAUUCUGCAUUGUUUUUCUCCUUUAAAAAGACAAAGACUUUUCAUCUAAUAAAUACCCAUUAUGGGAAGGAGCAAGUGUUCCUUAAAAAAAAAAAAAAUCUCAAAACAUAUAUGUGGAAACAUGUAACCAUGUUUAUGAUCAUUAGAUUAAUAAACUUAAUAACAUAUCAAAGUCCAGAGGAUUUGUGUUCACAUUAAUUGUCAUUUAGGCUUUCACAAUAAUAUAGGCUGUCCUGCCUACAGAAACAGUGGGAUAGAGGGACAGGUGGAUCCUGUUCUGUCAUCCUUGUAGAGAGCCAGUGUGGUUUAGUGGUUAAGAGCAGUAGACUUGUAAUCUGGUGAACCGGGUUCGCUUCCCCGCUCCUCCACAUGCAGCUGCUGGGUGACCUUGGGCCAGUCACACUUCUCUGAAGUCCCUCAGCCCCACUCACUUCACAGAGUGUUUGUUGUGGCGGAGGAAGGGAAAGGAGAAUGUUAGUCGCUUUGAGACUCCUUCGGGUAGUGAUAAAGCGGGAUAUCAAAUCCAAAAUCUUUUUCUUCUUGUAUGUAAUUUUUAUUUUUAUUAUUUCUUUUAAAAGUAGCCCUUCACUUCCAUGCCAUAAUGGUAUCAGUAGCAGAUGGCAGGGCAGGGCAUCACUUCUCACUUGACCUCCAGUUAGUCAGGUCACCGCAGCUUACCAGGACAGAGAGUGGGAAGGGCAAGGCAGCAAGGUUGGUGGGGUGCAAAUGUAUCAGCAGAGCCAAUCCAUUGCUCCUGCAGGUGCAUUUGCACUGCACCAACCUGGUCUCUCUCUCUCUCUCUCCCUCCCAGUAAGCAGCAGCAAUGCAAAUGACCAGAGUUCAGGUAAGCGCCAGUGCCCCACCACUGUGCUCUGGUGGGCUUGGUGUUAUGACGAAAUACAUGGGCAUAUGGAUAAGUUCACAGAACAACACAACCCCCUGAUCUGACAAACCGAAAGGGUGAAGUGGUGCUGUCUCUAUGCCUGGCUCUGCUUGGCUCCUUUGGGCUCCACCAGCAGAAGCUGAAAGCAUGGGAAGUGAAAGCUAUAGCUACCAGCAGGAAACCCUCAAAAAGUGAUGCUUCUGAGGUACAGUGGGAAGCAGGAAGGAUGGAAUUGGCCUGGCCAAGGAUCUGCUGUGUCCUAAGUUGGUUCAGCAACCAGCAGUGUGCACAAACCAAUAGGUGCAGCAAACCAUGGGUUGAAACUGCCUCCGCUUUCCCCCCGGCUUGUGUGCGCAGCAGGACUGCUGGGUGAAGUGGUGGCUCCCUUUGUCAUCUUCAAAGAAUGCAUACAGUAUGUUGUUAUGGUAAUGAAGGCUACUGCUCUUUUUUCAUCAAGCAGUACUAGUGAUAUAUUUAACUGCUGGGCCUUCCUGCUGGAAAGAGGGGCAUUUCUUGAAUUUCUGCAUGCUAUGGAACUGUUAAUGGAUGGUUCAUGAGGCCUGCCCAAAGUUCACAAACUUAACCUAAGCCUCCAGGUUGGCCUCCCUAGUAUUUUUAAUUCUCCUACUUUUCUACAGUGUUUGCUUGAAAUAUACUCGUAGUCGAGAGUGGAUUUCAUGCUCUUUAUUCAUCUCAUAGUGGUGAGGAGGAAUGAAUGAAUGUCCCCUCAAAGUAUCUGCUUUAUAUACAUUAUUUACACAAUGGACUGCACGUGAUUGGCUAAUUCCGGGGUUCUCCUGUAGGCCAAUCAGGUUGUGGAUUCACUUCCACCUGGAGCUGGAUUGGGUGGCUCCUGUGGACCAAUCAUACUGCUGCAUUGUUCUAGGACCAGACUGCUGCAUUCUGAAUCCUGUUGUUCUAGGACCAAUCAGACUGCUGCAUUUUGGAUCCUGUUGUUCUAGAACCAAUCAGACUGCUGCAUUUUGGAUCCUAUUCAACUCAGUACAUAACAUUGCUCUUUAGUUGAAUUGAAAACAUUGGAUUGGAUGCAAAGGUUGCAUUUCUCUAAAGGAAGAAGCUUCCUCUAGUGGAUCCAAUUCAUUGCAUUUCCAAAAACAUUUGCAUUGGAAUUCUACUUCUCUCUCCUUGACAUUUUGUCUCUCAGGCAAAGAUAAAGGGAAAAUUCUCCUCUUGUUGCCACUUCCUAUUAUUUAAAGUUGGUGACCAGUGGGCUGUUUGCUUUACAAAGCACAGUCUCUGCCUUGAGGGCUUAUUGUGCUCGAAUGUUUUGGUUUCCGGGAAAACUGAAUAAACAUGGGCACCAUUCCUUUUCAUGAAGCUCUCUAUUUAUUUUCAUUACAAUGUAGACAAGAUUCAAGUACAGAAAUAUAUAAUACACCGUUUCUAGCUUAAGCCAGUGUGAAAGGUUAAUCCCCCGAAACAUUUGUGAGGCCUCCAUUCAUAAAAUACAACUUUCUACAUUUAUCAACAAUAAAUUAUUAAGAAGUGCAUGGUGAAAAAUUCAGCUUGAAAAAUGGUAGAGUAUACAUAUCAUAGAAACAUAGAAUCAUAGAAUCAUAGAGUUGGAAGAGACCACAAGGGCCAUCGAGUCCAACCCCCUGCCAAGCAGGAAACACCAUCAGAGCACUCCUGACAUAUGGUUGUCAAGCCUCUGCUUAAAGACCUCCAAAGAAGGAGACUCCACCACACACCUUGGCAGCAAAUUCCACUGUCGAACAGCUCUUACUGUCAGGAAGUUCUUCCUAAUGUUUAGGUGGAAUCUUCUUUCUUGUAGUUUGGAUCCAUUGCUCCGUGUCCGCUUCUCUGGAGCAGCAGAAAACAACCUUUCUCCCUCCUCUAUGUGACAUCCUUUUAUAUAUUUGAACAUGGCUAUCAUAUCACCCCUUAACCUCCUCUUCUCCAGGCUAAACAUGCCCAGCUCUCUUAGCCGUUCCUCAUAAGGCAUCGUUUCCAGGCCUUGGACCAUUUUGGUUGCCCUCCUCUGGACACGUUCCAGUUUGUCAAUGUCCUUCUUGAACUGUAGUGCCCAGAACUGGACACAGUACUCCAGGUGAGGUCUGACCAGAGCAGAAUACAGUGGCACUAUUACUUCCCUUGAUCUAGAUGCUAUACUCCUAUUGAUGAGGCCCAGAAUUGCAUUGGCUUUUUUAGCUGCCGCGUCACACUGUUGGCUCAUGUCAAGUUUGUGGUCAACCAAGACACCUAGAUCCUUUUCACAUGUACUGCUCUCAAGCCAGGUGUCCCCCAUCUUGUAUUUGUGCCUCUCAUUUUUUUCCCCCAAGUGCAGUACUUUACAUUUCUCCCUGUUAAAAUUCAUCUUGUUUGUUUUGGCCCAGUUCUCUAAUCUGUCAAGGUCGUUUUGAAGUGUGAUCCUGUCCUCUGGGGUGUUAGCCACCCCUCCCAAUUUGGUGUCAUCUGCAAAUUUGAUCAGGAUGCCCUUGAGUCCAUCAUCCAAGUCGUUGAUAAAGAUGUUGAAUAAGACCGGGCCCAAGACAGAACCCUGUGGCACCCCACUAGUCACUCUUCUCCAGGAUGAAGAGGAACCAUUGAUGAGCACCCUUUGGGUUCGGUCAGUCAGCCAGUUACAAAUCCACUGAGUGGUAGCAUAGUCAAGACCACAUUUUACCAGCUUCUUUAUCCAUGGCCAUAUCCAUAUCCAUGGCCCAUAUUGGAUCCUGCUGUUAUUUAUUCAUUUGUCCCCCCCCCCCCAAAAAAAGCCAAUCACUUCGAUUUUUAAUUAUUACUAAAUGACCUAGUAUUUAUUUUGCUGAAACAUAUUUCUGAGUAGCUUCAAAACGUUACUUUGGGGACAUUCCAUAGCAAAUCAAUGAACAUGGGCUGAAUUAUUAAUAGUUAUGGAUUUUACUAUACAUGUUGACCUUUUAAAAGAAUUUUUAAAUUAUUUUCUUUGGGACAUAUUCUGACCGUGUCCAACCUGCUAUGCUACAAUAGUUUCAUAUAGGAAUUGCUAACAGUCAGGUAAAAGAGCCCUACUAACACAAAUGUCCCAGGAAUAAUUCUGCUGGUUCCAAAGGGUAAGGAUGUUCUUUUUUUAAAAAAAAAAAAUCACAUUUCACUAUUGUGGGGGGAGUGGAAUGUAUAGAGAGCCACCAAUCGCUGCUAUUUAGAAAAAGGGAAGUUUUUCUUUUUUCUUUUUUAAAUAAUAUUUAUUAAAGUUUCACAAAAAAAGAAUCACAUUAAUAAAAAAGAAAAAUUUAAGAAUAAAAAGAAAAAUACACAAUACAAAAUACAAAAGGAAAAAAGAAAAAACAGUUAAAAACAAUUCCGUCUUUUCAUGACUUCUUUUACAUUUACUUGUUUCCCGGACCUCCUCAUACCUCCCGCUGUUGUAUUCCAAAUCCGUUUGUUAGUCCAGCAAUUUCUUCCCUCCUUUUUAAUCCCAAUCCUUAAUCUUAAUAUAUUAUAACAUUAAGUUUUUACCUAUUAAAAACCAAUUUCUCCAUUCUUUUAACCUUUGAAAUCCUAAUCCUUAAUCUUGAUAUAUUUAUAACUUUAAAGCCUGUACAGCUAGAAGCCACUUAACUUCAAUCCAACAUCACUCUAACAUUCAUUAAUUUUGCAAUAUUUCUGUAAAUAAUCUUUAAAUUUCUUCCAAUCUUCUUCCACCGACUCUUCUCCCUGGUCACGGAUUCUGCCAGUCAUUUCCGCCAAUUCCAUGUAGCCCAUCAUUUUCAUCUGCCAUUCCUCCAGUGUGGGUAGCUCUUGUGUCUUCCAAUACUUUGCGAUGAGUAUUCUUGCUGCUGAAAAAGGGAAGUUUUUCAUUCCUGGAACAACCUCCUUCCUCUAGACCAGGGUGGUCCAACAUGCUGCCAUCCCAAAGCCAGGCAACCAAGCUGCUGGGCUUCCUUGUGCCCAAAGCCUAAUAUUUAGCACUUUCUCAGCUUUGGGAAGGAGAUGGGAGAGCCUCACACCUCCCCAAAGCCCGACACCUCGCUUAGCCGGCUUUGGGAAGGCAGUACAGGGGCUGGUGGGGGUAUACAAUUUUGGGCUUACUCCCCCCCCCCCAAAUACACACACAGAGAGAGAGAGAGAGAGAGUAUCCUAAAUCCCUGUUAUCUUCAUUACAGAUAAAACUAUUCACACUUUAGAACAUUUCAAAUGCAUUUCAGAUAACCUUACAAUAAUGUAGGUUCAAAGUAAACAUGACAGUAGCAGGUCUUUGUCAGUCCAGAUUAUUAUUAUUAUUAUUAAGUUUUAUAUACUACGCUUCGUCACAGGGUGGUACUGCAGUCACAGAAAAAACUGGCUGCUCUAGCGAGGGGUUGCUCCACCCUUCUCCUGCCCACAUCUUCCUUCCCUGAUAGGGGAGCAUUAGGGCACACACUUAUUAGCCUAUUUUGCUGUUAAAAAUCAGAACUCCUCUCCUGCUCUAUAUGUUAUAUGGGCAGGUCCAGGUUUAAACCUAUAUAACUGUCAACAUCACAGCUCAUCUGUCCCUCAGCCCCAGUUUUUACAGGUGGCACUAAUGACAGUGAUCAUGAGCCUUCAGAGCAGGGGUUCUUCAAAACUGGUAUUUUAAAUGAUGGGGCUCAAAGUUUUUGCAGCAGGGUUCUCAUGCUACAAAAUCUCCCUGGUUUUAAACAAUGCGUUUCCAUCAAGGAACAAAUGACAAGAUGAAAUUGGCUUGUGGAGUUCACUGCCGCAGGCUUCCUAGCUCAGAUGCCUUUCAAAGAGGAACCGACCAAAUCAAGGAGAGUCAGUCAAUGGCUACUUGUCAUGAGGACUCUAUGCAGAUUCCAUGUUUGGAGUUUCUUUGGGGAGAAGAGCUCAUUUCCUGCUUCUGGGCCUCCCAAAGGCAUCUGGCAGGCAACUGCAUGAAGCAGGAUGCUGAACUAGAUGGACCGCUGCUGUGAUCUAGCAAAACUUCUUGUAUGUUCUUAAGGCAUUCCUUAUGGUGGGAAAAUAGUGGGAAAGGAGCGGCAGGAAGUCAUAUGUGCAAGAUUAAAAUUGUUUACGCCACUCCUCAGACAUCAGGGUAAACCCACUUACUUCUAAAUAGAGAAUUUCUCAUUGGAAGGAGGACAAUGCAAUGUGCCUCUUACAAAUACUCUUAUUCAUAUUCAGAAUGCAGAGCAGUUUAUGUGUAGCAGUCAAUUUUCCUUCAUUCAGAGUUACCUUGUGGCAUUUGAUUUGAUAGUUCCAUCUUCAAGUACCUGUGUUUUCUUCCUGUCCGUAUUCAACACAUUCUGUCUUGUUUCCGUUUGCAUCGGCUCUGGUGGGACUGUCAUGUAUCAUUUAAUGAUCUAAACACUGGGCAGCUCUGUUUUUUGUAGAAAGAAACUCAAAGCAUUUUACACCUAAAUGACAUCUUAUCUUAUACCAGGUCCAGAUUACAAGGAGUUGGAUGUUCAUCUUCGGAGAAUGGAAUCUGGAUUUGGCUUCAGAAUCCUUGGAGGAGAUGAACCUGGACAGCCCGUGAGUUGUUUCUUUUGACUUUCUACUCUAUAGCUUCAGCAUCUUCACUAUCUGUCAGAAAAAUAUCACUUUGUAUAAUGGUCAUAUUGGAACAGCACUUUUUCUUGUUCAGACAUUGAAAAAGACAGGACUCUUGAGCUAUCAGCCUCUCCAUCUAAAAUCUGUCAUUGUGAAUCAGUCUGUAUUAAGUUACCAGGAGUAUAUUCUCCAACCUUUUACACAGUUCAUUUUUCUGUGACAUCUUUCAAUUACUGACUUACAUGACAUGAUUGGCUUCCGCAGAUGGUCAGGGCCUUGCUUUUACAACAGCCAAAUAAGAUUCAAACUUAGUAGGAACAAACGAAUGUCAUGCUUUGAGAGACACAGCACUGAGAAACGUUUGCUGGAUAAAUACAGUAAUUUUGAGAUUUGAAACUGCCCACUGUUUAUAUUGCACAUUCUUGAGAAAAUGUAACAGACAUCCUGAAAUGAGACAUACUGCCUUCUGAAGUACACACAGUAGUGACUUCCAUUAGUCAUAUACUGGAAGAUUGCGGUAUCAAAAUAGAAACGUUCCCAUGAUAGUUCUCCUCAGCCAUGACAAGCUUAAGGACUUGUGACUUUUAGUACAUCACGCAUAGAAAAAGAAGUAGUAAUCAUUUUAUUUUACAUAUUCUGGAUGUAUUUUUAGCCCUUCAGCAUCCCAGUGUACAAUAAAGAAUCUUAGAAUACAGCUUUAAAUAUUAUUGAAUGCAGAUAGGAUAAGAAACGAACAUUUUUGGUGCCUUCUGGAUUUUGUUUUUAUUUGUACUAGCCAAAAUAGACCUCAAAAAUCUUUCCCCUCCCCCUGCCUUCUAUGGUGAGAUGCACAAGCUGUCUCAGCAUAUAACAUUUGUACAAUUGACUGUGGAGGAAUGACAUUGUGGUCAGAGAUUGCAAUGGCAUGCUACAAUGGCAAGUAUAUCUAUGACAAUUUACCUGUCUUCUGACAUCAUAGCAUUUUGAAUGUGCAGACAUCACUGAUGGCUGGUGGGAUGGGACAAAGCACACAACACUGAGAUGUCCAGAUAUGGGCCAGUUGCUUUCCAUACAUAGAAGUUUUAUAUACCAGAAUUAUGAAGUGGCUACAGGAAAGUGGGGUUUCUGUCUGGUGCUUGUAGAAUUGGUCUGUGGUUAUUUUUAGUGCUUAAAAUUCUUUUGUAUAUUUUGUAUUGUUGUGUUGCUGUUUUAAUGCCUUUGUAUAUUUUGCAAUGCAAUGCGACUUCUUUGGUGUUGUUAAGUCAGUAGAUGCAUAAUAAAUGAAAUUAUAAUAAUCAUCAUUAUCCAAAAAAGACGGUGGCAGAUCCAAUUUUGUCUAGAAGUCAGAGAUCAAGGUUGUAAUGUCCCUGCUACAUUGCCUUGCCCUUGCCCAUAAAACCACACUGCAUUCUAGCCAGUUUUGCAACCAUAAAAUUGCUGAAGACCAGAAAUAAAAAUAAAAAUGUUGGAGUUAUAUCAGGGUUACAUAGCAAUCAAACAUGUUAGUGCUAAUGUUAGAAUCAGAAUGUUGGAAGCUAUUUACACUGUCCUAUUCUCAGGGUCAUGAUUCAUGACAAGUGCAUUGGUAAAUGCUGGAUUCACAGGAAACUUUUACACAAAAUGGGGCAAUGGUGCUCUUUCUAUCACACACACACACACACACACACACACACACACACAUUUACCAUACAAGGUCUAGCUGAAAAGAUAACUCGAUAAUCUAAGCAAUACAUAAUUCACUGGAAGUUAGUAAGAAUUUGCCAGAAGUGUUGUAGCCAAACUCUUGGGUUUGGAUUGUGCUGUUAUUCUGUUUACAAACCAAAAUAUAAAAUUAGAAUUUGAUCAAUCCCAGAUUUAUUGAAUCAAGGCACUCCAGAGAAAGCAAUAGGGAAGAGGAGGGUAUGACGUUCAGGCACAAGUCUCUUAAUUGGUCUAAUAAACAACAUCUGCCCUGGCCCUUGGUGAAUUUAUGAUAAUAUUUCUUUUUGGCAUGUUUGUUGUAAUGAUGUCUGAAUGCUGGCAUGUGGCUGUAAUUGCAUAGAUUCAGUAUGAUUUUAAGAGGAAGCCAUAAAAUCCAAUAUUGCAAUUGGAGACAGAGAAUGGUUGCAUGAUUUGGAAACACACAAAGUUUUGCUCUAGCACAUGAAAGAAAAGAAAAGAAAAGAAAUGUGAAAACUGGCUUGGACACAACUUUAUUCCAACCAGCUGCUUAACUUUUCAAUCAAAUAAGGCCUGCCUGAGAGAUGCUGAAGAAGCUUUUUAUUUCUCUUUUUUAAAUCUUUAUUGUUUUCAAAAAAUUGAAUUUUUCAGCAUGGGGUGGAGGAAUUAAAUAUUUUGCUUGUUUGUUGCUUUUUUGUGGUGAUUGCCUUAGGGUGGACAACUGAACUGAAGCCACCUUUUCAUAAAGAAACCUUUGAAGGAUGGAGAUAUAUAAAAUUUUCAGCUAGUUUUAAGUUAGCAUUCUGAUCCCAAAUGGCUACGCUAGUACAUUUCCCCAUGAUGAAGCUUAAUGUUGCUGCAGCAUACUGGUUCUCCUCAGGCUAAGCACCUAUUGACGAAUAUAUUUGCUAAUGGCUAAUGCUAAUGGCUGUUUCACCCCUGCAUGUACUGUACCUCUUUCAGUGCCUUAUCACUAGAUGUCUCCACUGAAUGACUGACUCCACUGGCUAAUAUUAUUCAUAUUAUUCAUAGUCUACGUUGCAGUGGCUUUCUAGAAGUAACUGAUCGUGUUGCACAUGAUGGCUCUCAAAACUAAGGACCUUACUAGUAUAUUUUCCCUCUCAUGCAAACACACAAGCUGUGUGCAAGGUGCAAGUCUGAAAGCAUAGCAACUUCCAUGAUGCUAUAAUUUUAAGUUCCUGUGAAGGGAAGUUCUCUUUCUGCACAUAACUGUGGCAUCUUUUCUCUGGCAUCCUGGGAAGUCUCGCUUAUAAUCUUUUCUCUGCUUCUGUACACACUGUACAACCUGUUCUAAAUACCAAGACAUUCCCUCAUUUCUCUAGGAAGCUCAGUUCAUCUUAAGUUCAUGAAAAACACUAUGACCUGUUCUUAAUGCAUAGCUGACCACAUCUACGGAACUUGAUUAUUAUAUUCUUUCAUGUUAUGAUCAAUCAUUAGUAAUUGUUUUAGUCAUGCUAUAUCAAUCAUUAGUUAUAAUUUAAUUAGGAGGUUUCAUGCCUGUCUAGUUCUGUGCUCCCUUUCCCAGCCUUUAAUCUAUUGGUGAUUAAUGCCUAUAUGUAGCCUUUGCUUUGUACUUGUGUUAACCAAUCAGCAACGAGCGCACCUGUGGCAAUGUUGUAAUAUUCAAUAAAAGCUUCUUCUCGGGACUUGCUCGAGAGAUGCCUCUCACAUGACACUUGCUACUCGUCUGUCUUUAUUUCAACCCAACAUUCCUGUAAUAAAAUGGCAGAGGUUGCUAUGGCUUGACUGCUUAGAUUCCCAGCUCACAUGUUAUAUGGUUCAUUCAAGCCUGAAUGAGAAGAAGAGCCUGAAUGUAUUGUGCAAAUUAGCUCUAAAAUACCAAAGGAUUUCAAAGCAGUUUUCAAAACGUUCAUUUCCCCUCUACAGGGACCAGCCACUUCUUUGAUAGCACAAAUCCCCAAUCAACAUUGUACAACAAGAAAUCUAUUAUCGCAUUAAAAUGCCAAGAGAUGUGCAAAGUGGACAGGAUCAAGCCACUGUAAUUGUCUUAUCACAGAGUCUGUUCAAUAGGUUUUGCAGUGACCCACCAACUCCUUAUUAAACCACAUCAGUGAAGAAUGUUAUUUAUCUAAGGGACAGGGGAGACAGGGUUUAGAAAGUCUAAUCUUUAGAUGUUAUGCAUUAAUCCUCUUUAACAGCCAAACACGUAGCCUUGCCCUGAAACUUUUGUGCCUGCAGUGUCCUUAAUGAUUCUAAUUUUUGUAAUUUCACCAUCUCUGUCUCACACCCACACCCACUCACACAAACAGGAGUGUAUUUUCCAACAAGAAAGUGAGCCGGCGCUGUAAUCCUUAAAAUAUUCAUUGCUGUUUGGGUUAUUAAUCUCAUUACUCCUUUAGGAAAAAGUGUAACAUUAAUUACUACUAAUUGCUACAGUAUUUGGAAAGGAUUUUGGGGCAUUUCUCAUAGGCUUAUCUGAGCGCUGGCAUUUUGGCAGCAGUAUAUUGGACACCACUCUGCAACAGAGAAAAGUUUUGCUUAUGCAUCACCAGAAAGUAUUGGAGAUUUCUUUGCUGCCUUGCCCUUUGGAUUUAUGCUUGUAACACUCCUCCCCUCCUCCCCCCAUUACUUAGAUUUUAAUUGGAGCAGUAAUUGCCAUGGGCUCAGCCGACAGAGAUGGCCGCCUACAUCCUGGUGAUGAGUUGGUCUUCGUCGAUGGAAUUCCAGUGGCUGGCAAAACUCACCGAUAUGUGAUUGACCUCAUGCAUAACGCAGCUCGAAAUGGGCAAGUGAAUCUAACUGUGAGAAGAAAGGUGCUACCCACAGGUAUGUUCAGAAACCAAAUAUUGUUAAGAAUUGGGACGCAACUAAGGACAAAUCAUACAUAAAAUGUUCGGAUGGGCAUUAAUAUUCAGAGAGAUGUUGCUUUUAAAAGAAAACAGAUAAAAUGUUUGUUUUUCAGCUUUCCCUUACAAUGUUCCUGACACAAAUGCUAAAGUAUUUUGGUUAUUUUACAGAGACUAGGAAAGUAGAACUGACAUAGAACUGUACUAGUCAUGAGUCACCCUGUCCAUAUUCCUUUUUCUAUUGGCUCUAUGUUCUUCCCACCAUCACCUCACAUGCCGUCCUCCUGCUAAGUCAACUGUCCUGUUAACAGCCAUUGUGUGACCAACAGACUGCAGGCAAAUGAAAUAAGCGUCAAGAUUGUUAGGUCCCCGGGGCCGGAAGUGAUUUCAUGAGUUUUCAGCUCAUUCCGAUUCAUUAGAAGCACAAUGUAAAAGCCUUUUAGCACAAACCAAACAGCAGCAGGUAGAAAUAGGGUAGCUGCCUUGUCUCUUUUAACCAGUCGGCAUUAUACUAAAAUCUAAACCAUAGAUACAGAAUUAGACAUUUAAGGAGUCAUCAAAGUGGUUUUGUUUUUCUAGAUAUAGAUAACCCAAAGAUGAGGCCUUAACUCACAGUUUUCAUCUGGAGUGUAUUUCUAUGAGUCUGUUCACUUCUUUGCAAUGUUGCCGUAUGUGGAUUUGUGUCUGACAUCUCAAAGCCUACUGCCUGUGGGCCAUUUCAGACACGACACAGAAACAAAUACUACCGUGAACGGGGAGCUGAAGACAAUCCUGAUAAGAAUACCAAUAGGUUCCUUGUGUUUUCAAAAGCUGGUUUGACACAUUCACAUUUUACAUUUUUAGGUGUACACUUAGAAAAAGGUAAUGUGUGAAGAGGAAGCCAUAACUAGGAUACAUUUGUCACAAGUGCACUGAACUGAGCAAUUGGAAUAAGCAGAUAUGACUUUAAACCCCUUUCUGUCUACUCCUUCCCAUUCAGUAAAGAACUCAUUCUACCCUGCUUACCUUGCUAGCUUUGCCUUCCAUUCCUACACAUUGUAGCUGAUCAAAACCUCAUAUUUCCAACCCCAUCUCAUUCUUCACAGUGUCAUCUUCUUCUUUGGCACAGUCCUAUGUCCCAUUGUUAGCCGUAUUGCAGUCAUUCCAGUAAGGAGACUGAUGUUCUUCUGUUGACCAUUAUAGACUCCUGGAGUCAGAAAAAUUCUCUCCAGCCUGGUGCAACGCCCCCUAGCAGCUCCCCAAACCUUAGGAAAAUGGCCAAUAGCCAAGGUAACACACAGCACCUGAUGAUUAAUUCCUUGAGGAAAUUAAUUAUGCUUCUGCUUGUGCGGGUGACCACUUUUAUUUGUUGCUGGUCCUUGCUGCUAACUGCAUGUCUGGAACUUUCAGUUGAAGGAACUUCUUCUGGUCUGGAACUUGUAGCUGAAUAUUCCUUUUGGUGGCAAAUAUCAAUCACGUAUGGAGUAACAGGAACCUGUCUUCAGAAAAACAAUUUGAAUAGGCUAUUAGCAAACCUCCAGGAUGCUAGAGAGAGACAGUAAGCAAAAAUCCUCCCCUAAAGCUACGGAAGGGUGGUGUGAGGAUUUUGUGUAUGGGCAAACUUUGGAGAGGGAUCUUUAACUUACAACUAAAUGAGGUGGACAAGUUUAUUUUAUGUAUUAUCUUACAGUAUAUUUUGUUUCGUUUCUAUUUAUUUAUUUAUGGUUUCAUUUUGUGUGGGAUUGUAUGGGAAAAGGAUGGCUGCCUCCGUAGGCAAUAAGCAAAAGAACCCCCGCCCAUCAAAGUAAAUGAUAUCCAUGCACAUUCCCCCCAAAGUACUGGAAAUUCUCCCAGCCUAACUUUGUGGAAGACAGAGUCUGGAUGUCAUGCCCAAAGUUUGAGAUGAAGAAUCAAGUUGUUGACAGCCUUUAUAACAGAACAUUAGGACCAGUGGGUUUUUUCUGGGGACACACAGGGGUACGCAUACCCCUAAACAUGUUGUGAAUCUAAGUUUGACCUCCUUGAGGGGCAGCAGAAACUGCUGCUUGCCUUCUGUCACUGUGCCAUUGAGAGCGUGCUCACUUAUGGCUUAUGUGUGUGGUACGGAAGCUGUACAGGACAGGAUGGGGUUGUGCAGGGUUGUUAAGGCAGCAGAGAGCAUUGUUGGCUGCCCACUCUCCACCUUAGAGCAGAUUUAUGCCACAAGGUGCCAUAGGAAGGCACUGGACAUAAUAAAAGAUCCAUCGCAUCCUGGUCACUGUCUCUUCGAGCUCUUGCCAUCAGGACGGAGAUACAGGACGAUGAAGACAAGAAUGAGCCGUCUUAAGAACAGCUUCUUUUCCAGAGCGAUCUCGGCCCUGAAUGGGAAGCCCGGACUUUGAAAGUCAUCUAAUCUCCAUUGCUGUAUUAUACUGUAUUGAUUAAUUAGUGUUUUUAUGGAGCAGUCAAUUAAUUUCGUUGUCCCCGAAGGGGGCAAUGACAAUAAAGAUAUUAGUAGUAGUAGUAGUAGUAGUAGUAGUAGUAUUUCAAUAUGAGUAGGAAAAUGAGAGUACCCUUAAAAAAUUUUAAGAAAAAAAGCACUGAUUAGGACAAAACUAAGAGAGAAACCCUGACAGUCACACAACAUGCCAUCAUUACGAGAGUGCCCAUGACGUUCCAAGCAGGUGGACCCACACAUCCAUUUCCAGCACUCUGCUAUUUUUAGUUUGUGCCUCAGCCAUUCCCUCCUGGGUGGUUCAGGUUUGUGGGCUGAAACCACUGUUGCCACACAGCUCUGUCAUAGUAUCAUUAUAGCACAAAACGUCAGUCCAUUUCUCUAAUUGAAUGUGCGCUCUGGAAUGUAGUAUCCACUCACUAAGUUCACACAACAAAGCGGGGGCACUUGGUAAGCUCCAGCUUGAGAAUGAGAACUUCUAGCAGAUGAGUGGGCCAUGCUAAAUCUUCACCAGCUUCUGGCUAUAGCCCCAGUGAGCAAGCAUAUCAUGGAGGUGAUGGGUUUGAGAGCCAUGUCCCCAAUGCAUAGCUGCUAUUAGGAAAGAUAAUCAAUAUCUCCUCCAUAAUCUUCACUGCCCCACUGCCCGCCCCCCAAAAAAACUAAAACAGGCCUGAGGAAGCACUCUUGAAAGAGCAAAAACCUAGUUGGAGGGAAGACAGCCAGUGCUUCAUGGCUGGGUAAAAGCUUUCCCCAAAUCUUGGAAGUAUGUUCGAAGCUCUUGAGAAUGAAUACAGCAUAGAAUAAUUGAAGGAAUGGGAGGAAUCUAAUAAAGUCCAGUCAUGAAACAACCACACAGGGGUGGGGACUAUGUUUGGGCUUGUUCAUUCUAAGAGCAUUUAAUAGUCGGGUCUGCAUCUUGGAUUUAAAGAGCCAUAAUACCUUCAGAACUUUAAAAAAAAUGAGGAAGAGAAAUGCCAGGUAUUGAAACCUGAUCAGGAAAGAGUGACAUUCCAAUGUACAGAAGGACUAAAAUGCUAGUCUUUGUGGAGAGCAUACCCAAUCUUUAACUCUCCCUCCCAUGGACAGAUUUUUCAGAAUAGAUGGAUAUCCAAUAGCAAUAUAAAAUCUGCUCUACCUGGUUUCUCAUUCUUUCCUGUACUUAAUGGGAAUCUGUUACAUUCAUUUAUAGCUGAGGCAGCACUCGGUAAUUCUGUGGGGUAAGAUAAUUUUCUUUCUGUUGCACCCGCAGUGACAUAAACCCUAGUCAGGCUUCUAAAACAUGACAGCCAGAAAAUGAGAUCUUUCUUGUCACUGACGAUGGCAUUUAGCUGCAGGUCUGGUUCAAUAACUUUGGGAGAUUUUCAAUUCUAACAUAGCAGCAUAAUGACUGUUUGUUUUUCUUUCGUCUCCCUUGCGCGAAUCACUUUGUUUCAAAGUUGUACAAGGACUGCUAGAGGACAUGCUUUCCUGCCUGAGAAAAGAGAGACUUAUGCUUGAUUCAGAGAAACUUGAUUUUGCACUUUGAAGAUUUUGCUUGAUAUGUUGUGAUGUGUGUGGCAGAGAGAAAGCUAGUCAGCUGUUUUGUAAUAUGCAUCUUUAUCAGUUGGAGGAGGGGAAAAACAGAUUUGAUUUUAUCUGAAAUUAAAGCAUUCCAAAUAUGGACCCAUUAUCUGUUUUAUGAAUGGAAGCCAGCUUGUGGCUGCAAUCCUAUACAUACUUUCCUGGGAAUAAGCCUCACUGAAUUCAUGUGAAUUCAUGCAUAGGGUAUGAAAAGCAUCAUUAUAUUAUUUAAUCCAGGCAUCACCAACCUCUUUGGACCAGUGGACAGAAUUCUGAGAGAGAGUCAAAAAAAUUCAUAGGGGAGGGGGUGGCAUAACACCCUAUGAGCGAGAGAGCCACCCCUGGCAUCAUUAUGCUUACCAGGGGGUGUCAGCUGUCUCCUGCUGCUACUGUUUGUAGAGAUCACACAAUAUUGAUUUUACACACAGAGAGAGAUAUUGUUGCUGUCUAAUAGCCACAGGGAACAUUUAUCAGUACCAGGGAAGACAUACAAGAUAGCUACGCCACACUCACUCCCAUUUCACCUAAAUUUAUUGGAAGGUACGUGUACAUUUUGCCCCAUAACUUACCUUCUAGGAGGGCUAGAGAAAUACUUUUUUUAAAAAAAGAAAAAGCUCAGCAUCUGGAGCACCUGCCCAGCAGUGCCAAUCAGUCCUCUGGUUUAAUCACUAGUUGUGCUAGAAUUAUCAAGAGUUUUUCAUGUCCAUUCUGUUCUUGUUGAAGAGAGACAAUAACAUUUUUGUCCAUCUUUCCUCUAAGACUGCACUGUCAACUUCACUUAUUCAAAGCUAGCAGGAUGAGGCACAAGGGAGGCUCUAUGGCAGGCAUAGGCAAACUCAGCCCUCCAGAUGUUUUGGGACUACAACUCCCAUCAUCCCUAGCUAACAGGACCAGUGGUCAGGGAUGAUGGGAGGUGUAGUCCCAAACUAUCUGGGGGAUCGAGUUUGCCUAUGCCAGCUCUAUGGCUUCCUGAUUGCUUACCUGGAUGAGGACGGGUACAGGGUGCCCUCCAGAUUCAGCUCCAGGGAGCAUGGCCAAUGGUCAGGAACAUCUGGAGGGCACUGUGUUGGCCCAUAUAAGAAUGCUUUAUAGAACUGACCAGGGAGGAGAGAGGAGCAUAGUCUAAAACUUUUCUGUGGCUGGUAGCUCUGAGUGUUCAUAGUGAACCAACCUCCCUCUCACUGGUACCAUUUUCAUUUUAGCACCUGGAAUGGGUUACGCUGCAGUGUGUUCAGUAGCUCUUACUGUAUUAUUAAUCUUCAAUAAUUAAUCUUUCAUACUGCAUUACGGUGUGGUACGCUGGUUUGACAUCAACUGAUAGGAAGUGCCUACAGAGGGUGAUGAAUACAGCACAAGAUAUUAUGGGCUGUCCCGUGAAUCCGCUGGAUGAAAUAGCAGAAGAACGUUGCCUCAGGAGAGUGAGGAAAAUUCUCGGGGAUGAUUUACUCCCUGGCCGGCACUUUCUUGAUCACCUGCCCUCAGGCAGAAGAUAUAGAAGCAUGAUUAGUCGCACCAACAGGGUAAAGAACAUCUUCUAUCCAUGGGCUGUUAGGCUGCUGAAUGAAAAGAUAACAACAGGGCAACUGACUUCCGGGUUUGGUGGGUGUGCGUCAGUAAACAAGGGGAAUUAAGACUAAGAGAGCUGAGUGGGGGGUGCUCGCGUAAGCUCACUGUAUACAAGUUGUUCAAGUGACAAUAAAGUAUUUCAAUAAAGGAUCUGCCAGAGAAAUAGAGCUGUGUUUUGUCCACAUUUUAUUUUUUUACUUUUUGCUGACCACCAAAGAUAUAAAUACAAUACUACCUCCAUCCUUCUAUGUUCUCUGCAUUUGUAUGAAUAUAAAGUAUAUGGAGUAUCAUAGAAUUGUAGAACUGGAAGGGGUCCUGAGGAUAAUCUAGUCCAACCCCUUGCAAGGCAGGAAUAUGCAGCUGCCCCAUAUGGGGAUCGAACCCGCGACCUUGGUGUUAUCAGCCCCAUGCUCUUAACCAGUUGAGAGAAGGCUGGUCCACAAUGUAAGUGAAGCUAAGGAUUCGAGGUCUGUGUACAAGGACAGGUUUUCUUUUCGUAAGACAACCUAUAUUUGAUAACAGGUUCUUUUUUGGGAUUAAUCUUCCCUGAAUUAAUCCCUCUAGUCCACAAACAUCUUUUGAAUAGGCUGUUCUCUUUUUAAAAGGGAAGUCAAGCAGUUAAUCCCCAUUACUCUGUUGGUUGCCUGCUUAAAUUUUUCUAGUUUGAAGGCAAAUACCUUAAUAUUGAAUUAAAUGUUGAAUUAGACAUACUUAAUAGACAUAGAUAGAUAAAGAAAUGUCUGAUUCAUUUCCUUGGAAUUCAACACCCAUUAUUAGUAAUGAUAUAAUUUUAUAUAGCAGUAUUAAUGCACUCUCAGUGUACAGCAUGUGCCCAACAUAAGCAACCCACCCCCACAGAAUAUAGUUUUAGUCUCUCACUAGGGGAAGCAGAGAUGCUGUGUGUGGCAGCAGUUGUGGAAUUGCUUACACGAUUCAGAUUAUUACUCAAUUUCUAUAGUUUCCAGUCAAUGCUCUGAUGGUACCUGGAUUCUGAGCUUUCAGGUGGAUUCUUAGAGCAGCUUAAAGUAAAAGCUGAAAUCCAUACCAAUCAGACCUAUGAAAACAAUACCUACCAUUUUAAAACUCCUUGAAUAGCACCUAGAGCAAGGGCCACAAUUAAAGUGGAUUGAUCUUAAAUGCCUGGGAACAUAAAAGGGUUUCACGUGGCGUGAAAAAGAUGCAAGUGAACCUUCUGGUAACUCCAGAGCUAGGAUGCCGUCACUGAAAAGGCCACCACUGUUUUCCUGUCUCAGGCUUUCUGAACCCUUCAUUGCCAGAAUGUUUCUACUUGCCUUUGCGUGCUAUUGUUAUCAGUGAUAACUGUGGUCACCGACUUGAAUCAUAAGAAGUCUGGUCUAUGGGAAAACGUUAUAGUGGUCCUAAGUGCUAAGGCAGAAUUAGGGUGGAUCAGGUCCAAUUAGAACUGAUUAAGUAUUAAUUUAAAUAAAUCCACAAUAGACAAGACUUAAAUUGAGUCAGGUCUCACUAGUAAUUACCUGCUCUGGUGUUAUGGCUCUUAUUUUGGAUCAUAUGUACUAGUUUAAGAAAGGGUGCCUUGAUUGUUUUGCUGCCUUAUCAAAGUGGAUCCCUGUUACUAGAUCCAGUCCUCCUAUACUGGGUGCAGUUUAGUUUAGCACGCCCCGUAUUUUGUGUUCUAGAAAGCCAGAAAGAUUUGAGUUUGGUGAGUCUCUGUUUUGUCAGCAGACAACCUAGAUUCUUAAUCUUUGUGUGAUUUCUGUUUCAGGAGAACCGUGCCCUGAGAAUGGCAGGAGUCCGGGCUCUGUGUCUACGCACCACAGUUCUCCAAGAAGCGACUAUGCCACAUAUGCCAACAGCAAUCAUGCUGGAUCAAGUAUCAAUGCUACGCCCCCAGAGGGCUUUGCUUCGCACAGCUUGCAAACAAGCGAUGUUGUCAUCCAUCGCAAAGAAAAUGAAGGGUUUGGUUUCGUUAUCAUUAGCUCCUUGAACAGGCCUGAAUCUGGAUCUACAAUAAGUGAGUUAAUUUUUUUUCUGUCAAUUGUUGUUCCAGUUCCUUUACAAAAAUCCUAUAAAACUUCCUUUUGCCAACUGUACAGUGGUACCUCGGAUUAAGUACUUAAUUCGUUCCGGAGGUCCGUUCUUAACCUGAAACUGUUCUUAACCUGAGGUAACACUUUAGCUAAUGGGGCCUCCUGCUGCCGCCGCGUGAUUUCUGUUCUCAUCCUGAAGCUAAGUUCUUAGCCCAAGGUACUAUUUCUGGGUUAGCGGAGUUUGUAACCUGAAGCAUAUGUAACCUGAAGCGUAUGUAACCCGAGGUACCCAUUGUAUAUGCAGCUAAUCCAUUGAGUUCUAUUUAUUCAUAGACUUCAGCAUUUAUAAAGUUGUAUAUCCUUGCGUGCUUUCAGUCAAGAGAUCAAUUAUUUCACACAGUUCUCUCUUUCAAAUGUUUCCUGCCCAUGAUUUAGAGAGAUUCUGUUUGUAUGGCUUUGUCUCCUUGUUAGGCUGUGCUCUGAAAUAAUAAAGCUUAAAGGCAUUAAGCACUGUGUACAUCAAACAACCAGACUAAAAAGAGUCUCAUUGUUUAAGACUAGACAAAUGAGAAACUGAGAGAAACUGAAACUAGGGUUGCCUUAUUUCAAAAAGUAAAAACCAGGAAACCCUGAAAGUUGUUGAGUUUUUUUUUAGGAAAACCCAAAAGUUUCUGAGAUUUUUUUUAAAAAAAUGUUUACAAAAAUGCCCCCAAAAGUGAUUUUCACUUGCCUAAAAUAUAGGAAAAUAGCAACCCUACCUGACAUGCAUUGAGGCAUUCUGCAAAAAAAGAAGAAGCAUAUUGCCAGUUGAAUACCUGAGUCUUCUGGCAUGAUAAAUGUUGACACGUGCUCCUACAGGUUACCUGUGAAGCAAAUAAAUAAAUUUUAAACAGUAUUGUUGAAACGGUAUUUUAAACAGUAGGCACUUGCUGGAUAACCUUCAAAUUUAAAUUGUAACAUGGGAUAUGAGUGGCCCUCAAAAGAAGCUAAACAACAAUCAGAUAUUAUUACUGUGACUAUUAUCUAAUUUUACUUAAUAUGUUACUGUAAUUUGAACAGCAGGUGUGGCUUGAUUUCAUUGUGGAAAUUUGCUGUGGGUUUUUGUUUGUUUGUUUUUUUGCAGUUCCCUUGAUGGAAGCACGAUGUUUUGAGAAAUUACUGGGGCUGUUGCUUCUCACAGAGCCAUUUUAAGCCUUAAGCUACUUGAAUUCCAAGAGGACUAGGCUGGAAGAUGCCACUGGAUGCAAUCAAGAGAAAGCUAAGUGAGCUUAAGUUCAGUUGAAACCAAUGGGAUUUAAAUCCACAGUCAAGCACUUAAGUCCCAUUGAUUUCAUGGUUAACUUUCUCUGGAUUGUGCCCACUGUAUUUCAGCAUUCACCUCCCUUCCAUAUAGCAGCAUCUGACUGGGUCUUUGUGCAGAGUUUUUCCGGAUUUUUAUUCCACUUUUCAAAGGACUGUCAAGAGCAAAGUGUGACUUUCUGGGUCAGCUGCCCAUGGACUGCAGAAAAUCGACGUCACUGGGACAUUUAAAACUGGGCCUAGCAGUUGGGAAACAAUUUGAGGUGAUUAAACCCCCUCUACACACACAAAUGGAUAGGGAAAAUUGAAGUGUGUUCAUCGUUUAAGUUAAAUAACUGUGAGCAGUGGCCAAUCAGAGGAUUAGGCUGGCAACCAGAACUAGCCAGUUAGAAGUGAGGGCUUUAAUGAUGUAAUUGGCUUUUCAAUCAGAGAGGGAGAAGAGGCUUUAGCCAUCCUGUCCCCAGUUUUCCUGGCCCUGUUGAAUACAGAGGAUAAUAGUCUGGUUGAGCAAGUAUAGGAUUAUGCUAUAAGUGUAUUAUUAAAUAAUACAGGCAUAGGCAAACUCUGCCCUCCAGAUGUGUUGAGACUACAGUUCCCAUCAUCCCUGACCACUGGUCCUGUUAGCUAGGGAUGAUGGGCGUUGUAGUCCCAAAACAUCUGGAGGGCCGAGUUUGCCUAUGCCUGAAAUAAUAUAUACAGUGGUACCUCUAGCUGUGGACAUGAUCUGUUCCGGGGUGCCGUUUGCACCACGAAAAGUCCACAACUAGAGCGGCACUUCGACGCAAGCGCAGAGUGCGAUAGAGCGCUUCUGUGCAUGUGUGAAGUACGCAGAACGCUUCUGCACAUGCACGAAGCACGCAGAAGUUUGCUGCGUUCGCAAGCUGAAAAGACACAACAUCAAUCUAACGCAACAUGAGGUAUGACUGUAUUGUGGGAAGAGGUACAAAAUUGAACCAUAUGGUUUUUAGACUUGUAUUGAUUUUUUAAAGCAAUUGGUUGGUAUUCAAUUAUCAGAGGAGAUCUAUUAAAAUUAAUGAGCACAUGAAGCGGAUCCCACCGCUACUACCAAUUGUGGCAGAUCCCAUGGCUAACACCAAUUGAAGGCCUUCAGACAAGACCUACCUGGAGAUGCCAGGGAUUAGACUUGGGACCUUUGGCGGGCAAUGCCUGCACUGUGCAACUGAGCUAUGGCCCACCUCAUAUGAGAUGCCAGGAAGGAGAUGUUGCAUUGCUUUCACAGUUGACUAAAAUAGCAACAUAGCAACUUGCUUUUAAAUUCUGUUACUGCAAAUAAUAUUGUCAUUUAAUGUACGCUUGUUUUAUUUGCAAAAUAAAAAAAAGUUUUUAUUAUUAGUUCCUUAUGUAGCAUCUCAGUGUUGCACAGCACUAUAGAGAGUAAUAUAAGCAAAAAUAACCCAGUAGGUCCCUGAGCCCUGGGAGCUGAUCAUUUAUUGGACAGCCAACGCUGUUGACAUUUUCACAAGCAAGCUUUCAGAGCAACCAGCCAACCAGCCAUUCUUUUUUUUACCCUACAUGGUGUGCCAUAGCAUUAAACAAAGGAAGCGAAGAAUAAAUAUUUAAAUAUGUUCAGUAAAAAUGUUAAUGUAUUCACUGCAAGCCAGCCAAGGGGAGAAUUCAUUGAAAAUACCGGUAUGGAAAGAGAAUUGUCUGUAAUGUCAGGUAGGCAUUGUCUCCCUGGUCUUAGGAUUUCAAAUAGAGUCCUGCAGUUUUAUUUGCAAUUGUUAGAGCUGCCAUGAAUAAGUACAGCCCAAGAAAUACCCACAUAGGAGGUAACCUUUGGGACAGAACAGUAAGCAAGAUUAGUUUGUGCAUUUUAAAAAGGUUUUAUCAGCACCAGCUUUCUCCUUGUAUUAUUGGAAUUUUGUAAGUUUGGGCGUUGGAAACCAGGUGAUGUGCUGAGGGGACUUGAACUGGGAGGUGCCUGGUUCUUUGCAUCCCCAUGGGAACUUGCCAGAGGAGGGAGAUAUGAGUUGCACUUCAGUGCAACCACUGCAGCCAGAGGUCAGGUGACUAAAGGGACCAAUUGGCUUCUGCCUGAUCCCAUAAAGCAUCUGACUCUGGCUUGGCUCCUCCAUCUAAGCAACUUCCUCAGGCAUUGUUCCAGACUACCAGUCCCUGUUUACUCCUUAGCCUCUUCCCUGGCUUGACUACCUGCCCAGUUGGUACCUGCCUGUCUGUCUCCAGAUCAUGAACCUUGACGAGUCCAGAGGGUCUUCCUCCCUCUCUAAUUUCUUACUUGGUAGCCUGGCACCAAGUCCAGUCACAUAAAUGCUCAAUAAUAUAAGAAGGUAGGUGUGACAGCCAUGAGGAAAGUAGGUGAGCCAGAGCAGGUCUCCUUCAAUGGCCAGCCCAUUAUGGGGAGCAGACAAAAUAGAAGAGCAUAUUGUCUAUCAGAAAAAGUAAUGUGGCUUUCCCUUGCAAGGGCCUGUCCUCAAGUGGCCACGAUGUCCAGUCCUCAGCUAUCACACAGGGUGUAGACUUCUCUCAGACUGCUUGCUGCCACCACCUACUAAAAACAUAAGAUAAGCCUGUUGGAUCAGGCCAAUAACCCAUCUAGUCCAGGAUCCAGUGGCUGGACAGAUUCUUGUACUACUACUACUACUACUAUUAUUAUUAUUAUUAUUAUUAUUAUUACUACUACUACAGCCCAAGCUAGCCUGUAAGCUAGGCAUGAGCGUAGCAGCACUCUGCCCACCUGCAACUCCCAGAAACGGGCAUUCAGAGGCAUACUGCCUUUGACAGUGGAGGCUGAACAUUGCCACCAUGGCUGGUAGCCAUUGAUAGCCCUGUCCUCCAUGCAAUUGCCUAACCCUCUUUUAAAGCCUUACCAUUUGGUGACCAUUGUUGCCUCCUGUAGGAGCAUGUUCCAUAGUUGGACUUUGCACAGUGUGAUGAAGUGCCUCCUUUUCGCUUUCCUGAAUAUUACAGGCGUAGAGAAAGCAGUAGGACUCUCCUUUUACAUCCCGACUCAAGAACAUCUACACCAAAUAUGUGGAAUGAGAUAAACAGAAGCAGCUGCAGGCCUGGCCUCCCAGCAGCCAGCAUUGCUGCCAUGUAUUGGGAUGGUGUGGGGAUGGGGCACAGUAGCGGUGAGGCUGGGAGAGGGCCAGUGGGGCAGCACUACUCUGGUUUCGCUGCUGCCUUGCCCCAGACCUGCCCUGUCCUUGUACACAGCACAAACAAACACACACACACAGGCUCCCUGGUGGCCACUCCUGCCUUGGGAUCCAUCAAGGCCAGAACCCAGAGAGUUAAACAGAAAAAUAGAUUUAAUUAAGGAACAGAACAUUCAGAACAAGUAAUAUUUCUCUACAGAGUUCUUACACUUCUAGUUUCCUGAUUAAACAUCACUGUCUAUCUUGAAGUGUCAUAACAGCUAUCCUAACUCUAUUAAAUACCACCUCUUGUUCCCCUCAGUCUCUCUUGUCUGUCACAGCCAGCCUCCACUCUGUCAUUCUCCAGCAGACAUUAUCAGUCACUCAACUCUAACUCUGCCCAGCUAUCCACUCCACUCCACUAAUGUCAGUCAUUCUUCCACUACCUCGUCAAUCACAAGAAGCAAUCCUAGGGCCUCCACCUCCAAAACAAAUCCUUCCAGAGCAUAGGCAGCUUCCAGACAUGCCUUUCCCAGAUGCAUAGCGACAGGGAGCUGUGCUGUAGGGACGUGGGUGGCGCUGUGGGUAAAACCUCAGCGCCUAGGACUUGCCAAUCGCAUGGUCGGUGGUUCGAAUCCCCGCGGCGGGGUGAGCUCUCGUCGUUCGGUCCCAGCUCCUGCCCACCUAGCAGUUCGAAAGCACAAUUAAGUGCAAGUAGAUAAAUAGGGACCGCUUACUAGCGGGAAGGUAAACGGCGUUUCCGUGUGCUGCGCUGGCUCACCAGAUGCAGCUUGUCACGCUGGUCACGUGACCCGGAAGUGUCUGCGGACAGCGCUGGAAGCAUCAUCAAAAGAAGAGUAUUAAAGCAUCAUUUACAAAUCCUUAGAAGCUUCAUGAAAUAAAAACGUUUCCCUCUGCUAAAAACUGUUAAAGACAGUCAGACUUCCCAAAUGUCCUGCAUGUACACAAAUAGCCCUUACACUGGUUUUAACCCUUGAGUGAGGGAUAUACAGUUACGGGACAGUUUCCAUCCUCACUUCCUCAUAUCUAGCAUAGCUUUAACAAAAAUGUUUCAAUGGAAGUAUGGCAGGGCCGGCCCACCCAUGAGGCGGACUGAGGCAGCUGUUUUGGGUGGUGGAAUCCUGCAGGGUGCCGCCAGAGAAGCAAGGAGAAGCAGUAGCGGCUUCCGGCAAGAUCUUGCAGAGCUCUCAUGAGAACUUGUGAGGGUUCAGUGAGAUCUUACCGGAAGCCUGACCCCUGGUAAGUGAAGCUUUGGCAGGGCAGGGAGACAUCACCUUCCCAUUUCAUCUCAGGUGGCAAAACGGGACAGGCCACCCCGGAACUAUGGCAUAAAUCCUUUAUUCAAGGAACAUAAGGUCCACAGGAAGGGAACAUCAGGCAGUAUUUUCUCACAUCAUCUUCCUCUGAUAGCUGUGUACGUCGCAUCUUCUGGCUGCCCCACAACUCCUGGAGUUUCACUGGUGAGGACACAUGAGGAAAAGGCCGCGGGAGUGAUUGAUAGUGGAUGUUAGAUGGCAAAAAGGCAUCUGAAGGGAAACAAGCUAAGCAUACUGAGUUAUGUGUUAUAUCUCCCAAUUAAAUCAUGGCAUGCUGGGAGUUAAAGCUGAAUUAAAGCUCUUGCACCUAUGGAGAAUUGUGGGCACAAUAAAUAUUCAUGUGAUCAGCUGUGUAACAUAUUGGAAAGGACAGCUGGCUCAGGAGGGUUUGUUGGCUUAGUUUUCUAUCGGUUUCUGUUUACAUUACAAAACUAUUGUAAGAAGUUAUUAUCUGCCAGAGGUUAUAGUACAGAUACAAUGCAGGUUUGGAUUCCCCAACACACACACACACACACACACACACACACACCUGUUCGCAUCUGACAUUUACCCAGUGUACAAAAAGAAAUGUGAGAAAACAGGCAAGUGACUUUUUACAAAAUACAAUCUCUCAGCUGUUAGGGGAAAUACAUACAGAACAGAUGAAAAGACAGCGUACUUGUAAAAGUGAGAAACAUUAUUUGUCACUGACACCAGCUUGUAACGAUCAGUGCUUUCUGGGGGCAUGCUGUGAUAUUAGCCGGAGCUCAGUAUGAGUUUAGUGAUUUUCUGUCAAGAGAAAUAAUUUUUGUUUUAAAAAGAAGAAGAAACAGAAAGGUACGGUGUUUUCUUCAGCACCCAGUGUUUCUUCUAACUUUCUGCAUGCAAAUUUGGAGGGAAACAAGAAUAUAUUAACAACUCAGCAUUUUUUAUAUUGUAAUGUUUUAUUGUUUUGCUCUUAUUUUUCUUGUAAUUCCCUUCAAUAAAACCAUGCAGUGAUUUUGGGGUGAGAGUUAAAAUAGCACAUUGGAAGAUUUUCAUCCCAUGAUCUAAAGCAGUGAGAGGGUGCUCUACCCUUCAAUGAAGGACACAGCUCUGUACAAAUAUCCCUUGGUCAUUAUGGAGCUCCACAAAAGUGGCCUUCAUAAGGCGGAAGCUUCAAAAGAUCACAGGACUGAAGUGCCUCAUGGUCUGAGGGCAUGUGAUGCAGCCAUCUUGCUGGUGCUGAGCAGCUCUGGCCUGGUCAGUGUCUACAUGGGAGAGAUGUACGGCCCUUUCAGUUCCAUGGUGGAAGUUGGGUGACCUGUAUAGAUGAAAUUAUAUACAUAGACAUAGAUAUGUAUUAUGUCUGUGUGUAUGUGGUACAUAUCUAUAUCAAUAGGUAGAUCAUAGAAUCAUAGAAUCAUAGAGUUGGAAGAGACCACAAGGGCCAUCGAGUCCAACCCCCUGCCAAGCAGGAAACACCAUCAGAGCACUCCUGACAUAUGGUUGUCAAGCCUUUGCUUAAAGACCUCCAAAGAAGGAGACUCCACCACACUCCUUGGCAGCAAAUUCCACUGUCGAACAGCUCUUACUGUCAGGAAGUUCUUCCUAAUGUUUAGGUGGAAUCUUCUUUCUUGUAGUUUGGAUCCAUUGCUCCAUGUCCGCUUCUCUGGAGCAGCAGAAAACAACCUUUCUCCCUCCUCUAUGUGACAUCCUUUUAUAUAUUUGAACAUGGCUAUCAUAUCACCCCUUAACCUCCUCUUCUCCAGGCUAAACAUGCCCAGCUCCCUUAGCCGUUCCUCAUAAGGCAUCGUUUCCAGGCCUUGGACCAUUUUGGUUGCCCUCCUCUGGACACGUUCCAGUUUGUCAGAUGAUAGAUAUCUUCACACCAAAUAUAUGUAAUUAGCUGCAGCAUAAAAUAGGAUAUUCCACUUUUUCUGUUAUUGAAGAAUAGGUAGUAACAUUUCGCCUGAUCUUCCCCAUUUCAAAACUGCCUUUUGUUCUGGCUUCUGAUUCCAGUCCAGCGAGCCCCUUUGGACAUACAGAAGGGCAUCACUUUACCAAUUGGUUUUUCCCAUGCUCUGCCUCUCUCUGUACUUUAUUUACUUCAGAAAUUGCUUCUGAAGCUCUUCUGAAUUUCAGAAGCCACUUGAGACGCCAUGUGGGGUGGCAGCGAAUGUGCUGUCAGGGAAUGAAAGGAUUAGAGUCUCUUGGGGUCUGCGGAACUGACUAUAAACUCCUUUCGAUUGGAGACCACACCUGGAAAUGGGAGCUGACAUAAUAGACAGCUAAAGGUCUCUAAGUCUAUAAUGGUUUGUAGAACUGUGGGAGGCAUGAUUAAUACAGAAGAGAGGUUCAUUAGCAUUAUGGUAAUUAAUAUAUGCACUGACUGUUAGUAUUUGAGGCUGCAAGUUAUACCAUCAGUGUUCCUUCCAUUCCAAGUGUGAAAGGAUGGACAUGGCAGGGAAGAGGCUAGGCAGAACCUUUCUCAUGGCAAUUUUCCCCCUCAUGCAGAGAAUUUGUUUAAAAAUGCUCUAUGCAUUUUUGAAAUGGGAAUAAGUUGUUGUUGUUGUUUAGUCGUUUAGUCGUGUCCGACUCUUCGUGACCCCAUGGACCAGAGCACGCCAGGCACUCCUGUCUUCCACUGCCUCCCGCAGUUUGGUCAAACUCAUGCUGGUAGCUUCGAGAACACUAUCCAGCCAUCUCAUCCUCUGUCGUCCCCUUCUCCUUGUGCCCUCCAUCUUUCCCAGCAUCAGGGUCUUUUCCAGGGAGUCUUCUCUUCUCAUGAGGUGGCCAAAGUCUUGGAGCCUCAGCUUCACGAUCUGUCCUUCCAGUGAGCACUCAGGGCUGAUUUCCUUAAGAAUGAAUAGGUUGGAUCUUCUUGCAGUCCAUGGGACUCUCAAGAGUCUCCUCCAGCACCAUCAUUCAAAAGCAUCAAUUCUUCAGCGAUCAGCCUUCUUGAUGGUCCAGCUCUCACUUCCAUACAUCACUACUGGGAAAACCAUAGCUUUUACUAUACAGACCUUUGUUGGCAAGGUGAUGUCUCUGCUUUUUAAGAUGCUGUCUAGGUUUGUCAUUGCUUUUCUCCCAAGAAGCAGGCGUCUUUUAAUUUUGUGACUGCUGUCACCAUCUGCAGUGAUCAUGGAGCCCAAGAAAGGAAAAUCUCUCACUGCCUCCAUUUCUUCCCCUUCUAUUUGCCAGGAGGUGAUGGGCCCAGUGGCCAUGAUCUUCCUUUUUUUGAUGCUGAGCUUCAGACCAUAUUUUGCGCUCUCCUCUUUCACCCUCAUUAAAAGGUUCUUUAAUUCCUCCUCACUUUCUGCCAUCAAGGUUGUGUCAUCCGCAUAUCUGAGGUUGUUGAUAUUUCUUCCGGCAAUCUUAAUUAUGGGAAUAAGUAGGAGUAAACAAAUGACAAUAUAAAUAUCACUGAAACUACAUGUAAACAUGCAGAAGUCCCCUACUCUUGUGGUAGCUUCUUUUAAAGCUGAAAGCAGCCUGGGAUGGUAGGGAAGGGCUUGCUUAAUCCUUUCCCAUCCAGCCAUUUUACUGUCCAGAAUUCAUUUCCUUAGCUUUUUCUGCUCUUACAGGAAUAGCUGCGGCUACCAUUAUCUUUUCUCCGGCAGAGUGAAAAGCAGCUGGGAAGUGGGGAUAUUGACUGGAAAAAUUGCCAGAGGAGAAAGAAUUGAACUGCUCUUCCUGACCCCUGUAAAUCUAUUCCUGCUGAUCCUCUGCUCAAUACUGCAGAUCUCUGAGGCUGCUUUUAGUUUUGGUUUUGGGGGUUUUUUUAACAAUCCAAGGGAACAAUACAUGUGCAGACACAGGAAAUAGAAAAGGAGGGGGGAACAACAGUAAAUAAAAGGAAGAUACAUUGCAAAAAAUGGGUUUUGUAAUAAAAAGAAGCAGCAGCAAAGAACCAUAUAAUUUUUGCAGUUAAUGGAUGGAUGAAUUGGCCAUCAACAAAUGCAGAGCAUGAAACAAAAGUUUUGCAAACACCAGUAACUGGGGUAUUUGAUUCAUCUUAAAACAGAUGCAAGGAGAUGUUAACAUGGUGGUAUUUACAAACAAGUGAUUUCUCCCAUGUGCAUUUGAGAGGUGAUCAAAACCAGUUCUGUACCAAUGCCUAGGGUUGCCAUGUUUAAAAAAGUAAAAACCAGGACAUCCUGUUUGUUUGGUUUUAGGCAAACCAUCCAGAUAUAUGGCAGCCCUAGCAAUGCCUCCAUAUAAAUUUCCAUUGACUCUUAGAACUCAUUAGCACAACCUUUUGAUCUGCACAUUUGAAUGGCCCAGGAUGAAUGAUAAAGCUUGUGGGAUAAUACUCAUUUGCUGCUGCUGGGCUGAACACUGCACUUCAUUAUGUGACUGUAACUGCCUCCUAAAAACUGGAAAUAGCCAAUCCAAACUGUACUCGGUACAUGCCUGACUACAGUCAUACCUCGGGUUGAAUGUGCUUCAGGAUGAGCGCUUUCGGGUUGCACUCCGCGGCAACCUGGAAGUAAUGGAGCACGUUACUUCCGGGUUUCGCCGCAUGUGCAGACGCUCAAAAUGACAUCAUGCACGGAAGCGUCAAAACACAACCUGCGCAUGCGCAGAUGCACUGUCGCGUCUUACGUUCCAUUCAGGAUGCGAACGGGGCUCUGGAAUGGAUCCCGUUCGCAUCCCGAGGUACCACUGUAUAGUGGUCAGGUUUUCCCCAGUCCCCAGAGUUCACAGUAGUACAGGACAAAGGGAGCCCUGGCUGACUAAAAUCUGUGGCUACUACAGGCUAUUUUGCCUGUCCAGUAAAUCUGUUUCAACUUAGAUCCUAGAAUUAAUAAAUCAAUAGGGUUUUUUAGAGUUUACAUAUUGUUGUUUUCUUUUAAAUUGAAUAAUUUGCAAAUAUCCAGACUGUCUUGCAUUUUCUUUAAGUGUGUCUGUAAAGCAGAGCAUUAAAUCAAAUUACAAUUUGCUUAAUUAAAAGGGCUUCAAAUACUAAAGCACUAGAAAUUAAUGAGAAGGAAUUAAUUCUGUACUAAAAGCUAUGCAUCGUUAUUUUGUUUCUUGAAAAAAGCCCCAUGAAAGCACUUUUUGCUUGAAAAUAAAACUAUAGUUCAUCAGCAAGUUUCAGAAGUUGUAUUCCUGAUAUUGGCUGAGGAAGUGCUUUAGCAUGGGGCAGUGGUGAAUUAUGUUGCAACGGUUAACAUCAACAGGUUUAGAUGUAAAAAUGGAUGGACUUAAAGCUGAAGUUCAAAAUUAUAUUUUUUGAACUUGGGUUGAAUCCAGACGUUCCCUUCUUCCAGCAGAGAAGCUCUUUCUAUCAGAGGAAAGGAACAUUUGGAUCCAGCCCCUUGUGAGGAAAUCUCUACCCUCGUGGAAAAAAAUCUCCAUUCAUUUUUCCAUGUUUUUGUUUGCAUUCUAAGGACCAAAGGGGCAAUCCUGUUGUGCCUACACAUGUAAAACAGCAUGAAGAGGUGCCACGUAGAAGCUAGUGUAGUCCUGGCCUCUCCUGCAGCAUUACUGCUUUGCAGACCUGCCCCACUGUGGCUGGGAGCUUCUCAAGUCCUUCCAGGUCUCUCCUAAAAGUAUCUAGCAGCAUCCCCUGUGGUCCUGGCACACAGGCUGCUGGAAUAAACAGGAGCAUGCAGAGCCCUGGAGGAAAAUAAGUUGCUCGAUGCUCCCAGGUUAGGCAUGGAAAGCCAUUCUGUGGUGUGUGUGGCCUGGUUGUGAUGCAACACACUGCAUACUGCAAAGGUGACCCUGGGUUUUCUGUCCACAAAUCAAUGCUUCAUAUAUAUAAGAGAAAUUAACAAAUCUUAGGUUGUGCCUGCAAUGUCUAGUUACCUUUUGCCUUCAAUAUGCUUUUUCUCUCAAACUAGCUUUGGGAUGCUUGCCUCUUUGUGCAAUAUUUACAAGCAUUCCAUAUUUGUUUAAUUUUACCUCCUCAUUUGCAUCGUCCCAUAAGAGGAAUCGGCGGAGGACAACCAUAAGCUUUUUCAUUGGACAACUUUGUGAUAUACCCAGCAUGAUCAGUCCUGGAUGAGGUUACAAUACCUGUGAAAGAGCAGUUGUAUAGUUUGGGAGUGCUCCUUUAUCUCAACCCGAGGUACUACUUCCGGGUUAGUGGAGUUUGUAACCUGAAGAGUUUGUAACCCGAGGUACCACUGUGUGUAUGUGUGUGUGUGUGUGUGUGUGUGUGUGUGUGUACAGUGGUACCUCGGGUUACAGACGCUUCAGGUUACAGACUCCGCUAACCCGGAAGUAGUACCUCAGGCUAAGAACUUUACCUUAGGAUGAGAACAGAAAUCGUGUGGCAGCAGCGGGAGGCCCAAUUAGUUAAAGUGGUGCUUCAGGUUAAGAACAGUUUCAGGUUAAGAACGGACCUCCAGAACGAAUUAAGUUUGUAACCCGAGGUACCACUCUCUCUGUGUGUGUUGGCAAUGAGAAAGGGUGGAGUAGAAAUUUCCUAAACCAAAAAGUAAAAAAAUGUAAAGACCUUUGAAUCUCUGCUCUUCCAAUUGACCUUUAGUCAACUAAACGGACGGCAAAGGGGAAAUGCAGGCAAGGAAGGACAUUGUCUCCUGGUUAAUCUUGAAAAGAAGACUUAUCCCUAAUGAAUGUCAUGACUUCCAAAAUGAUGGUGGAUACUUUACUUUGUUAUCGGCAUAAGCUCCAAUAAUGCUGAUUUAGCUGUUGAGAUUUUAGACAGAAACCCAAGCACUGAAGUGGAUGUUCAUUCGGGGGGGGGGCGGGGAGAGAGCUGGAUGCUGCAGCUGCUUACAAAGCACAGUAAGACCGUCUAGACAUUUCCCACUGGAACCCAUUUUGCUUACAUGCAAACAUUAGUUUACUUCCUUGUACCUGCUAUCUUGUAUCGACUGCCGUUUUAGGUUAACUGUGCGGGUAUAUAUAUUUUUCCUUUUCUUUUCUAGCUGUACCCCAUAAAAUAGGCCGGAUAAUUGAUGGAAGCCCCGCUGAUCGCUGCGCAAAGCUCAAAGUCGGAGACCGGAUCUUAGCUGUGAAUGGCCAGUCUAUUAUUAACAUGCCUCAUGCAGAUAUUGUGAAGCUAAUUAAAGAUGCUGGUCUUAGUGUAACUCUUCGCAUCAUUCCUCAGGAGGGUAAGUAAUUGACCCUUAAAACCCUGGAGGAAAAUAGAAGUAGCAACCAAUUAAUCUGAACUGCACCCCUAGGAAAGUGAGGAAGUUUUUAUAUGUGCAGCCAGUGCGUGGCAUUAUAUAAAUGUUACUGCUGGAUCCCCGCAGACCUUGCUAGAAGAGAAUCUGAGCCCUUCAAAAACACUUCAAAUGGCAAAAGUAUAUGUGAACCACCAGGAGAGGCCUUGAUGAAGCACUGCAGGGUCUGCUCCUUUGCCUCCUGGGAGAACUAACAUUAUACAGCAGUUGGAAAUAAUCACUAGCGUCCCCUGUUCCAUUUUCACCCCACUUUACAUAAUUGCAACUCCACUGACGUCAGCUUUGCUUGGGUUUCUUUUCCUCCCAGUUGUGCAACUGAGAACAGAUUUAAAACCACAGGAGCACUAACAGAAGGACUCUUCAGCAUUAGGAACUUGUCCUUCCAAUGGUUUUGUGCCUUGUGUACUCACAGAGUGGGUGUUAAAUUGUGCCCAAAAUAUGAGGAGAGCAUUCUGAUCUAAUGGCGGUAAUUUUGCUCAUAUCUUAUUGCCUGGAAAGGCAUAAAUUCAUCCUCCUUCCCCACUGAAAGCAACAUAAGAUAUAGAUUCCCUCCUCCCCCCCCCCCCCCCGUUUAUCAGUUUGUCUUAUGUCACUGAAUAAAAAUGUUUUUAAAAUAUAAUAUUUUUCACCAUUUGAUUAACUUAAAGAGGCUGGAUUCAAAAGUUUGUUGCACAUUUAUUACUGAAAUCAACAUGAAAAAAUCAUAAUGUUCCAUUAAAAUAAAUGAAAAUCAAGUUCGACCAACUUCAUCUGGAUCAAACCCAAUGAUAGCAAGACCGGCACUACCAUUAGGCAAGCUAAAUGGCCCUCCUUGGUCAGAAGGUUAAUGGGCCGCUAGCAAAUGAUUGGUCAUUUUCAUUUAUUAUAUUUUUACCAUUGUGAGGCGUGCUCUGGAUUUUUUUGCCUCUAGUACAACAAUGUCUCUGGCUGUCCCCACUGAUAAAUCACAGUUCUCUGAUGUUGUUGUUUUUCUUCUAUAAGAAAACUUACCUUUCAAGAAGGCUGGGGGCACUUUGGGGGGUGGGGCUUAGAACCCUCUGAAGGCAAAUCAAGUGUCUUCCUUAACUGCAUCAUGCGAAGGGCCAUUGCUCAGUGAUAGAGCACAUGCUUUGGAUGCAAAAGCUCCCAGGUUCAGUACCUGGCAUUCUCCAGGUAAGGCUGGGACGUUUUCCUGCCCAAAGCCCUGGAGAGCUGCUGUUAGUCAGUGUAGACUAAGCUAGAUGGGACCAAUGAUCUGACUUGAUAAAAGGCAGCUUCCUGUGUCGUUUGCAACCCAGUGCUGCUCCCCUACCCAGUUCCUGAAUUUUGGUACUGAUAGCUAGCAGUGGGUAGCUGGACAGCAGCACUUCCCUGAUGCCCCAGUGCUGGCAUUGCUGCAGGGCCCCAAGAGAGGGAGGGGCAAGGAGGUGAUGAGGUUGGCAUAGUGCAAACACAUCGACAGGAACACCGGAUUGGCUCUAGCUGUGUGUUUGCACCACACUGACCUCUCUCUUGUUAUGCCUCAGCAACCCCUGCUGCUGCUGAUGCUAUGGGCUUAUGCAGAGAUAAAUAUGGUUGCAGACUAUGCAAGACAGAUUGGAGAAAAACACAUUUCUCUCUAACCACCUCUGCCCACAAAGCAAUCAACAUUUGGCAUGAGAAUUGUGUUCUUAGAGGUACAGGGAAAGGAGAUGAGUUCUGUUUCAUUAAGUAGUCUGUGUAGCUUUACAUCCCAGUAGCACAAUACUAAAAGACUAGAGAUGUUGAAUACAUAAGUUGUGUGAUUCUGUAGCAGUCUGUGUUGCUGGAUGGAUAACUUCUUUGCUUCCUGGAGAUAUUUUCCCUAUUGGAAGUGCUACAGUAUGAAAAUGAACACUAUAUCACAUACACAUUUACAAAUAUUUGUUAAUAUCUUAUGCACCUAAGAGGGGCUGACCUCGUUUGGCAAUGGCAAAUGUUUAGCUGAGUUCAAAGGCAGCUGGUCUAGCCUACAUAGUUUGGCUUUCCUUCCUGUUUUAUUUGUCUAAAUGUGCACUGCCCAACAGAUUCAAAAUGGAUAAUAGCAAUUGUACAUUAAUAGCUUCUAGAUAUUUAGGUGCUUAGAAGUUAAACAGAGCAUGGAGAAUAGAAGAAAGAAAACCUAAGAAUACUACAAAGAAUAUUGUGGCGCCUUAGAAGACUGACAAAGAUUUACUAUGACAUGGGUUUUUGUGAAGUUGGGCUAAGAAAAAGCAGGGUUUUUCUGAAGAUGUCUCUAUUAACCCUACUCUCCUCCACUCAUUCAAAUGCAUUAGUUCUAUUCCAGUCCAAAUCCUUCAUCCCCUUCUCACUGAGUAAAUUAGGCUGCAAUCCUGUGCACACUUCCUCAUGCACAUGAACCCUGUGGGAAGUCUGUGAUUGGUCUGUUAGUCAUUCAAAACAGAUCUUGAACAUAAAUUUGGGAAAGAUAUAUCUGUGGCCAAAUGGUUUUGAAUCCAAGCAAAAUUUCUCUCUUCCAGUUCCCUUUCCUUUCACUGUCAUCUUCCUCUCCUUCUUACAUCAUGCGUCACAGGUCCAGGGGUCCAGAUUUGAAACCUUGCAUGAACGAGCACGAUAUUAUCUAUGAAAAUCUUCCAUCUGAUACUGUUGUGCUCACGUUUUAGACGUGUGGGCCUAAGCCGUCUAAAGGUUCAGCUGCAGAGCUGUAGUGAGCUGCUAUGGGCUCUCAUUUUCUCUCUUUUUCUCAAAAUGGAACCUUUCCAUAUUUCUCUCUGCCCUUGGAAGGAACUCUGAGAAAUGAAAUGUGUAUGUCAAUUCCAACUGGGUUUUGAAUAACACGCAUGCCAGCCAGAGCAGGAUGAGAUUUCAAACACGAUCAGAUGAAGCUUUCUAAGUUCAGGUGUCUUAAAAUCUAAUUACAAGCCAUGAUAAUAAAAGCAACAGAACAUAAAUUGCCUGAGAUGGGGUAUGACACAGCAAUGAUUGCCUCCCUUUGCCCUUUACUAAAUGCCACGCGGUGACAGCUCUCUAAUCAUCAGUCUUCCGUUAUGCAGAGCUGAGCAGCCCAGCUUCCGCACCCAGCUCAGAAAAACAGAGCCCCAUGGCGCAGCAGCACAGCCCCAUGGCUCAGCAAAGCCCCCUAUCCCAGCAGAGCCCCGUAACACAGCCGGCGCCUCCACAGCCUCUCCAGUCCCAAGGACACGAAAACAGGUAAGGAAAGGGCAGGUGAUCCAGCAUUCUGCUUCCUGCAGGUAUACAAUGCAAGACUGUGAUUCCCUAAUGGUGUUGUUUGGGAGACCCUUUGGGGGAAGUGAAGGGGGCGGCUCAGAUGUAGUCAACAUUUUGGCUCAGAUCAGAAUAGCCCUCCCACAGACAGAAGGGCUCUUUCUGUUUGCAGAAAGGACCGUGAUCAGGAGAAGCUCCCACUCAUGGAAGGAGAAGGGAGCAGUUCCCCCCAAGUCUUCUCUUCUGUUUCACUCCCCACAUUGUUCCAGAGCAUAUUUUUAAGGAACAGAAGGAGCUACAGGGAGUAAGUCAGGGAAGUAGCUCCCCAACUCUUUCUGUGAGAGGGACCAUUCUUUGAGCAGAAUUCCUCUCACGGGCUACCGGCAUCCAGCCCUUUAUGCUAAUGAAACAGUGCAUAAUUUGGCGAUUACGUAUCUAUUGCUGUGAGUGGAACCUAGCGCAAAUGGCACUUUGUCUAUGUAGUAAUUGCCAAAGCUUUCAUUUCAUGACUUUUGACAUGAUUUUACCUUAUUCAUGUUAAGAAUUCUUAUGGUACUGCCUCAGAAUAUUACAUCACUGGCUGCACUACCAGAUUCCUGACAAUAUGACUUGCACUGUUGCCAUAGAACACCUUAUCAUGUGAAAAUGGUGCACAAAAGUUACUUUGAUCAGAAGUGGUCAUGAGGGUCAGAUAUGGUUAUGAUGCUGUUCCAUCUUUUUAAUCUUAAAGCGGACUCCCUCUCAUGAGCCACACAAACAUACCAGUAUUAGAAAUCAUUUUGUCAAGCAAAGUUACAGCUUUCUUGGUUUAUAGCAGAUCAUUAAUCUCCAAAUCAUUUCUCCAUGUUAGUUACCAAUCUACUUUUUUGUAUCCUUCACGGACACAAGUAAGAAAGCUCUACCUUAAGAGAAAGUAUCAGGUUAAAACUUCUAUGGCCAUUUUGUAAUUUCCGGACAAUUAUAUUUUGUCCUUGAAUUAACUUUCGUCUUGUAAAAUGUGACCUAAUACAUUAUCAUUAUAGUCAUUCACAUCAUUGAUUUACCAAUGUACCUCGUCCAAACCUUGACCCAACAGUAAAUGACAGUUUCCAAGUUCCUACACAGUGUUAUAAAAAGGACUAAUUAGUUGUGGUUCAAGUACAAUGCUCUGUAUGUCAUACUCAUUUAACACUCCUACAAAAUUAAGGCUGCAAUCCUAAACACACUUAACUGUAGAAGCAAGUUCCUUUGAAAUCAGUGUGGUUUACUUUUAAGUAAUGUGCUGAAGACUGAGAUGCUAAUGAUCCAAAAUCUUUAUAAGGUACUUUAAGAAAGCUACGUUAGGUGCAUCCAGUGGGAGCUUUUGAUUGUUAACUUCUUAUACUUUUUGGAGAGCAGACCUCCUGAUGCCUUAGCACAAACUGCUUCUGAACAUAUUUUCCAUUUCAAAAGAUUGUAGGGCAUGAUCUGAAGGAACCCAGUGCACCAGCUUUGCUGAAGCCAAGUAGGCUUGGCUCAGGAUGGGAGGCCACCUUGUGCUCCUUGUGUAUGUUGCCUUGGGUUCCAGGACAGAAGAACAGUAAGGCAUAAAUGCCAAAUAGAAAUAAAGAAAUGUUGCUACUACAAAGGAUGAGGUUAGAGAAACACAGGGUCAGCACUUCUGUAGGUGGGUGAAGCUAGUUGUUCAAUUCUUUGGAUCUUUGACAUUGAGUAGAGAACAGCUCAGUUUCAUGUGGCCUUUGAGCUAAUGUCAUCUGGGUGGCAAGAAGAGAGAAAAGGGGGAAAGGGGUAGCUGAAAGAGUGGAGAAAUGUGGGAGAAAGGGAGCGAAAGGCGUAGCAGAGAGGGGGAGAGGGAGAGAGGGAUGGCAGACUGGGGGUGACCCUACGCCAGGCAUAGGCAAACUCGGCCCUCCAGCUGUUUUGGGACUACAGCUCCCAUCACCCCUAGCUAACAGGACCAGUGGUCAGGAAUGAUGGGAGUUGUAGUUCCAAAACAUCUGGAGGGCCGAGUUUGCCUGUGCCUGCCCUACACACUUUUGACUCUGACCUUUGAAGAUGCAUGUGAAUUUUUAUGCAGAGUUAUUUUUAAAAUAUGGAAAGGGAAACAUUGCAAUAAAUGCCCACAUUUAUUUUAUUUAAUCUUCAGGGCAAAACUAGACAAACAUUUACAUUGCGCUUUCUGAAAAUGAGUGUGCAUGGGUCUUGUUCCUAAGGGAGUGGUGUCUAGUGACACACCAGCUUCAAAGAAUGAAGGUACUGCCGGUCUGGACUGCACUAGAACACAUGUGUUCCCCCGUAACAGCAGCCAUUUGAGACAAAGCACCUACAGCUACCGUAGGACAGUCAAGGAGGGAGAAUAAGUAUGUCCUCACCAGCAACAGCUAGAGAGGAUGGCGCAGGCAGUGCAAAAAAAAAAAAAGCUGACUGCCCAGCUACCACCAGUCACAUCUGUGUGGGGGCAACUAGACACUCAGCAGUUGCCUGCUUUCAUUACAUUGAGCCACUCACAGUCUCCACUCACCAUUUACCAACCGUGGGCAUCAUGCUUCUAACUAUCCCCUUGAUCUGGUAUGAUCCCUCCUGACACAGAUCAUUUUCUACCCAAUUCAGUUCAACUCAUUUUGCAACCUAGAAGUUUGCUUUUCUUGAAACGUAUUUAACAGCUACCAAGUUUUCAGUUUAAAGAAUGCCUCACUAAGGUUCCAGCAUAACAAUUCUUUAUUGCUUAGUUAUAGGUCAGAGGUAAAAGCACGGCAGGAUGUGAAGCCCGACAUCCGACAACCUCCCUUUACAGACUAUAGGCAGCCUUCAACGGACUACAGGCAGCCUCCAUUAGACUACCGACACCCUCCAGUUUUGGAUUACCAGCAACCGCCACCUCUGGACUACCGACAGCCCCCGUUGAUAGACUACAGGCAACAUUCUCCUGACACCAGGCAAUACCCUUUAUCAGAUUACAGGCAGCCCCAGGUAUCUGUCUGUUUGUAUCUAUCGUUCUAAUAACUUUUUCCAUUGAACCAAGCCCAAAGCCAUUCACGAUGAAGUUUGAUACUUCUGUCUGUUGAUAUUUAAUUGAAGUCUCAAACCUAGUGGUUUGCAUGCAGGAAAGGAGAAGAGACACCAUUCGGGGGUAGCGCAUGGGCUUGGCGUGUAGAAGUUUCCUAGGCUCAAUCCCUGACUUGCCCACAUAAACAAAGGCAAUGGGAAAGGGUUCUGCCAGAGACUCUGGAAAGCUGCCGCCAGUUUGAGUAGACAAUACUGGACUAGUUGGACCAAUGGUCUAAUGAGUUAGUAUAAGGCAGAUGCACAGGAUCAAUUAAAUUUUGAAUGCAUUGAUAUGGGCAGUAUCCAACUAACAUGUUCCUCAGCACAAGGAUUUCUACUUGUGCAGUGGGCCUUCCCCCACUUUCCUCCCCUCCUCCCCAAAUCUGCUCUGGAGGAUUGGGGCAGGGGGAAUCCUAGAACAGAUUUUGCUACUUUGGUAGAGUUGCCAUAUUUCAAGAAGUAAAAAAUCUGGACGAUCAGUGGCCCAGCAAAAGUUGUUGAGUUUUUGAUCGCCAAAGAAGUUGUUGAGCUUAUUUCGGGCAAUUGCCACGAGGAGCCACUGGUCACUGAAGCUGCACUGAACUGCGCUCAGCUCCACAAUCAGCUUCCUCUUCCUCCUCCUGUCACCGCCACUGGCUGGGGGCUGCUUCUCCCCUCCUUCCCCUCCACAGCAGGAGGAGGAGCCGGCCACUAGAGCUGUGCUACACUCAGCUCCAUGCUUGACCUACUCCACCCCCUGAUUGUUCUGAACAUUGGGGAGGGCACCCCCAAACUGGAGGGGCAGCAGAGCAGGGCCCCUAGGAGUUGGCACCUAUGGUGUGGAUAAGCCCCAAGUAUUCCUCUGUGGGGAAGCAUUCAGGCAUGCAAUCCUACCUCACCCCAUAGCCUAGGGAAAGCUUUCCUGCUUGGUUUUGCUAAUUUUAUAAAGUGGACCUAAAAGGAGGGGGAAGGAAAUGUACAGAGAGAAAGAGAGAUUAUUAAUGCAUCAUGUAUAAUUCAGAUUGAGAGUGCCUUGGUGAUUCAGAAGGGCAAGAAAACUUCUGUUUAUGUAUACGUUUUCUAAAAAAAAUUAAGAGAAGUGUUUAAUACCCUCAAAAUCUCCUUCACAGUGUUAUCUCCAAUCCACAGUUGAAAUACUUAGAGUUAAGCUGAUUUGCAUCCCAAUCAUAUAACCAUUUCCCUGGAAGUAUGUCCCAUUUAUUUCACUGGGAUUACUUCCAGGUAAACACACUCCAGCCUCCUUGGUUUUCUUUCUACUGACCAAUCUGCCUCGGACAGAUCUUAAGGAGCCACCAUAAAGCUAUGGUUUGUGACACUGAUUCGCCAUAGGUAUUGGCACACCCCAUUCAAAGUGCUUAUCUGCUGAUAUAAUGGCUGCAUUCAGACAUCUCCCCCAAAGCAGCAAAAACAUUAAAAAAAACCAUGUACCCAGAUCAGAUACUUACCAGAUAACAACAGCCUGUGUGGAGAAAUAAGUACAGUGGUACCUCGGGUUAAGUACUUAAUUCGUUCCAGAGGUCCGUUCUUAACCUGAAACUGUUCUUAACCUGAAGCACCACUUUAGCUAAUGGGGCCUCCUGCUGCCGCCGCACCGCUGGAGCACAAUUUCUGUUCUCAUCCUGAAGCAAAGUUCUUAACCUGAAGCACUAUUUCUGGGUUAGCGGAGUCUGUAACCUGAAGCGUCUGUAACCUGAAGCGUAUGUAACCUGAGGUACCACUGUACACUCCUUUCCUCUUCAAUACACAUCGAAGGCUGAAAACACAACCACCAGAUUUGCAUGAUUCUUCCCAGUAAAAAAAAACAAAAAAAGAACGAAUUAGGCCUUUUUGAGUAUCAGCCUCCUUGUGGACUACAUGUAUCACACAUAAUUUUAGAUGCCUUUCACCACACAAUAACUGCUGCCAACUAGUAAGUGUUUGAACCAGGCUGUAGCAUCAAACAUUAAAACAGAUGUUGGGAACAUUCGGCCUUUACAGAUGUUGCCGAACUACAACUUCCACCAUCCCAGGCCACUGGCCAUGUUUGCUAGGGGUGAUCGGAGUUAGAGUUCGGCAACAUCUGGAGGGCCAAAGGUUCCCCAUGCCUGCAGUAAUUCAAGCUAAGUCACAAGUAUUUUCAUUUAAUUUAGCUAUGGGUUGAGAAUUGUAGCCUCGAUAAAGAAAAUCGCUCUCCAUUCAUUAAAAUGAUUCAUUUCCCCCCUGUUCUUUGACCAUUCAGGACUUUGAUUAUUUUACUGUGGACAUGGAGAAGGGAGCCAAAGGAUUUGGAUUCAGCAUUCGAGGAGGAAGAGAGUACAAAAUGGAUCUCUAUGUGUUGAGGUUGGCAGAAGAUGGGCCAGCAAUAAGAAACGGGAGAAUGAGGGUAAGCUGGGUUGAAGAGGAGGGAGCUAGCAGAGGUACUUGAAAGCAACGGCACAGUCCAAACCCACAAUCUUGCAGGAUUAGAGAGUUUGGAUUUGGCAGAUCUUGGGCUGUCCCAGUUUAGCAGUGGCUCAGCCAGUCUAACGUAAGACAGUGUGAGUCCCCAAAAGGGGAAAUACUGGGGAAGGGGCAAGGAGAGACUUCCAAACCCCUUUCAGGUUUGUCAUGUGACCGGAAACCUGGUGAAACAUACACUGGUGGUCUAAGUCAUUGAAUCAUGGAACCAUAGAAUGGUAGAGUUGGAAGGGACCCCAAGGUCCGCAACCCCCUGCAGGAAUGUAGGAAUCUCAGGUAGAUCAUGCAUGACAGAUGGCCAUCCAACAUCUGCUUAAAAACCUCCAAAGAAGGAGAGUCCACAACCCUCCCAAGGGAGACUGUUCCACUGUCAAACUAUUAGAAAGUUUUUCCUGCUGUUUAGUAACUUGAAGCCAUUAAGUCAUAUUCACCCUGAAUUGAGUUUUUACUAGGGGUGCACUAUGGUGGCUUUCUAUACUACUACUACUACUACUACUACUACUAAUAAUAAUAAUAAUAAUAUUUUUAAACUAUUUAUACCCUGCCCAUCUGGCUGGGUUUCCCCAGCCACUCUGGGCAGCUUCCAACAAAAUAUUAAAACACAAUAGUCCAUCAAACAUUAAAAGCUUCCCUAAACAGGGCUGCCUUCAGGUGUCUUCUAAAAGUCUGGUAGUUGUUUUUCUCUUUGACAUCUGGUAGGAGGGUGCUCCACAGGGCAGGUGCCACUACCAAGAAGGCCCUCUGCCUGGUUCCCUGUAAUCUGGCUUCUCGCAGUGAGGGAACCGCCAGAAGGCCCUCAGCGCUGGACCUCAGUGUCCGGGUAGAACGAUGGGGGUGGAGACGCUCCUUCAGGUAUACUGGACCGAGGCCAUUUAGGGCUUUCAAGGUCAUCACCAACACAAACGUACUGGUUGUUCUGCAACUAUCAUUGAACAAAGUCAAACGUACCUUGAAGAAAGCAUGUGGAGGGUCAGGAUGUCAGGCUGUGAUUUUGUGUACAUUUACUUGAAAAUAACUCCCAGCCAGACUCAAAGCAUAUAGGACUUUGCUGCAUGAAUGCUGCCCUGCAACUUUUUCUCUUAAGCCUCUCCCUCUCCAGAGUCUUGAGGUGGGACUUGCCCAUGCCUUCAAAGUAUAGAGUCUUGAGGUGGGAUUUAUGCUAUAGCUCCUCAUCUGGGAGGGAGCCUCAUUGACCUCAGUGAGCCUUCCUUCUGGUGAAACACGUUGUACAGUAUAGGAUUGCAUUGUCAGAAAGUUAAAAAGAUGCCUGUGCCUGAUUACUCAUGCAUAAUAGUCCAUGGAGCUCAUCCAAAUGUUCAGCGGCUGCUCUUUCUUCUUGAUGCAGGAAAUAGCUUCUCUUAAUGUAAAGUUAUUUUUAGCUCUGGAAACCAUAAUUUUGCAGUGAUCUCUAUGCAACAAAGGGUUUUCUCGAGAAUUAAUCUACGAGACAGCACUCAGGCACUUGAGAAGGGCAAUAUUUAAAUAUUAACUACCAGCCUAUAGAGUAUUUUGUUUACUUUUUUAUUGCAAAAGAGAAAACUGUGUAUUUGUUGUUGGGCUUUGUGUGAAUGAUCAAAAAGAGAGCUGAGAACUAAAAAUAGAUGCAUUCAUAACCAUUCCAAAAGUGCUGUCUUUAAAUAGGGAAGAAAUAACACAAGAUAAACAAGUCUCUUCCAUCAUGCAUUGUGGAUUUGAUGAUGCCUCUACUUCCUGAUACCCCCGGAUUUGUUUUGCAAUUUCUUUCUGACAAUAUAUAAGCAUCUUAUCGGGGGGAAACCUGACAUAUCUUGCACCUUUCAUUCAUGACAUUCUGAAUUGGGGGCAGGGAGGUAAUCUUCCUAAUUCUACACUCACUCAUGCUAGCUAUAGUCCUCCUCCAUUCUGAAGCCAACUAAUUAAAGAUUGGUUGAGGGAGUUUCUUUAGAUUACAGCAAUGUCACUGAAUGUUAUUUCCACGAGAAGGACAGAGGCAUGAGUAACUCCGUCAUCUUUGUAUUAUAUACAGGCACAAGGACACACAUUACAGAAAGCUGCAUGAAAUCGUAGAUGUAGGUGCUUCAUAAGAAUGUCUCUGUCUCCUGCAGACUUGAGCAUGGGCCAAAAUUGCCCAUGCCUUCAGAGUAUAGGUGGUGCUUGAGCUAUUGAGGAACUAACUCUGGUGGUUUCCAAACACUUCACUGUAAAUGAGUGCUUUGGGGAGUGUGUAGCCUUUUGCAUCGCACAGUGAGAGUUUGUCAUCAUCAAUAAAGCAUUACCCAAAAGCAUUCUACCCUAAGGUAUCUGUGAGUCAGAGAAGGCUGCAGUUGGCUGGGAUGCUGGCGCUCAUUCAGCAAACUCAUGCGAGAGAGAAAAGCAGGUGAAUAAAAAGAAACGGCAAUCCUGCGUUUAACAGGAUGUGCAAGAGUCUCUUUGGUGAGGCUCACUGGAUGGGUCAAUAGACUCAGUACAAACAAACGAACUAAGAAUGAUGGGUACACAAGUCUGAUGGAACUGAACUCAUCAGAGAUUAGAGAUGAGGUGUUCAUUUAUUGAAGAAACACUGGGAACACCAAAGGGUAAAAAAACAAUUGAAAGUGCAGCCGGGAACAGAAAGCAAACAGAAUGCAUUUGUAUUCAACAAGUGCAACAGAUCAAAGCCUCCUGGGUGCUGAGAGCAAAAUUACAGUACAACCUCAUUUUCUAGUUGCCCCAGACAUUCCACUAAUAAGAUAUUUGAGUAAACAGAACUCUUUACUUAGGUUACAUUGAUAUAGAGAUAUUCAAGUCAACAUACAGCCAAUUCAAAUUACCUGAACGGUGUUUUCUUUUCUGUAAUCAAUGUUUCUGAUAUGACGGUGCUCUAGUGGUUAAGAGCGGUAGACUCGUAAUCUGGUGAACUGAGUUCGCUUCCCCGCUGCUCCACAUGCAGCUGCUGGGUGACCUUGGGCCAGUCACACUUCUCUGAAGUCUCUCAGCCUCACUCACCUCACAGAGUGUUUGUUGUGGUGGAGGAAGGGAAAGGAGAUCGUUAGCCACUUUGAGACUCCUUAAGGGGAGAGAACGGUGGAAUAUCAAGUCCAAAUUCCUUCUUCUUCUUCUUCUAUUCAACAUGUUUCUCUGCUACCAAGGAGUCUCACAGUCUUCCAAUUCCUGAAAUAUGAGUGUCAUGUUUGAAAGCUUAUCAGCUGCUAACUACCCUAGCCCUAUGUGUCCAGUUUGCAUACAUCAUAGGCUCUGUUUUCAGAGUUUCUAGUGAAUAUGCAGAGGAUGUGGAGGCCACCCCACCAGCGGACACAGUCUUACCCACCUCGCUCCAUGUACCCAUUGCACACACUCGGCCCAUCAGCCUGGGAAGUCACUGGGUGACCUUGGGGCAAGUCACUUUCACCUCUCAAUGCAACAUGCCCCAACAAAGUUGUUGUGAAAAUCUCCGAGGAUAAGUAUAGUGCCCUGAUCAUUUUGGAGACAGAGAAGUUUACAGAGGUUGUCUAUAAAUAUAUAAUCAUGAACUAGGAAGCCACUCGCAAUUAAGAUAGUUCCUGCCUGAAAAUUGUGCGUUGCCUGUGGUCUGAAUCAUACAUUUAAGUUAAUCUGCUUCCAAUAAACCUCAAAACUCACGAUCUAUGUUUAACCAUCCUUUAUUUUCUGAAGCAGACUCUGAAGGCAUUUGAAGGACUUUAUCCUAAUUCCCUGCUUCAUAUAUCAUUAUCCAGUUUUAGCAAAACUGGCAUUGGAUUCUGACUGCUCUGAUAAUUCUUGAAACCAAAUUGAGCACUAAUGCCUUAGUUACACAGCACACAAAGGUGUGGCAAGGCACCAGUUUGCUAGCUUUCCACAAACACUAGUCCCAAGCAGGCUUGUAUUGACAAAGAGACAUAAAUUGGCCAGAUUUAUUGUAUACACAACAAAGAAAUGCAAAAUGAGUUCCUCUAGAAUGCUAAAUCUGUUUCAGCUGUGCAGUUGAUGCUAUCAUAAAUCAGAAGCAAAUAGGUGAUCCAUUAUACAGUAUCUUUACACAAACUGAGGACAAUCCACAGAAUCUAUUUCAGGAAAAAUAAAAGGGAAGGAACAAGAUUGCUGUUAUAUAUGGUUGACUUGAUUCUCCAGAACAACUCAGGUUGUCUUGUUAGAAAUGUCUUUAGAAUCUCAUGGGUCAGAGGAAAUCUUUAACAGCAGCCACAAAAGAAAGGUCAGCUAAUAAUCUCAACUUUUAAUAUAACUUUUUUUAAAAAAAAGACAUUUCAAACAGAAUUGUUUUUGAGACUGCAUUAUCUGCUGGAGUUAUACACACUUUGGGCUCUGUGGAGAGGAUUAGCAUGACCACUGGUAAAUAAUACAUUGUUGUUGUUUAGUCAUUUAGUUGUGUCCGACUCUUCAUGACCCCAUGCGCUAGAGCACACCAGGCACUCCUGUCUUCCACUGCCUCCCACAGUUUGGUCAAAAAUUAUACAUUAGUGUUCUGGAAUAAGUUCUUUAAAUUAUAGCUCUCAUCUAAGAUGUUGUGCAACAUUCAUGCUUUAAGGCUUCUGCCAUUAGAAUAUCACAGGCAGUAAUCUAGAAAACAUUGCUGCCUCACAUUAGGGGAGAGCAGCGCACAGGCUCUCAGAAAAUUAGUGCAACAUGCUCCAUACCAUAAAAAUAAGGGGGAAUUGUAAUGAUAUGCUAUAGCUCUAAAUAUCCUACCUGGAGACUAGGCCUUUGCAUCAAUUUAUAAAAACAGAACAUGAUUCCCAGUGAGACAAAUUAGAAGCUCUUUGUGACAAAGAGCAAAGGCCUAGCAAGCAGAGAAAACAGUGAGAGGUAUCAUUAUGCCACACAGCUGUAUGGAUGUCAGCUCUGCACAUGUCCCUCUCCAUCCCAUGCACAGGAGCUGACUCGACUGGCGGCUGACUCUUCCUUCAACACUGGCAAUGGGGUACCAUCGCCCACCUGCGCCAAAGGGCAGUUUAGGAUAUUCCUGGCAGGUCAUGGGACACACAGCUCUAAUCUCUCCAGCUAAAGGCAAUGGCCAGUGGCCCAAGAGGAGCUUCCACAGCUCCCCACUCUGUCAGCCACCUGAGGUGACUGCCUCACUCUGCCUAAUGGUAGGGCUGACGCUGCUCAGUAAGAAAAAAAAAUGUCUGGGGUGGAAAAGACUUGGGGAAGGGAAGGUCGUGUGCAGAUCUUGUCUGGGAUCAGGAAUUUAGGUGGUGUUGCCCUUGAAGACAAUUCAGAAUCUUCAGCUUGGCAGAAUACAGCAGCCAGAAUCCUGAUUUGGAUUCCGUUUAGAACUCAGUUUGUUUCUGGAUUGAAUUUAAGGUGCUCACACUAGCGCAUGGCCCCAGAUAUCUGAAAUACCUCUUCCUUGAAUCAGGGACUGGCUGGCUGAAAAGGAGUGGUGGGAAGUACCAGCCAGGAAGCCCCCUAGGGAAGCCCCAGAAGAGGAAGGCUCGGAGCCAGGGGAAUGGAGCACUGAGGACAGGUCAGAGGGAGGAAGGGGAGGGAAGGGGAGGAAUGGCUGGAGGCUUGAAGAUGCGAGUAGAUGUGAGCGAGCAAGAAGAGCCAGGUGCAGAAAGCAAGGCAGACUUUGCUGAUGAAACAGGAAGAGAGGACAGCAUCUGCAGAAGUAGCCCAGGAGCUUGCUGUUCCUACUGAACUGAGCAGAGAGGGCUUUGCAUGUAGCAGAACAAAGGGCACAGAGUUUAAGUUUAGUUUAAGUUUUUGGAUGUAGUUUAAGGCUGCUAGGGAAACUUUGAGCUAAGGCAUAGGUGGGGUCUUAGGAGGACGUAGAGGAACUGGCAACUGCUCAGUGGAAGCAAGUUUGGUUGGUAGGCAGUGCCGAGCUGUUAGCCAUGUUCCUAAAUGAAGUAUUACUGAACUUGUGUUGGUUAGGGAUGCGAUAUUUCAAGAAGUGAAAAUCCGGACACAAAAGUUGUUAGCUAUUUUUUGGGAUUCAACACUUUCAAUAUCUCAGGACGAUACUGGUUAAAUUUGGACAGCUGUAUAAAAAAAGAACAUCUAAAAAUUAACUACGAUAAAACCAAGGACACUGUAUUUGGCAAGAGGACUACCAAAUCCAUGUGGACUCUAGACAGUCACACCCUUGAGCAAGUACCCAGAUUUAAAUAUCUGGGAUUACUUAUCAAUGGGAAGUCAGCAUGGAAACCCCAUCUGGAAGCAAUUACGCUAAUAUCUGGCCGUUCUCCUGGGCUGCUAUAUAGGUUCUUCCAUUCAAAGGGUGGGCAGUUAAUCAACCCAGUUAUUAACCCAUUGGCCUGAUCCAGCAGGGCUUCUCCAACAUUCUUAUGGCUUGCUUGAGGCCACCUAGUAAGUGAAUGGCUAGAGCAAAAACUGAGCUGAGCUACACCAGCCACCGACGGCAGCAGCCUGUGCAUUGGAUCUGCUGUUACGAGGACUGCUUUAAUGAGUUAACUUUCACCGAGAGAGGGGCUUUCAGCUCAGGAGAGAGGGAGCCCCAUGCUGUGGGGGAACUUGCACAAUUCAGGGCCCUUCCCAGGCUGCUUCUUUCUAUCAGAAGGAAGUAUGAAAAAAGUAAUAAGAUAUUGAAUAUUUAAUUUGGAAGCUACAAUGCACGUAUAAAUAGGAGAUGUCACUUUCCAUAGGGUAAUUAGUCUCUUUCAAGAGGUUUAAUUAUAAAAUGCAUUAAGGAGAUGGCAGACAGCAGUGCCCUUUGUGCACAAUCAUCGGGGGCUGUUUUUACCAUUAAAUUUCCCCACUUAACGCAGGUUGAAAGCCCGCACAUGCAAUUACCUUCAUUUCUGGUGCAGCAGGGAAGCAGCACACCUGUAAUGAGUUUUUUUUGUUGGCGGAGGCCUGCUCAUUCAAGAAUGGCACAGCAGGCAACUUGCUUUAAGUUAGGCAACUGUAAUUGCUUUGACACGUCAUAAACCAACCGUGCACGUCGACUGAAAAUAUUUACUAACCUGCUAAGCACAUCUAGUAACCUGCGUUCAUCAAAAGGCCCAGUUAAUGCCUGUCUUCCCCACUGACCCCACCACAAGCCAGCUCUUUCCUCAGUAUUCCUUCGAUUCCAAUUCCUAGAUCUUUAUUCUGUUGCCGAUUUUCCAGCCUCUCACAGGGAAGUUGGAAGCUGAGUCAGAGCCGUGGUUCCUCUGGCUCAUUUUUGUCUGCCUGGCUGACAUAGGCUCCCCAAGGUUCAUUCUCUUGGAGUUCCUGAGGAGUGAACCUUCCCUCCUCCAGGAAUACUUCACACAAUACGUUUCCUCAUUGUAAAAUGAUUCACGCACGUACACAGAGCAAAACGUGUGGUGGGAAGAAAGUGAAGUGUUUCUCCCUCCCCAUAAUACUAGAACCGGGUUAUCCAUUAAUGAAGCUGCGGUUUCGAAGAUUCAGGACAGACAGGAUGGAGUUCUUCACACGGCGCAUAGAUGACAAUGGAAUUUGCUCCCACACAAGAUGAAGCAAUGGCCGCCAACUUGAAUGGCUUUGAGAGAGGAUUAGGCAAAGUCAUGGAGGAUUGGGUUUUGCAUGGCUACCAGCCAUGAUGUCUAGGUCCUACGAGACAGUGUGCCUCUGAGCACCAGAUGCUGGGAAUCACAAGCGGAGAGGGUGCUGUUGCGCUCAGGUCCAUCUUCUGGGCUUCCCAGAGGCAUCUUCGUUGGCCAUUGUGAGAACAGGAUGUUGGACUGGGUGGACUUUUGGCCUGAUCCAGCAGCCUGGUUCUUCUAAAGGCAGCCUCUACAAACUGUGCAGCUGUACAAAGUCAUUGCAGGAUCUUUCCGGGCCCCUCUAAAAUUUAUUUAUUAGAUUUGUAUACUGCUCUUCAUCUGAAGAUCAAAGAGCGGUUCACAACAUAAAAAUACAAAGUGAAAACACAAAAUACAUAAAAAAGCAAAACAAACCAAUAACCCCACUCCCACAUACAUACCCAAAAGGCCACGGAAUGUUAAUCAGCCAAAGGCCUGCUUGAAUGAAAAAUGUAUUUGCCCGGCACCUAAAUACAUGAAAUGAAGGAGCCAUGUGAGCCUCCCUGAGGAGAGCAUUCCACAAACCAGGAGCCACUGCAGAAAUGGCCUGUUCUCAUUUUGCCACCCUUUAGACCUCUCAUAGAAGAGAUGCCUCAGAGGAUGAUCACAGGGUCUGAGUCAGUUCCAAUGGGCAGAGGCAUUCUUUGAGGUAUUGCAGUCCUAAGUUGUCAGUGCAGUUGGGCCAGGAUCGGAGUAAUAUGCUCAAAUCCCAAUGAGCAACCUGGCCACCGAAUUCUGCACCAGACCAACUAGUCUUCCUCACCCCCUGCCACCAAAAGAAAUGCUUCCCCUUGCAUCUCAUGUAGUACUGUAGUGCCAAACCAUAAUCCUAAGGACAAAGCAACCAGAAAGGCAGUUCUCCUGGAUCAAUAUAAAUACACUUAUCUGGGGGAACCUGACGUGUCAAAGAAAAUAAUAGAGCUAUUUAUUGGGAGAAAUAUAGUAGGAAGUUUAUUAAUGAUUUACCUGCUAAAUAGAGGGUUAAAAGAAAAAAGUACAUACAAAUGUUGCAUACAUCCGAGUCUCUUUAUUUUAAUGGUUUUUAAAAGCUUUACAAUUUUAUUUGUAAUUAACCUAUCAAUAAAAAUGUCACUUAGAUGCUCCCUAGGAAUAUUAUCUCCUCAUUAUUGUCACAAAACAGGCUGCUCAAUUUCAUAGCUCAGUUGUUCUAGAGCCUGGCUGGAGAAUCUGAAUUAAUCUGAACUGAAAUGACUUUUUCUUGAAAGCAACACACUCUCCUGCUUUCAUAAAUAUAAAAGAAAAGAGUAAUUAAGAUGCAUCUUACAAUGGAUCAUAAAUGCAAACGAAGUUUUUGUGUGGAGGUGUGACACGAACACUGUGUUCUGAUGAAAGCCUGCAUUUUAUUUUGGGGGUGUGCCGAUAUCAAGCAGCUAGGUACAUUAGUGACUUGGCAUGGCAUCUCCCUCUGUGCCUUCCUCUUCUCUUGCAACUCCACCCUAAAUAUCACCCCAGAUCCUUGGCUCCCAGCCCCCUUGCCACCCAAGCCUUCCCUUUUCUGAAUAUUCCUCCCUGAAACAACACACAUUUCCCCCACUUCCCAAUAAAUAUUCCAUGCAUAUGCAAUGUAAAAGAUACAGCCAAACAUUAGGCAGGUUUGUACAAUAAUUUAGAGGUUAAUAUAGCAGUUUAAUGUCCUCUACUCUCCAUCUUAACAGAUUGUCCCAGAGUGAGCCAUAGAUAGCUAGUGCAGAGGGAACAACAUUGUCCUUUCCAGUGUGCAGAAUAAACAUGUACUGUACCAUAAUGUGUCAAAAUCAUCUUUGCUCUUUGUGUUCCUUAGCACUCUUAAGAUGCUGGGUUAGUUUCUCUGUAAGAUUCUUCCACAAUCUAUUCAACCAUGCCUCUAUAGACUCAAGGUAGUAGCUGUUUUCCAUUAGUAUUAAUAUUCCUCUAGCUGCAGACAUUAAAAAGUUUAGAAACAUCAAUGCUAACAUACAGGUCCAGCUCCAAUCAGAUGGGGCAGGGUAAGGUAGCUUCAUUUGGGGGGCAGGGUGGAGAGAGAGAGAGAGAGUAUAAAUCAUUCAUAUUCAAACAUGACUUAGAUUUCCACCCAAGUCUGAGUUGAUUUUCAGAUGCCUCUCAUAGUGAGAAUUGUCUCCAUGCUCUCAGGGGGAGCUCUCCCCAUGCUGAGCUAUUGCAGAACAGGUGUGUUGCUCUGGUAUUGAUAAAUGUGCUUAUUUAAUCUGCUCAGCCAUGUGUCCUGCUCUCCAGCAGCUCUACUUGUUUAGAAAAUCCCAUCUAGGUUUUAUGACAUUCUGUGCUGCAGUGAUCAAAUGUCCCAACAAAAUGAGCUGCGGUUUUCUUUAGCUGGAAAGCACUGAUAGUCGACUGUUGUUCUGUUGAUACUGUGCUUCUUUGACGGAGCCCACAUGCUCUUGUUCAUGUGGGUGAUAACCUCUGGCCCAUCAAGACGCAGGAAAACAGACAGCUGUGGGGUUUAGGGAGCCCUGGUGUCGCAUUGGCCGUUCUUAUCAGUGUAGCUUGUUUGACAAAUCAAGAUACUCGUUCAUGGGGACUACUUUCUAACAUGUUUCUCAAAAGAAACACAGGCAGAGCAGUUAUAAAUAAAGAGUGCACAUAUGGCAUUAAAAGAAGCAGCUUGUGACCUAGGUAUGAAUUAUGCUGAAGUUAAAAAAAGGCGGCCAGCUUAUUGAUUUGCUAUCUUACAUAUUUCAAUUCCGCUUUCAGGGUGCCUGCAAGGCAGCUCAUAGGCUAACAGCAAUCCAAAACAGUAGGAACAGCAAUAAAAUAGCACGAAACAUAAAAAGAUAUUAACAGUAAUAACACCAGCAAAUAAAAAUCUGCCAAACCAGGGAGUUAAUUUAACUUGGGUUCAAAUUUGCACUUUUGCCAUCCGGUGGGUCAGGGAGCAAAUACCUGACUCAAGAUUAUAACUGAAAUUCAGUGUACUGAUAUAGACUGCUUCUUUCAAAGAAUAAUAUCUUCAUAUAAAAAAUAAGAUGAGCUUUGAAGACACAGCGAUGUAAAGGAAAAUGCCGUACAUUCUUCAGAAAAUAAUGACGGAUUAAGAAUGGCAUAAGAAUAGUGUUGUAAUUACAGCGACAAAGCAAUCAAUAGGGUUGCUAUUUCCUACCCUAACUGAAGAUUGGGCCUCGUCCUCACUUUUGCCAGGCAGCACACUUUUCAAAAAGAAUGUCUUAAGUGCCCUAUCAUUUGCUAGGAUUUGAUUUUCUUUUAGAGCUGGGGCACAAUCCAUCCCAUGUUAAGCACUUUUCAUUCUCAUUUAUUUCAGCAGGAGAAAGUUAAGCACAUGUUUAAUUCCAUCACGAAAACAAAUGGGAUUUAAAUAAUGGGCUGACUUUGCUACGUUGUGCCGUUGUUGUUGCUUAUUUUACUUUUAUUCCAUAUCUUCUCCUGGGAAAUGUGAAAGCCUGAAAUUACAUGGAGAGCCUUCAGUUUCAGACCACUUUGGCCCACUGGGGCCAAAGAGCAGCUCUGAACAGGCCCAUCCUGUUCCCAGGACUGUGGACCUUCAGAAUUCCCCAGCUGCUCAGGAUAUGCAGCAAAAUGGUUCUUGUUAAACUCUAUCAUUACCCAUUACUACAGUUCUGUUUCUUAGGUCCUGAGCCAUCUGUACAAGUUACGGUCUGAACUAAAUGUGGCUUAUGGGUCAGGGAGGAGAGAGACCCUAGGAUAUGACUGAGGUUAAUGUUACCUUCAUCUUUAAUUCAAGGCAGGAGGAAAAAAUAUGUUAAGGUAUCUAGUACAUCCAAAUGCAUUAAACGAAUGAUAUGUGAAUGACACUGUAUGUUUAUGUGCUUUCAAAAUUAAAUGCUUUGUUUCCUUUCGUCUAACUUGGCACCCUUUUUUUUUAUCUGGCAGGUGGGUGAUCAAAUAAUUGAAAUUAAUGGGGAAAGCACAAGGGACAUGACACAUGCCAGAGCAAUAGAACUAAUCAAAUCUGGCGGCAGGAGAGUGCGGUUGCUACUGAAACGUGGAACCGGGCAGGUCCCAGAAUAUGGUGGGUUUUCAUUUUUAUUAGUAUCAAUCUGUGGUUCUUUUGUCUUGAAAAUUGCAUCUGUUCAGUGCUAUGUGUCAAUUGCAAAUGUGUCAAAUCAGUACCGCAUCCCUCUGGAAGUACAUGCCAUAAUGCGUAGUUAAAUCGCUGUAUGCCUUUUGUAGAUACCUACCAGCAGCAGAGGUAGAAUUGCAUUAUUCCCAGCUACACAUGGCCCAAAAGACCCAUUAGAUGCAAUGCUUGACAGGGAAAGAGAUGCUAUAAACUCAUAAGGAGAGUAUCAUCAAUGAUUUUCAGGUAGCUCUCUUCAUAUACACGCUGCCUAAACUUGUUGGGGAGAAGUACAUAAUUCAAUUGCUAAUCGAAAUAACAAACAUUUGUGAAUACUAUCAUCAAAAGAGAUUUCCAGAGUGUGCAUUUUCUUUUUCUAUUGAUGUCUAUUUUGAAUUAGUUGCCAAUUUUGCUGCUUUUUGAUCAGUUUCAUUUGUGUGCAGUGGUGGGAGGUUAAAAAUGCUUUCAUAGUAGUGGUUUUAAUGAGCUUUUAACUGUUUGUUUACAAUUUUGUGGGGAAAUUGCAAGCUGUUUAGGGAACCUAAUAGACUAGAAAACAGGAACACAACACAAGUUAUAAAAAAGUAUAAACAUGCAUAAUAUAUCGUUAAGAUUGCCCAGCCUUGUUUGUUUCUGUAUCCAUGCAAAAAUGCAAAAGAGCUGCACUAGCCAGAGGAACUAGGCAGGGGUCAAGAGCUUCACAGUUCAUGGGAGGCUUUGCUAAGCAUUCUAGAUGUCACUAGUCCUCAUUUCCAAGUCCCAGGUUUGAAAGGUGGAGUCAGGGUACCUGGAGGGUUGGACUGUAAGGACUGUGUCCCUGGGAUAUUGCCCUGUGGGCCAUGGAAUAGAUCAGUUCUACCCCUCCAGCUUUAAAGAUACAGUUCCAGUGGCGGAGUCUUCCUCCCCAAUUCUGCCAGCUCCUCCAAAGCCUUGGUCCAGUCAAAGCUCCGACAUGGGAAGAGCCCAAAAGGGCAUUCUGGGAAGUGUUGAGGGCAUUCUGGGAAGCAGCUUAGAUCCAAAUGAAUCCCCAGUUGGGGAGAUAUUUAGUUAUGCUUCUAAACAACUCCAUUUUCACUACCCCCCAGUUAACGAGAGCCUGGCAGCACUUUCCGUAAAGGAAGUAGAAUUGCAUGUGUAUUUCCUUAAGAUUUUGCUGUAAAACUCACUGGAGAUUAUAGGCCGAGAGGGACCAAUUAUAUAAACAUAGUACAAAGAAUGUAAUCUCCAUGUUGUCUCUGGGAAUGCAGUAUUUGGGUAGAAAGAAAUAAAAGAUUUUGUUACUAAUCCAGAGGAGUUGGGAACAGGAAAUCCCAAAUGUAGCCUGAUCAUGCCCAGUCAUUCAUGGAUUUGAUCAGGAUAUCUCUACGGGAGGAAAAGCUUUGAUUAAUGCUCUGGCAGUGGAGUUGCCUUCACAGAAGGAUGCACCAGCUAAUAGCUUAAGGAAAAUGGAUGCUGCAUAUCUACCUCAUAUCUCAAAACCUGUUUAUUGAGGAUAAUAAUAGCUAGAGGAACCGAAAUCUUCACAAGGGAGAAUGAACACUCUUCUCUGAGUUGGGGGUGGGGAAUCAACAUUAUAACAAAUGGCUUCAAAGCAAAUAACUAGGGGAAUGGCAAGACAUCUUUAAAAUACAUGAAGCUGCAGGCUUGCUAUAUAUGUGUGUAUACCCAAUUCAUGUAAUUCAUUCAGUCAAUUGAGUGUGCAUCUAUAUAGAUGCCUGCAGAUUCUGCCCACAUCACAGUUGGUAGGCAUUGCCACAUACCUGGUGGCAAGUUCACACAAGAUUCCAAUAUAACUCCACGCAUGAGAUUGCUUUACUGCCUAAAAGGUGAUACUGUUUUGAUUUUACAGGAUUGUUUAUUAAUAGCUUAUUUUUGCUUACUCAUUGUGGGGAAGUUUAAUAUUGUAAUCUGGUUUCAGAUAGGUCUGCCCAGAAAAGCAGCUUUAAAAUGUUAAAUAAAGAAAUGCCCUCUACGUCAGCGUGUGAGCUGGCCCUUAGCUCUAAAACAAAACAGAAGAUGGCAGCCCACAGAAAAACUAUCCAUUCAGUACAAGCUGAAUCGGGCUGAUUAUUAGCUACCUUCCUUCAUUUGUUUAACUUUGAAAUGGCUGCCUGCCUCCCAGUUUGCAUAAACGCACUUAGAAUUCAAUGUGGCAUCUUCCCAGAUUCAAUUUCAGCCUCCCAAAAUUUCAUUUCAUUUUGGUAGCUGACUUCUGUGGCUGAGUCCUUAUCUUGUUUUUCAGAAGGUAGUUCAAUUUUCCAGCUAAUGUGGAGGUUUCUGAGAUGCACUGCAGUGCAAAAUGCCCUAAUUAAAGGCUCUUAGGCUUGAUCAGGAAUUAGAAAUAGUAUCCAGGGCCAACAACUAAUGUAUUUUUAGCUUUAUACUUGAAAAAUAAAGUGCUGCUGUUCAGUGUCCGCCAAAAAUGGCAUGUAAAUUUUGUAGCAUGUUUAAAUCAAAACAGGCAGGGAGAAAUUAAAAACAUUGUCAUAUUUAUUCUUAAAAAUAUAUCCCACUUUCCAGGGAAACUCAAGACAUCUAACUGAUUAAAUAAUCACAACACACACAAACACAUACAUAGGGGAAUUUGGUAGAAGAAAGAGGUGCUGGGACUCAUAUGUUUAUAAAAGUGUCAUGGCUACUAGCCCAACAUGGCUGCUGGAGGCCAUUGCAAAAUAACCAGCUUUUUCAACUUUUCUACAUUCGGAUAUAGUUGCAGUAACGAUACAGAUAAACUCUCUUCUCCCCCCGCCCCUAUAUUUCUUGCUAAUGCCUAGGCCAGUCUUCCUCAAACUGGUGCCCUCUAGAUGUUUGGACUAUGGCUCCCAUCAGCGCUGGCUAGCAGUUUAAAACCCCAUCCUUCCUCCUGUCCGCUUCCAUGUCCCCUGACUUUAAUCCAGCCCACACAGCUACUUGUGAAUCACCAAGCGAAAGGCUCCUCGCUCACUGUGGCUGCCAGGUGCUUCACAGUUUUGGUGUUUUUGCAGCCUCUGGGCAGGCAAUGCAACUCAGAGGUUGGUGAAGCUUGUCAGAGGCUCCAUUCUGCUUGGUGAAUCAGAAGUCCUGCAGGCCUGUCCGAACCCACAUUGCCUUCCAUAAACAGCCCCCCCCACCCUGUCUCCCAAAGCACAUCCAUAGCAGGCCCUUACUCAGACUUCCUCAAAGUACAGGAGUCAUAUACUGAUUUUAAAAAAUUCCACCAAAAGCCUCAUCCAACUCACACACUCUCAUAUUAAUGUUGCACUAUUUAUUUAUUUUUGGGUCUGUAUAUUUAUUUUCAAUUGUUGUUGGUGCUGUUGCUCAUGGUGGUGUUUUCAUUACUGAAUCGUUUUGGGAGGGGGAGUUGUCACCUUUUACUUGUCCCCAGUUUAGUGGCGGGGGUUAAUGACAAGGCCGAGUAUAGACGAUACACUGGCAUACAGGCGGUCGGCUCUAGACCACCACAAUAAAGCAAAUAUCACAUUAAAGUGAGUCACUUUUUUGUUUUGUUUCUCAGUGCAUAUAAAAGUUAUGUUUGGAGCUACUGUGGUCUAUUAAGGCAGGCCCCCCUGGCUGCAGGGGCGGAAGGGGAAAAAUCUGGCUCCAGGCCAAGCCACGACCCCUUCCCAUGGCCAGCUGCACCCAUGCCCUCGUAAGGAGCAAUAUCUGUGAAGUAAAGCAAAGGCAAUAAAAAUGAGGUCUGCCUGUAUUGGAUAUCGCAUUUACACUCAACCUUCUAUGAAAGAAUGCCCAAGGCAGCAAACAACAGCAGAAAAUAGCCAGCCCACAUAACAUAAUAAGCAGUAAUACAGUGAAGCCAUAUAAAAACCAGGUGUGAAUUAACAAGUCAAUUUUAAAAAGGUUGCCAGUUUUAAAAUGUUAAAUUAAAAAUACAGAUUAAAACACAGCAGCAGAGAACAACAAAUCCACUCACAAGGCCAAAUGGCUGCUUAAAUAAUGAAGGUUUUUACCUGUCCAGCCAUCAACAAGGGGACUGGAUGUUCUCAAAGAGGAAGUUCCAAAGAGACUUCCUGUAAUUGGUCUCCGUCAACAGACUGGCUACAGCUUUCUGAACCAGCCAAAAGUCCCUAGUCUUUAAAAGUAGCUCCACAUCAAGCAUAUUGUAACAAUCCAAAUACCUAACACACCUGGGGAUGAGAGCAGUUGGCGUGCAAAUCUCUGCUGAGCAAAAUUGCUUCUGACCACCACCCCAACCUAGGUGGAUUUAUGAAUUAGCCCCAAACUGCAGGCCUGAUUUUCAAUUAAAAAAAUAGCCCAUACAAGUAAGCCUUGAUGCUAUAGGGGUUUUUCGUAGGAACUGCCCUUCUCCUCCUUGGUACGCAGCUGCAGCCUGCCAGUUGUUAAGUUGUGGGUGAACAUAUCAGACGACACAGCGAUUCUUCAAACAGCUCUUGUUUAUUCAGAGGCCAGAACAGAACUGAAGGGCUCAGUCAGCCUGCUUAUAUAGAUCUCCAGUACAACGUUACUGUAGCAACUUUCUAAAACUAUCCAAUCACUGAACGUCACUUUCGAUCCUUCAUUUGCAUAACUAUCUACAGUAUACCCUGCUGGCCCAGGGUGAGAACUUCACUCAUGGCCCCGAAGAGGAGGCUGUAGCGGCACAUUCUCUGCUAGCUUGUACAGCCCUUUCUCUCCUCUCCAGAGCGACAGCUGCCAAAGAAAUUCUGGCCAGAAAUGGCAUGUCUUGAUCGUUAGGUCUCUGCAGAGGAGAAGAGAGCUGACAGGUUAAGCAGGAGAUGUGUUAGCACUGCAUUAUGCACAAUAAGUGGCAUUCCAUGCAUCCUUCCCCUUUGUGUCCACACUGGGGGAAUCGUACGCAGUCAUUAAUGCAGCUCAGAAACAGGUCCAUCAGUACCACCUAAUCUCAAGUCAGUUUUGGGUUUCCUUCACACUUUAAAUUUGUUCUGAUUUAGGAUGGUUUUAUAAAUCGCCUCAAGAUUUAUCUCAUAUUUUUUUAGGAUCUGCUUCUCAAAUAUGUCUGUAGAAUACUUAAUUCUUUCACUAAUAUUAACCGCCUGCAUGCCUCUUUGUCUGACUUUUAUUAGAAAAAAUAAAUUGGCUGUUACUUGUAAGAAACCUGCUCAGCUGUUCUAAUAAGCUAAGAAUUCUUUGCAGUGAUAAUAAUAAUAUUAAUAAUAAUAAAUAAUAAUAAUAAUAAUAUGUCUUGAUGUCACUGGUUCUGUUAAUUCUAAUGAUUGGUCCUAGGCUGUUCCUCCCCUUCCUUUAGGAAUGGUAUCUUCCAGCCUCUCCAUGUGCAUGAAAAGUGACAAGCAUGGCUCCCCUUAUUUCUACUUAUUGGGCCACCCUAAAGACACGGUGUGUAAACUCUGCAUGCAUAUUUAUUGUUCUCUAAUAUGCUUUCAUUUUACAGAAUUGUUUUAACUGAGUCUUUGACAAGUUUUCUCUUACAACUUAACUUGUUUGGUGCCUCUGUUAAUUCUACAAUCUCCUUGAAAUUGAAAAUAUUUUUAAAAGCAAGAUCAAAGUGCAUAUUUUUAACACAAAGCCCUGGACAUAUAUUUUGAUUCGAUAGAUAGGGCUUUCUUUAACCCUGUUAUUUCCCCAGCAUCCCUGUAUUUCAGGAUUUUAUAUAUACUCAUAAAGUUGAUAAAGAAUACAAGGGAAUCUCAACAACAUCCUAAGGUGGCAAUCCUAUGUAUAGUUAGCAUAUACAUAUAGCUUCAUUGACUCAUUGAGACAUUUGGAAUUUUCAAAAAGGGCUCUGGGCGCCACCAUAAAAUUGCUGUCACAAUGGCUUUUGCCAGUCACAAAAUGGCUGCCGCUGGAGGCAUGCACAGAAACAAAUUGUUGGGCCUACUCCUCACUUGCACAUUCUGUGCAUGGGUUUCUUUGAGAUUGGGAGAGACACAUGGUAGAGGGAGAAAACACAAAUCCCAGAAAGUAGGGUGGCCACCAAGCACAGAUUUCUCCCCAACCCAGAUAGAAGGGGGAAACCAAAAACAAAUAUUGAUUCCCCCCCCCCAAAAAAAACAGAGGAGGAGGAGAAAAAUAGCAAUUGCACAUACUUUGACCCUUACCUUUUGGGUUACCCCACUUCUCUUCCUCCACCUCUCCCAUUUGGUCCCCGCCCCCAAAUAUCUUUUUUCUCUGUCUCCCCAUCACCUUGCUUUCUGCUUGCAUGCAGAUCGCAACUUAGAAAACUAGAUAGCGGAAGAAGGAAGUGGGAAAGAGAGACACUGUUUCCCCUUCUUCUCUCAACUGUAAUUUCCAAGUCUGAGAUGGUUCAUUUCUCACUCCCUAUGAGAAGGUGGUGGUAACUCCUAGCAAAAUGGGAGCACAGAGGCUUCACAGGCAUUGGGAAGGCCUUCAGGAGUGGCAUUGCACCUGCGCAUGCCACAGCGAGGACACUUGUGCUAAAACAUGGUUUAGUGUUAGAUGCAUAAGCAGCAGAGAGCCUUGGGUUCACAUAUAACACAUAUAUAAUGUUUCUCAUUACAUCCAAACUUGGAGGACCUCUGGCUAGUUCAAACUAGCCAGAGUUCCCACAGUUCAUGAAAAAUAAGGCUCCCUAAGGCUCUUAGUUUACUAAAGUAAAGCAUAGUUUGGUAUUACAUCCCAAAGCACAAUUAAUUUUCAAAUGAACAUAAGCUGCCUUUCACAAGCAGUGUUUGUGUAGGUAUACAACUUUGAACUAUGUAAAUUUCACCCCCUUCUAAGUCUCUUAGGAGUCUUGUGGUCCAAUCCUAUGCAUGUUUACUCGGUGAUAAGUCACUCAUGCGCACGUAGAGAGGAUUGCAACCUAACUUAGAUUGUCCCAAUUGGCUCUUUUUUGCUCAAAUUUCUCUCUACUUCCCCAUGCCUCAAAUGUUUGUAUCAUUUUGUCACGCUUUGCUGAUGUCCAGUGUAGUACUUCUUAUAUGUAAUACAACUCCCAUGAUGCAUCUCAUGUUUAGAAUCAUGAUGGAACCUUCACUGCUUUCAUAAAAAGAAUGCAAGAUGCUUUUGUAUAAACUAAGAAAUACCUUUUUAAAAAAUCUUUUACCAGUAGGUCACAUUCAUUGCUCAUCUCUCACCUUUACAGUGAAAAGGUGAGAAACCUUAAUAAAACCUGAUGAACUCUAGCUGACAGAGUUAAGGCUGCACUCCUAUUCAUGCGUAUUUGGGAGUAAAUCCCAUUCAAUUCAGCAGGACUGAGUAUAGGAGUGCAGUCUUUAAUUUCCCAUAGAAAAUAAUGAGGAGCCUACAAGUGGCUUGUGCUGAUCGAGUUUCCCCAUCAUAAAACAAAAGGCAUGAAUCCUUCAUGAAAGACAGGACAACAUACAAAAUAUAGCAGUCCAUUAUCGUUCUAAGCACUGUAUUCUACAGUGUUUCGUUUAUGCAGUUCAUUUGAAAUGUAGUUUGACAGGGUGUUGGCAGAACAAUAUACUGGGGUGUGUGCAAGCUCACUUUCAUCCUUUAAUUAAGAGGUCAAAAUAAAGCACUUUCUGCUUGGGUGAAUUUUUCAGUCUACCCAAGUUUUUCAGAAUGAAUUUUUCGUGUUCUUGAAUAGCUAACACUGAUGGCUUUCGGAUGUGCCUAGCUUUGAAUUCACGCAUACAAAAGGCAUGGAGCCAAAAUAUUCUCUAUCCCAUCACUCAUUUCUAUGCUCAUCAGAGCAUCCCACAAAGAAACAGUGGUUUCGGAGUUCAGCUCCCUACCCAAAACCAAGUUGUGGAAAUGUACUUUUAAAAAACGGCACAGCAUUGCAAUUUAUUUAGUUUAAGGAUUGGCAGUUUAUUCACAACAUUUUUAAGUUCCAGCUACAUAGUCAGUAUCUGUGUACAAAACUUGGGCAACAUCCGAAAUAAUCACUUCAUAACAUGAAGGUAUUGAGGUCAAUCCAACAGAAUUAGUUGUGCACAAUUAAAAGCUUAAGCUCCAUUUAUUUCAAUGGAAAAUAAGCACAAUUCAUAUUUACUGAACAAAAAGAUCAUUUCAAACUCUGUGAAUUCUUGACUUCAUUAUUAACUUUUUUAAAAUGGUGAAAACUGAAGUGCAAAAUUACCAUAUUUUUCCGUCUAUAAGAUGCCCCCAUGUAUAAGAUUUUGGGGGACUCCAAUUUAAGAAAAUGGGGGGAAAUACUAUCCGUGUAUAAGACGAGCCCAGAUUCUGAACAUUAUUUUAGAGUAAAAAAAAAUAGUCUUAUACAUGGAAAAGUACUGUAAAUGUGCAAGUCCCAUUAAUUUAGUCAGACAACUAUAUCUGCUGAAUUGUGCUGACGAAAAUUAUUUUCAAACUCAUUAGAAACUAUUAUCAACUCUUACGCUUAAAAUAAUAAUAAUACACCACUCUUGAUAACAAAGUCCCCUUGCAUGGCUGCAAUCCAGAAACCAUUCAAGAUCAAGAGUAAAAAGAUUUCUGAUUGCAGUCUGAUUUGUUUUACCUGUUUAAAGCAGCACAGCAAAUGGUUCAGAAUGAAUGGAAAUAAGCUCCGUUUGGUGCCAUAAAUGUAUGUUUAUUUUCCAGUCUCCAGUAAAUUAUUACCAUGACAAACGCAUGUCAAAAUAAUAUAACCUGUUCACAAGUUUUUGAAAGGCCAAAUCAUUGCAACGUAACUUACUCUCUUAACAUCUGUUUUUCUGCGUGUGCGCCAAGGAAAGGAGGUCUACCACUCCUCACUCCCUUCAUCAAGCAUACAGGCUGGAUUAACCAUUAUGCUAAGUACCUUUACAGAGUGGAGUUCUAACUAAUCUGAGGGCCUUGUUAUGGCUGAGAUCUAUCUGAACAUUUAGAGGGUGUGUAUCCUGCUUUUCUCAUCUGAAGAAGGUGCCCACAUAACCCCAAAGCUUCCUUCUUUACCACAAUUAGCUCAAUCAAAGAAGCUGACUCAGUCAUCUGGACCACUUUGAACCAUUUAAUUUCUUGGGACUGGCAUUGCAAUCACAGAUGUAAUUACUCUUUCCUCUGCAUUGGAGUGUUUUAAAAUUCCUCCCACAGCACCGUUUUUAUCAAUAGAGCAUGAGCUUCCGUGAGCAAUUACCCUACUUCACCAGAUGCUGGACUGGAACUGUAGGCCACAAGUCAGAGAAAUCAGUUAAUGGGUUGUUUACACUAAAGUCUUCUUCGGUUUCUAAAAGGGCUAUUACCUCCUCAGUGAACAAUGCAUUUGAGAAUACCUGGUAAAAAGCAGUCAGAAAUUAUUCUCAUAGCUUUUAGAAUGUCAGAAAAAGCCUUAAUUAGAUUCUGUUUCACAUGGUCACAUUCUUGAAUAAGUUCUGCUCCCCGUUGUUGUCAUCAUAUAUUUAUACCCUGCCGUCUUCCCUGACGGGACUCAGGUUCUGUAUGUCCAACAGAAUUUUCCUUCCAAAGAUGGCUGCACUGAGGUCUCUGGUGGAGGGUCUGAGGAAUUUACAUGUUUGCUUGCUUGUUUGUUUGUUGCAUUUUUAUUUUUUUAAUGUCAAAUUGUGCUUGUUCUUUUUCUCAAAUAUAGUUCUAUCUGGGCAAUGUGGACUGCUAAUAGGCACCUGAGCUAAAAGAACUAGCGUACCCAUCCAACAUUCUGGGAGGGCAAAUUGGGACAUGACCUCCCCACUGCUGCUGCCUCCUCACCAUCCUGCCCUGGCCACCUUUACACACCACCACUGCUGCCCCCCCAUCUCACCACCGGACGCCCUUAUCCAGCACCGUCACCCACUGCCCCCUAUACACACACAUACGUCAGGAUGCAACACCAGAGGAGUAGGAGAGUGUGGCACCAAAAACACACGUCUUUUGGUUCCCAGGCUAUUGUGGUGCCGGCUUCUGGAAUUAUGGCAGAGGUGGCAGCAGCAGUGGUGGAGGCCACAGAGGCGGAGAGAGCUAAAACAGGACAUCUGGGAUUGGCAUCAGAAGUUGGGGUGGCUUCUGUAAAUCUGGGAUGCCCUGCUCAAAAUGAGGCAAUUGUGCCUUAUGCACUAGCGAGAUGCAAAGUGGAUGAGAUCUCCUCCCUGGGAGCAAGCAAGUCCCACUAAGCCAUGGUUUAGCUUUGCAUUAUGUGCAAACACAGCUAUUCACAACCCUAGCAGAAAUGUGGGCAUGAAUUUCACAGUUGUGCUAUAGAUGGUUCUGUUAGGUUUUCCAGAUGCAAGGACAUUAAACCAUGAGGACUCAAUCUGCCCAGCCUUGGGCCCUGAAUAAAAUAGACCUUAACACAGAUUUAAAGGGAUGGUUGCAGCAGGAAAGGUGAGGAAUAAUCACUUUGCUCCCUUGCUGUGUCUGCAUAAGACUUCCUCUUUGUAAUGUAUCUUAGACCCAUUUUCAGAUUUGGCUUGUUUUUCUGUGCAAGCCUCUUCCUGAGUACAAGAUUAAAUGGAGAAAUAUAUUACAUGUGCCAGUAGCCUGUGACUGCACUUCAUGGCAAUUCUCAUGAUUUCAGGAGCUUCAAAAUUGGCUGUUCAAAAUUGGAAGUGCAUCAUAACAUGACCUGGCUUUUGACCAUGUGAUCUGUUCCUUUGAGGUCAGGCGUUUGUAAAGUUCUACACACAGUAGAUUCCCAUGUACACACAGGGAUCCAACCCUUGUAUCAUGGCCUUAAAAACUAAAUAAAAUAAAAGACUCCAAAAUGAACUUUUGGGAUUUGCACUCGAGGCCAAUUGUCGCUUCAUGCUUUUAAGACACAAACAGAUUAUUGGCAGCUGCCGCUGUAUAUAGGCAGACGCAUCAUGCUAAGCACGUUUGUUUAUAAUUUCUGUAGCAUUUGUCAGUUUAAAAGGGUUUUAUAGUUCAUAGCUCAUUUAUUCCAGACAAAAUCAGGUAGGUUAGAUGGAACAUGGGGUCAACUACUCAACAGCUCUUGAUCUCCAUGGCUGAGUGGCUGUUUGAAGCUGGGUCUUUUGCAUGGCUUUAAAAUGCAAAAGGGGAGUCUGUCUUCUACCCUCAACCAUCUCUGUUUUACCAACAAGGCUGUGGAAUUCUUUACCUCUGGAAGGAGGGACACCAAUGGCUGCUGGACAUCAGAGAAGGAUGAAUCUAUCAAUUUUGGUUUCUCUCAGUUUCUCAUGCUUCCAGUCUCUGCCUUAAUUUGCCUUUUUUUAAGUUCUCACAAAAAUUUGGCAGCAUAUUGGUGCUUCUUCUGAUGUACAUGAUUUUGUAUGCAGUUUUGCCUAAAUAUACACAUUUUUACCUGUUUAUAAUGUAUUUUUAUACACAAUUUGUCCUAAUAUAUGCAUUUUUGUAGACAUUAUUUUGUUGGAGGACUGCAUUACCAAAUUCAGAAAAGCAUGAAGUUUGAAGGGUAGCUUCCUAUAAAUUUGUAUAUUUAAAUUUUGGGAAGUGCAAAUUAGGUAGGUUCUCUUUAAAAUGCAAACUGAACCACUUUCUCUCCACUCUCAUUCCUAGCAGACACUCCCCCCCCCCCUUUUUCCUUUUUUACUCUUCUAGGUGAUUUGAAAAUAUAUUUUUGUUUUGCAUUUGGCAUAUAAACUUUAGAAUGAAUUGUUUUCUUGCUGCUUUUCUUUGUAAACUGUGGCUGACUAGGGAGGAGGCAGUUAUGGAAGGUUUUGUUUAUAAUUGCUAGUUUCCUUUUUAAAAUAGUUUUGUUGUUUUUGUGACCCUGUGUGGAAAAGCAGCAGUUGGGGUGUUAUGUACUGAGUUGAAUAGGAUCCAAACUGCAGCAGUCUGAUUGGUCCUAGAACAAUAGGAUCCAAAUUGCAGCAGUCUGAUUGGUCCUAGAACAAUAGGAUUCAGAAUGCAGCAGUCUGAUUGGUCCUAGAACAAUGCAGCAGUAUGAUUGGUUGGCAGGAACCACCCAAUCAUGCUCCAGAUAGAAGUGAAUCCACAACCUGAUUGGCUUACAGUAGAAUUCCGGAAUUAGCCAAUCAUGUGCAGCCCAUUGUGUAAAUAAUGUAUAUAAAGCAGAUACUGUGAGGGAACUUUCAUUCAUUCCUCCUCACCACUGUGAGCUGAAUAAAGAGCAUGAAAUCACUUUGCGACUCUGAGUAUAUUUCAUGGGUGCUUUAAAUGAAUAAGGGAAUACCCAUCUCCUCCCAUUGCAAGCAUCUUUAGUUGGGGUUGGAAGUGUUGCUGCAAGCACUGCCAUUGUUGUGGCUUGUAAUAUUUUGCCAGCAGAGGAACAGUCACCACCCUGCAGUUGGAGAAAGUCCACCCUCAGAACAAAGACUCUUCGCUGAAUGACAAUGGCCUGAAAGUAUCUGAUGCAGUUUCACCUCGGAAGCUGAGCAGAUCUUAACCAGGCCAGAAGACUUCUAAGGCAGCACUUUAGUCUUUCGAGGGGAACAAGACGCCAAUGAAUAAAAUCAUCAGCAUUUCUGUUUCAUCAGUAUGCAUAAAGUGUGCAUGGCUUUGCACUACAAAUUGCAGCCGUCAGAACCCGAAAAAAGUGAGAGCGCAUCUAAUUUUAACUGCAUGCAUCCUUGGGGUAUGUCCCUUUGUUGAUAGAAGCAAAUAAUGAAUCGUGGAGCAGUGUGCAAUAUUGUAAGGAGAUCAGUUUUUUGACCAGUCUGCACUCAGUCAGGUGGCAUAAAUCACAGUGCUAAAACCUCUGAAUAUUCUUCUAACUAAAAGAUACAGCCACACAGUAAACUGAAGUUAAUGAAGCAUAAUAGCUACAUACACAAGAAUUCUAGACAUUUGGUGGUGAUGUCAGUGUCUGCCAUUCAUUCUUGUUUAUGGAAAAAAAGGCCAAUGGCAUGGAAUGCUCAAUGAAUACCACAUAGAGGAAGAUAAUUUUUAAUCACUUUUCCCCAGAAAAGUGAAACUCAAAGCAGCUUACAAAAAUUAACAUUAAAAACAAGGACAAAACAACUUAGCAGUGUGUGUGUGUGUGUGUGUGUGUGUGUGUGUGUGGUGUUGGCAUCUGUCUGUCUCAAAAGACAAUGGAGUGUACCUCUUGGGGUGAAGUCAAACCACAGCCUGGGCAGUGUGUAUAGAGCUCCUGGGCUGCUCGAAUGACAAGACUCAAAUCUCAGCCUUGCUGAUGUGCUCCAAAGGAAAGCAGAACAGCACAUUUGGCACCAGCUUGGCUGCAGGAGUUGCCGGAAGGAAGCCAUACAAGGCACCAUCCAGCCGUCUUUGGGACUCGACUCCAGAUUCCUGUAGGGUUUCCUCCUCAGCCAUUUCUUGUCCCGAAGAUAUCCUGUAGGGCAGUGGAGUUUAGGAUCAGAGUUUUCCUUCUCCUAGAUGGGCUACCUUCCCAGGCUGAUGAGCCCCCACCUGCCCCUCAUUUCCCUCUACAACACAUACAGAAGCCACCUUCUUGACCAUUGGACCCACUCUUGGUUUCGUCCACCCAAUCCGCCAGAGCCGGUCUUCACAUGCAGCAGAAGUAACCUAACUCACCAAGAGUUUGAGACCCAUCGGCUGCGGUAACCAGAUUUAGCCAGCCAGUUGGAGCUGUUCCCAGGGUGUGGCCACUGUCACUUGCUGACAGCUUCGAGGAGCCCCCGAAGGAGUGCAACGUGUCCCCAACCAGAGGUAUUACCCCUCCCAUGUGUGCGUGUUUUUUUGUGCUGGUCAUACCACCAAAAGAUAAGCAGAAAAUUAAGGUCCAAAGGAUAGUAAUGUUUUUGCCUGGCACCAAAAAAGCAGAUAGUGAUGGCAUCGGGGAGAGCAUUCCAUAAACGGGGAACCACUACUAAGAAGGGCCAUUCUCCUGUUGCUGCUUUCUGCACCUCCCUCACAGAGGGCACAUGGAGAAGUGUCUCAAAUGAGGAAUGCAGGGUCCAAGUUCAUUUAUGGGGGGGGGCAGUCCCCGCAUGUAAAUGUAUUGAGCUGAGAUAUUGGGCUGCUGGGCUGCAUAAGGUUUAUAGGUCAAAACCAUCACUUUUAAUUGGGCCUAGAAUCCGAUUGAUAGCCGGUGCAGUUAUACCAGGAUUGGUGUUAUGUGCUCAGAUGGUCUUGCCCCCAUAGUUAUUCUGGCUUCCAGCACCAGCUUUCUUGUGACAACCUUGACUGUGCUAAGAUAGUUCAUUCAUAUUAAUAUAUCGUUCCCAGUAGCCAUACUCUUCAUUUCUACCAAUUUCAAAAACCCAUGGUGUGGAAAAGAAGAGAUUAAUUAAAUGGAUCAAACUAGUCGUUAAUAACAUUGUUCUGCAGCCUUCAUUUCAAAUAUGAUAUCCAAAAUGUUCUUGCCGUCUUCUGCCUCUGGGUGAACAGCUAUUGAAGGAUGUAAUAAAUAGGUGGUAGCUGGUAGUCUGGAGACAAAACAUACCUGAAUUGUAAAGUAUGUGUAGUGGAUUUCUUUAUAUUUGGUGUUUAAAUUCAAUGGGAAAUGAACAUCGAAGGGGCUAAAUAGGAAGAUAAAAGAGGGAAGCCUCAAGCUGGCACUACACAGAAAUGUUCUUGUAUAAAAGGAUUAUAAGAAGCCCCACAGUUUGAUAAACUAUUUAUUGGGAUAAUUGGAAUUUAUCAUCUCCCCUCCCCUUUUGUAAAGGGAUUGUUUUGAAAGUGUUCCCUUGGAGGGUCUCUCUUACAAUAGGCACUUGGGAAUAGUGCCUUUAGAUUAGACCUGCAUAAUGUUAUGACCCCACCAAGCCCAAUAAACCCAUCAACCAUGUAGGGCAGCCCACCACCAGGAAGGGCUUGGGAAAAAAGUAUUGUUUUGUUUUGUUCUUUGCUGUCCCUUGAGAACCUCAAAAGCGGGAGCAGAGACACUAUUGACAAGCCCCCAAUACAAGGCUGGUGGGCUUUGAUUUGUCUGUGGUUGGAUCACAAUAUCCGCAAGCUUGCCGUUGGGUCUGUGUCAUGGGAUUUGAUCUGAGAUUUCCUCUGCCCUGUGAGCAGCCUAUAGGCCAGGAUCUGCUGGACGAACGGGCUGCCAGAAAGGCAUAGGAAAGUCUCAACUCCAAGGGAUGAGUCUACCAUGUUGCAGUGUCCAAGCAGUCAACUGGACACAGAAGAAGACGGAAGAUAGAGGAGAAUUAUACAAGAGCACACUGUAGGGCUCCUCUGUCUCCAUGGACAGAAAAACACAGCCUAUAUACUACUGUGUGGGAAUUAUUUUUGUAGAUCUCAAAAGCAAAAGCAUCUAAACUAAUUCCCAGAAAUUGCCGGCUUGGAAGAUCAGUAACCUCACAAACUUUUAGCAUGGCACAUUACUGCUAUGCCUGGUUAUAAGAAGAAGGGGAAAACACCAUGUCAGCUCCGGUCAUUUUUGGAAAGAGGAUAAGGUCCUUCAUCCCACAAAAGCAUUUAUGACAGAACAAAUAGACAGAAGCUGAAAUCUGAAAGCAUUUGAUCUGGCAUACCAGUAGGAAAGACAAGGAAAUACGAAGAGCUAUCUGAGCAGAAAAGAAAUAGGCUGAGGAAGAGUGACAGGCCUUCAAGCCAACAUUGUUCAAAGCCUUGGCAGGAAAUUAUAGAAUAAGAGGCCGGUAAAAAAAGAAAGGGGGGCACUUUUUCAGUAGAGUAUUACAUCAAACAUAGACUCACACCUAGUUUUGCAGGUUUUCCUAUCUAUUAACUGUUGUUAACUGUUGUUUAAUUGAUAAGUUCAGGAGUGUUAUCUGUGAAGCUCUGGAAAUGUAAACUGCUUAUUGGUUGCAUUGCUAAAUAUGCAGAGAGAGCGAUCCUAGGAGAGGCCAAGGAAGCCCAGAGUAGAGGCUCCUUCCCUGCACGCACAGCCCUCCUGACUCCUCCUGAGCAGGGCAGAAGGGGCAGGGAGGGAGGGAGAACGCUUGCCUUGGUCAUUAACAGUGGGCUUACGUAAGGGCACAGAAAGCAAUCAGCAUAAAGGCGCUUAUGCCUUCAGGAUGGUGGCUAAUAAAUUGUGCACUACCUAACUCCUAAAUUAUUCCACGUAUAUAAUAUAUAGCCCAUUUACUAAUUUAUUAAAGUUACCCCCUUUAUUACAUUAUUUAUGGACCCAUCUUAUGACUGACUCUAGCUUAAUUAGAGUAAUAAAAACUAAUCCAAAACUCAUUAUAAUUUCAAAUUCCACAGCACCUUGUGAUAUAGUUUUUGCAGCUCUCUUCCUGCUCUGCAUAAGCUAUAUUCUGGCAGGACUUCUUCCUCCCCAGAUGGAGUUCAUCUGCAGAAGGAAAGGAAAUUAUUAAUAGGAAAGUUGCCUUUCUAGUUACUUUAAAGAUGUCAAAGCAUUAAUGCGAGAAAUUGGGGUGGCAAAGCUCAAAAUGUGUGAUGUACUGGAGCACAUGCAUGAAGCCUUUGACCCCUCUCCAUGCAGCCUGCCUGGUCCUGGGAAACUGCUCUUCCUUUCCCCACAUUGUCCAGCCGUCAGCUGGAUCCGGGGGAAUAAAUUACAGCAAUUUUGGCGUCAUCAGGCUCACUGGGAAGUGGACACGUUAACCUAAUUCCCUCCUCCACACUUCUGAUGCACCCCAGGUCGCUAAUGGAAGCAUGUGGACAACAAUCUUGCCUGCAUCAAGAGUGCUGGAACAGGGGCAGGUUAAAGUUUGGGAGAGGAAGAUGUGGAAGAAGUGGUGUGUGCAUGUUGUAAGCGGGGACAAGGGGUUGAAGAUGGUGUUGAAAAGUCAUAAUACUUCAUUCUUUCGUCAUGAUUCACAAGUUAGAACUUAACGUGAAUAACUGUGAGAAAAAUAAAAGGAAAAGUUCAAUAGAGGUUUCAUGCUAAUUCUGCAAUUAUUUUCUUUCUUAUCUAUCAUCAUCUUUCAGAUAAUGAGACCCAAAAGCAUAUCUUUUCCUGUUCCUGAGUGUGUAAAUUUGCUGUUCAAUAAAAAAAAAAUUAAUGUGGAAAACAAGUCUCACUUUAGAAUGUUCUUGUUCCAUUAGAAUCAAUUCCACCUGCAGCUGAAAUGAGUUUUGAAAAGGGGGAUGCCUCUUGAUCCAUUGGUAUCUAUCUCAUGGAUAUGCUGGUUGGAUCGUUCAUUUUCCCUCACUGUGAUGGGUUUUUCUGUAGAACAUUUAUCUUCAUUCCUUGUGAAGCUAGUCUUUUGCUUUCCAACAUAAUACUUACAAUGUAUGUGGAGCAUCAAGGAUUUUUCUAGAGACUGUAGUGUUUGAGCUGUCAUUUCAAAAACGUGGGUCGCAAAAAGGGAAUUGGCAGUCUCUUUGAAUAAAGACAACUUAAGGACCAUAGAGCACUCUCUCAGCAAAGACUUUCCAUUGUCUAUUACGGCUCUCACCUUUCUCAAACGGGGGGAAAUGUAAAGAUGCCAGGAAGGAACAGGGUUUAUUCUAAUGUGCAGCUAGACACAUUUUAUUCAGUGUCAAUAUAUGUGUGCAGUGUGAAAUCGAUUUUUGUGCAGUUAGGCAAAAGGGAUUUAAUAAGGAGCUAAAUAGUUUCUUAAAAAGUAAAUGAAAAGAGAUAAAUAGAAACAGAAAAUGAAAAUGAAUACUGGCUCCUUUCAUAUCUUCAUAUGCUUAUAAUAAUAGUGUGUAUUGGGACUAUUUACUUGACUAGUAAAAAGCAUUUAUUGAUUCAUAUUUAAUUUCACUACAAACAGUGUAUGUAGGUAUGCAAAGCAGCUGAAAGCAAACCACAGAGAGCCCCCUGGUUACAUUCGGAGGCACCACAUGUGUUGGUGAAAUCGUGUAUAAUUGAAACGCAUUGAAAAAGCCUGAAAACACCCUGUUCUGCCCCCGUUCCUCCCUCCUGGUGAUGUUUCAGUGACAUCUUUAUGACGUUUCCAGGUCACUUCCGGGUUCGGCGUGAUGCACGUAUUGUGCAUAUAUUGUGCACGUAUUGUGCAGCAAUGGAGGGGGGGCUGCCUGUAAUUGCAGUGCUCAGUAACUUCCCUGUUCAGCAUCAGAGAGUUAGAGGUGUUUGACUUGUUAUUUUAAUGCAUGUGCAACAAGGGCGUAGUGGCUGCCAGGCCUUUGCAGAGGUUGUCUGAGGCCCAGGGCAGGAGUCUCGUUAGAAGAAAGCCAUAAAUUCAAACAAAAAAGCAGCAUGGGCAAGAGUACCUGGCUGCCCUCGCCUUGCCCUCCGCACAGGCCUGGUAGCUGCUCUCCUUCUGGAGAGACUCAGACCCAGGGAGGCUGUGUGAACAACAGGAUCAGCCGUGGAGAGACAAAGAAGAGAGAAGUUGAACUAAGCAAUAUCUUAAAUCACGAUGGAAGGAUUUGGGGCUGGAGUGACUUUUUGUUGCUUGUUCUUAAUUGAACAAAGUCUGCUAAGCGUUUCCCAGGCCAUCAUCAAAACAAGCUUGUAAUAUAUCUUUUUACAGGCUUUUUUUUUAAGUAGCGUCUUCCAGGGCUGUGAUGUGGAACCAGCAAAACAAAGCCGGUUGUGACUCAAAGAUCUGAUUGAGCAAAGGUUGCAGGAAACCCUAGUUACAAGAAUAGCUGGUGUGCUGAGAUUUCAAGCCGAAAGGCUGAAAUGAAACAAAUUCUUUGUGAUAUAUGACACCAUCCUAACCUUAGCAUUGUGGUCUUUACUAGCUGCAUCUGCAGUAGAGAGUAAAAUCCACCGCCUUUCUGGCAAUUGCAUAGACAGAACAUUCUGGGACAUGCUUAGAGGCUGAUGUAGAGCUGGCAGGGGCCGGGGCUAAGAGCAUGAGCUAUAAAUCAGGAAUUCUGUGGUUGAAAUCUCUCCUCAGCUUGUUCAUUAGCAGCACCACAUUUAGGGCAGUGUGUAUGGUUCCCCCACACAGAGCGCUGAGCCAAGGGGGCGCAAAAUAAUGAUAAAUAAAAAAGGAAUUAUUGUGAAAAUAAGAAUUAUGUAGGGGAGUUCACCAACUGAUGUCCUCCCUCAGCUCACUAUAUUACCAAAGUCUGUCCCUGAUCUUAGGUAGGCAAUUCUCUCUUGACCUCAACUCCAGUUUACUGUUGUAAAUAUUAAAUAAAACCAAUAAUAAUAAUAUCCCUUUUGGUCACUGCAAGAUCUGGGAUUCCAUAACUGUAGGAGGGAGAACAGAAAAGGGCGGGAGCUAAAUAUUAGUCCCCUAUGAUUUUGUCCAUGACAUGAAUUCCAUGGAUGUCUAAGCUAGAACUUCUCACCCCUGUAACUUCAUCCAAAUUGUGACCUUACACUGCAUUCCUGGAUAGAUUUGUCUCAGGGGAUUGCCCAGUGUAGAUGAUCCAAAGUUAUUAAAUGUUUUCAAUCUCAUGCCUGUGAACUAUGGAAGCCGUGAGGUCCUGGGGUUGGAACUUAGGGUUUGGUUCUAAGAAAUGUAGAUUCAAAUCCCCACUUAGGUGUGACUCUCCCUUUGUGGCGUCUCAACAUGUCACUGUCUUACUAGACAAAAGUCUCAGUGAAACAGACAGGCCACUCUUAACACGCCGGAGAGAAGAUUUAAAGUAUUGGUUUAUUUAUUAAGACAUUUAUAUAUCUUUCUCAAGACCAUAGGGUGUUUUAAACUUAAUAAACAAUGUACUAUACAUUCCUAAUAUAAUUUUCAUAAUACCAAAUUAAAACAGUCAGUUAUAUAAAUACAAUUCAUAAUAAUGAGCAAUAUAUAAUACAUAAAUAAGUAGCAGUGUCCAAUUAUUCACAAUGUCAACUCUGCAAUAUGGGAAACCUUCCAAGAUCCAGCCCAUAGAAACAAAUUGUUGUUCACCAUGUCACAGUUUCUGUGCUUCUGGUCAGAAACACUGCUAAAACAUUCAUCUGAUGUUUGAUAGGAUUGCAGGAACUGUGAAGGAAAAGAUAUCCUAUUUCAUUUAUGUCUGUGCAAAGUGUUAAAGAGUAAAAACCUCAGAAAUACUACCAAAUGUCCCCAGAAUUUUCCUGUAAGCACGGAAAGAGAAAAAUCAUUAAUCCAAUGGCUCUAAAGCGUAAAAUUGUGCAUUUUUCAUGUUUAGAUAUGUUAUGAAAAGCAAUCAUCUUAGUAAUGGUUGAACAAUUCCAAAUGAGCCAUUAUGUUUUGAGCAGAGCUCUUUAAAGGUUUUCCUUCUGAGCAGCAAAUCACUUGAUCUUAAUGGCCUAUGAUACACCCUAGAGAUUUUGAAAUCCCCAUCCCCAAAACAACACAGGUAACAGUGGUGGUGGUGGUGAUGAUGAUGAUGAUGAUGAUAAACAGCAAAGUUGGUAAUAAUUUCCUGUGUACCCUCAGCUAGAGAAAGAGGAAGGCUGGAAGUCAUAGGUUCACAGGCAGGUCAUCAGAUCAAGAGAAUUUUCACCUGGGUCUCAGGCAGGCAGGAUUUGAGGGCAACAUGCUAAACCAAGCCGUAGUUUAGCUCAGUAAGGUACAGCAGCCAAGUGGCCACAUGCUCACACAUUCACACAUAGCAAUGGUUUGACUUAGUGCGACGUGCAAACCAGCCAUUGUAUUCCCGUGUGCCAAGCAGAGUAGAAGUAUCUACUCACAUUCCCCUUGUUCUCCUCCCUGUCAUCUUCUCACUGUAAAAUGUUGGAGUCUGAGCCCCUUGGGGCUUGUUACUAAGUAUAAUAUGAGGCGGAAGGGAUUCAAAUCUGUUAGAUAGCUCUGCACAUGCAUAUAAUUCAUGAAACUGAGUUUGUGCCUGAUAAUUAUUUAUACGUGAACGAUAAUUUGGUACAGCCUUGGAUCAGUAGAUACUGAUUAGACCUGCAACUGGUGUGGAGUUUUCCCUUCCCCUUCUUCAAUAAUGAUUUGGAGAGGGAGAUUAAUGGAGUUGUUUGUUAACUGCCUUUAUGAAGAUGGAUGUUUUUAAAUAGAGCUCUGUUGAAUUUUUGCUUUCAUUUUGAAGGCAAGCUGUAUGCUUUCAAGGGAUGUGAAAACCACCCCCUGAGUAGGGAAUGCAUGACUCUGUCCAUCUCAGUUUCUCUCUGUUUCUUGUUUUUCUAAUCUAAAGUUCAGUUCUCUACAUUCCCAUAUCAGUUUGCAAUUAAAAAACAAACCAUGUCCUCAUGAAAACUCACCAGCUUUUCAGUGCGAAUUUCUUCUAAGACACACAUUUUUGUAUACAACUUGCAUUCAGUUUUGUAUCCAGUCCUAGAAUUUAUUCUAAGAUACAGGUUUUGCAAAGCAAUUUUCUGUAAUAGAAUGCAUUUUAUUAUAAUAAUAAAUAUAAUAUAUAAUAUAUAAUAAUAUAUUUUAUUGUACCGUAUUUUGCGCCCCAUAGGACGCACCGGCCCAUAAGUCGCACCUAGUUUUUUGGGGGGGAAAUAAAGAAAAAAAAUUUAUUUCCCCCCCAGGCACGGGGCUGGGUCAGGGGAAUCCCGAGCUUCCCCCGACCCCAGCCCCCAGAACAGGCUGCUCUGCGCAAGCCGUGGGAACCCUCCCGCGGCUUGCGCAGAGCUACCCGAAGCCCCGGCGUGACUGCUGAGCGCGCCGGGGCUUCGGGAUAAGAGGCAGCUCUGCGCAAGCCGGGGGAGCCCUCCCGCGGCUUGCGCGGAGCUACCCGAAGCCACGGCGUGACUGCUGAGCGCGCCAGGGCUUCGGGAUAAGAGGCGGCUGUGCGCAAGCCGGGGGAGGGCUCCCACGGCCUGCGCGGAGCUACCCGAAGCCACGGCGCGACUGCCCAGCGCACCGGGGCUUCGGGAUAAGAGGCGGCUCUGCGCAAGCCGGGGGAGGGCUCCCGCGACUUGCGCAGAGUUUCCUGAAGCCUGGAGAGCGAGAGGGGUCGGUGCUCACCAACCCCUCUCGUUCUCCAGGCUUCAGCGAAAGCCUGCAUUCGCCCCAUAGGACGCACACACAUUUCCCCUUCAUUUUUGGAGGGGGAAAACUGUGUCCUAUAGGGCGAAAAAUACGGUAACACAUAUGCAUAUUUGUACAGAUUACUGGGCUAAAGAACUGCACUGCAAAAUUCAAAAAAGUGUAAAUUUUGAAUGAUGACUGUGUUUUGUUUCAUGUCUUGCUUCAAAAGAAACAUGUGGAUUUUGUGGGUUUGCUCUAAGGUAUGAACGGAGUCAAAUUUCACCCUCCCAUUCCUACCCACAAGAAAACUCUGUUUUCCACUUUGUGCUGUUUUCACACCUAUUUUUGAAAACAUUGUUUCCCUGAUCCCCUGCUACUUCGCUAGCAAACUUAUAUGUUCAUCCAGCCCAUCAGGAUCAUGUAGUGACUGUUAUGUCAUCACAGCACUAUUCAGAUUUGACUGCAUGGUGACAUCAGGGAAGCUGGAUGAAGAUGUAACUCAGAUUUUGCCAGGUUCUAGAUUGAACAGGGAGCGCACAAGAGGGGCCUCGCUGCAGGUGUUUGCCUUGAGCAUGUGGAAAGCCCAAAGGAGCCUCCAACCAAUGGGCCUAAAGGCAAAAACAUCUUUUUACUCACACAGGUAACAACUGAGUGGACAUACUCUGAAGCACUGCUCUAAAUUGACUUUUGCUUAUUGCUCAUUGCAAUGGGCAUUCAAUCACACUUUUUAUUAAGUGUGCUCUGAUGAGUAGGAUGUACCUAUAUUCAGAUGCACUCUCUUAUUCGCAAAUGUUUACAUGGAACAUUGCUCUCUCUUUUGCCAUCUGUAGUAAGUUCAUCAGCAUUGUGCAAUCCAGCACAGCACAGCAAAGGUAAUAGAGGUGCCUCCCAUUUUCCCCCUGGGAGCAUUUUUACAUCUUUUUGGGCAUCACUAAAUCACCAAGUCUAUGGGAACAAGAAUGUUCACAAAACCCACCCACCCCAGUUCAGUUCAUCUUAUUUUUUUAAGUGGAUUGGCAAAGAUUUUCCCACUAUAUUCCACUGAUGUGUCAUUUUGUCUCACAUCUGUCCAUAACAGCUGCAGAAACAAGGAGCCACAACUCAGAAUGUGUGAAUUCAGGAACAUACUUCACUAUGUCCAUAUUAUGUUAAUGAGACGUAUUCUUGAAUGCACACAUUUGGAAAUGUGGCUCCUUGCUUUUUUGUUUGCUUGCAAGUUUUUGGCCUUUUACAACACAGCAGCAUCCAUGGUUAUUUGGAAGUACGUAUCAUUGGGUCCAAUGAAGCUUACUUCCACGUAAGGGUGCAAAGAAUUGCAACCUUAACAAAAUAAAUUGCUUAAUUACAGAAAACCAUAACACCUGCCCAUAACACCACAGCCAAUGCGUUAAAUGGGGCAAGUUAGUCAUGACUUAAGUUUGAGUGGUUUCAAUGUGAACUAGCUUCAACUAACAUAGUCUGUAUUCAGCUAAAUCAGUCUUUUUUCAUAUAUAAAAGUGCUUUCUUUGUGUGACAUGUGUAACAUUUAAAGUGGCCACAAAAUGAUCACAGGAUCUGCAGAGCAAUCCAUAAUGGCAGCAAGAACAUUAACAAGCCAUUAUGAGCUGUGAUUAUUUUAGAAGACUAAGGACAGUGCUUUCAGUGAAUUACAAAAUAGAUAGCGCUCCAGUAUGAAUUUAUCUCCAUUCUGUAGGGUGCAUAGCAUAAUGGUUAAUCCAGCCUAUUUUUACCAGUGUUUUUAUUCAUAGCAAAGUUGAGCCCUAUGUGUGUAAGGGUCAAACUACACACGAUGUAGGAAUUCCCUGAUUGGAGCUCUCAACAUCUUUUUAUUUUAGAAAGAGCAAUCAUGAGCAAUGGUUUGGGGGAUAAAUUGGAUUAGGCUUAUGGCACUGAGGGAAGGAGGGAGGGUCUGUCUACACUUUGCCCCUUGAAUCAGUUCCCUAACUUAAAGUGUCCCAGAAAGCUGCAGAGCAUGUGAGCAGGUAAAGGAGAUGGGAAUUCCAGUCACAGUUUCCAUGUCAUGUGUAGCCCGCUGACCCUAAGAAGCUAACACUUAGAGCUGUUCACAAUGUUCCAAAGUCAAUGAUCACUAUUUCCAUUGGCAUGAUUUGUCUUGGUCCCCCACCUCCUCUCACCUAAAGAGGAAACUUACACCUGAAAAAAUGUCUCUAGAGUUUAAAUUUAACUACUAGGAAUUGUGAUGCAGAUUCAGUGAAAGAGCAGUGGAAAUAACUGUUGUUCCUUUUUGUUGCAACAGACGAACCAAACUCCUGGAGUUCUCCCUCUGCCACCUCCCCAGGUCUGCCGGAAGUAACUAUUUCCCUUGAUGACAUUGUCUCACCAUUAUCUUCAUCACAUCUAGCCCAACCCUCUGACCCUUCCCACCAGAUAAACCCAGAGCCAACAUGGGAUAUCAAGAGGGAACAUGAUGUAAGAAAACCAAAGGAGCUUUCAGCAAAUGGCCACAAAAAGAAAAGGGUAGGUGAGCAGAGAGAGAGGUCUGCAAGUCCUAAAAAGGUAGACAGGUCAAAGCACGAAGAGGCUUCUCGAAAAGGAAGCUCAGAAGGCAAGGGUAAGGCUGGCGAAAGUGGCUGGCCGGUGUCAGAAAGCAAGGCGGUUGGACUGAGCACAAUGGCCGAGGCUGCGGUACGAGAUCUUGGGUGUGCAGGAACCAAUGAUGAACUGGCCGGGAGAUCCAAGUGGAUGGAAAGCAAAAGAGGAGGAUCGCUCGGUGCAAAAGAUCACAGUGCCACAGCUGCCCCAGGGAAGAAGUUGGCUGCAGCUUCCGAACACGUCAAGCUCGAUUCCAUUGGUGCUACAAAGACAUACAGUAGCAAUAGCAGCAGCUCGCAUGGAAGUGACACGGAUCACAGCCAGAAGGAAUCUGAACGGAAGCUCAGUGAGUUCCCACGGAAGGGACACCUCCACUCCAUUAGCACACGUAGCACGAACACGACAGCCCGGAAGGCAACUGUCUCACCAGGACCAUGGAAGAUUCCUGGUUCUGACAAGCUACCUGAUGUACUAAAAUCUGGCACUUCAGCUAUGAGCAGAUAAAUCGGGGACUGUUGCCUUCUAACUGUUUCGCAGUGAUGCAGAACAUCCUUCUUAGCGUCUGUCUCACAUUGAUUUACUUUAAUUUAUUUUAACUGUCACACACACAGAUACAUGCUCAAAACACUGAGAAAUGGAAACAAUAACAUGUAUUUCCAUGACAACGUGCAUAGCGUCCUAAUAAGUUGAAGCAGCAUAUAGUCACACAGUAUUUAAAUGUGACCCUAAAGUCCCCCAGUUUCAUUUCAGAGACUUUGGCAGCUAUGGAAGAAACCAAAAUAAUAUGAAGGACAGUCAACCACAAGGACAGUGCAGUGUAGCUUUAGUAUGUUGUUUUCCACUGCAUGAAGGAGUUUGGAUUUUCGUUCAAACUUUAUAUCAAGAAACUGGAAGAAGUUAGAGCAAUCACAAACUGGAACAUCGCCUUAAAUAAAACUGCACGGAGAAAGCUAAAAGUGGAAAAAGAAAUCUUUUAUCUGAGUUAAAUGUUGUAAAUAAAUUGUUCUCAACAUAUCCAGACAGGGGUUUGAAGCAUUUGAAAUUGUAUAUCCAUGACAUGUCUCCACUGUUAACACUUUGGAAAAGAUCACCCAAAACCAGUAGCAUAAUUCGUUAUGCAAGGUGUGCAAUCCUAGUGGAUUAGCUGGUGCGAUACCAUUUCUACUGCCAUUUUUGUGAACAACCCAUAUUUCUGUAUGUUGGGGUGGAAUUGUAUCCACAAACCUAGCCUCAAAAAGGAGAUUGCCACAGGUUACUCACACUCCCCGCCCCCCAUGCACCAGGAUUACUUGGUACCAUACAAAUUUUGACAUGGAGAACUGUAACAUGCAGUUCCCAGACCACUAUGAUGAGAAGGUGAUUCUUGAAAGAUUGAAAAAUGCAGUUUCCUUUCAGAAAGCCUCCAUCUCCUGCAGGAACCAAUAAUUGUCUCAACACUUGUCCAACUCUCAUUUAAGACAACUAUCCUUGAGUUUUUGUCUCCCAUCACACGCUAAGAAAUUCUAAGGCAGAGCUCCAAGAGACAUGCUCAUCCGUUAUCUAAAGUCAUAUAUACAUCAGGCAUCCAGCUCUUAUCUUGCUUCCAUAUUUUUAUUCAGAACAUUCUUGCUUUUAACUUUCGAAUCUCAAGUGCCAUGAGAACAUUUCAACCCACGCCAGUGAAGUACAGCUUCUCCAAUGAGCUCCAUUAAUCAAUUCUUUAUCCCUGAGAGGUUUGCUAUUUUCCCAGCAACAGCAAUACAAAAAAUCACCAAGAUAACUAUGCUUAGGAAUGAUGUGUUUGGCAAACUCUCGUGUAACUGGGAAAUACAUUGCUCGAUGAUGGAGCAAAAAUCCUGUUGGUGGAAGUUUUGAUUUGGAGAAAGCUGUGAGGCAGUGAUGGGUUGUUAGUCAUUCUGGUGAUGGGCAGCGCAGGAGAACAACCUCUUACUAGCUCUCCCAGCUUCAUAUUUCCUCCAGGAGAUACGGAGGCAUCGUUCUACCAUAGUUGGGAAAAGUCAAAAGAAAGGAUUUUGCACCUUUUAAACAAGAUGCUUAUUUUAAGAACUAGUCCCAUUAUAAUUUUUUAAGAAAGCACAAAGAUAUGUAGCUGUUUACAAAAUAUAUAUAUAUAUAUAUAUAUAGUUUUUAAUUAAGAAAUUAGAGAUAUAUCUUUAUCCUCCAACCUAGACAUUUGGCAUAAUUCGCUGUUAAUUUAUUAAAUCUGGAUGUUGGACAAAAUUUCCCUAAUCUAAAUGGAAAUGCACAUCCAUCAAUAUUAUUUCCUAUGUAUAAUGAACAGAAACAAACAGCAUUGGGGAGUAAAUAGUUGAGAUUAUGCUUGCAUAAACUCCGAUUUGCACAGUGCCCAGCAAAUCCUUGUGCAGUAAUUGCUUUAUGCGGUUGUAAUUGAUAACCUGUGAAGACAGCACAUCAUCUAAACCCCAUUCCAAAUAAUAUUUCUGUGUAGUGUUAGCUGUGAAUUUACCUUGUACAGCUCUAUCGCUAUAAAUAUAAUUCCAUGUAUUAAUAGUCACAGAAAGGCUGUAAGUGAGCAACUAUUUUUAUGAAACGCACCACUAUGGAUAAAUUAACUUUUACAGAAAUCUUGUUUACUGUAUGAUAUUCUAAACCACUCAAAUAAAAUAUAUAUCCAAGA